GGAGCUAGCUGAGAAGCUAGUUUAUCCGUCAGGCUGCGGGCUGUUGUGGAAGGGAGGUACGAUGGAUGGAUGCUUUGCUCCGCUACGUUUUUCAGAGUAUUCCCGGUGUAAACACAAUGCGCCUUCUAUUACAGUCUCCCCUUGAUAUCCUCUACGCUGUUUCGGGGGGCGUUGGUAGAUGAUAGAGGAGCGCCGGUUUUUGGUUAUAGUUUGAAGAUUAACCCAGGCUGAAGCUGUCGGAGCGGCUACACUGCUAACUCCUCCUUACUGUCUACCAUAGCAUUUGUGUGCCUCCUGCCCCAGGAAUGUUCUCCAAAAAGCCUCAUGGGGAUGUUAAAAAAUCAACACAGAAAGUGUUGGACCCAAAGAAGGACGUGUUGACGAGGUUGAAACAUCUGAGGAUAGUCAUAGGUGAGUUAAAAUCAGUAAGCAGUUAACAGGUUAGCAUCUAUGUGCAGAUCUGUGCAUACCACACCAAACUUACCUAAAAAAUCACGACAUUUAAAGGUCGGUUCUUGUUGUUAGAUAUAUGGCAAUUCCGUAACAAACUUAAUGGUUGCUAUGUAUAUUUCAGUCUCCUCUCUUAUCUUCGGCGAUUUACCUGUGGUCUUUUACAAAACAUUUGAUCACUUAUUUUAAUGUUACAAAAUCCGUUCAUCUUCAAUUUUAUUUGUCUCAGUAAAGCAAGAACUUAUAUGAUGGGCAGGGACGACCCAUGUAGACAGAUAAACUGGUCUAGUUUUGAAGUACUGACACUAACUGUAUCAGGUGUCAAAUCCAUGAAGUGGGAGUAGGUAUAAAUAGCAAUUGAUAUCUUGCUGAUUGUCAGAUCUUUCUAAUGGCAUUUAACUAGGGUGUCAACAAAUGUGCCUGUCUGGUUUGAAGACUUUGUUACUACAUGAAACUGACUGCAUCUCAUCAAGUCACUGUGAUGCUACAGUGGUGGUCAGGCUGUUGUGAUUUCUCCAGGGGUGUGUCUUGAGUGCUGGACAAAGACCGGGUGUGUGAGAAGUGCUGAGUGUCUUUUUUUCUCCAUGAUGUGUUUGGUAGCAGUGGUUUGAAUGUGGGAAACAGGAAUUAUGGCAGUGUAAGAGGUAUAAAUAUGUAGUUCAGUGCAUAUACUGUGUGUAUUUUUCACUGCCACACACUGACUCUCACAGGACACACCCACAAGUGCACAUCAACACACACAGAGACAGCCAAAGAGGAAAACAGCCUCUACUAUUUCCUCUCCUUGUCGCCGUACAGUAGCUGGACUUCCUGUUUCUAUUGUGAGGGCUUCUGGCCUCUGUGCCUGAAUGUGUAUGGGUGUCUGUGAGGAUGCAGAGAGGGAAAGGGGUGUGCCUCUUUCUGUGCUCUAUGGGGAACACAAGACCUUGAUAACCAUCACAGAGGCAAACACACAAACAUACUUGAAGGCAUAUUGUUUGAGAGGGAAUGUCCAGACAGCAGGACAAUGUUAAAAGAGCUUUAAAGAUCAUGAUUCAAGAUUAUCACUCAUGUAUGUUGGUAAUAGUUUAGCACAGGAACAGAUUUAUAACUGAAAUACUGCCACGGUUAGCAUGCAAGCAAUAUCACCACCUUCAUGUAAAAAAGAGUCAGAAUACUGUAAAAUGUUGAUUAAAAACAGAUUUUAAUGGCUUGCAAAACAUUAAUGCAAUUGAAAAUGGUGCAAAAAAACUUUAUCAAAUAUUGGCACUGAUUUGUUUUUGUUAGUUUUAUGAAAAAAUAUUUGCUAAUUUUGAUUAUAAUAUCAGCAACAAAUUUCUAAAACGUUGGCGCAGAGACAACAAAACACUGACAAAGCUGUGUAAUAGUGAAAAAAGGAAGAGGAACAACUUCCAGAUCAGUAUCAUAACUAGGUAUAAAAAGGUCACCUAAUAUAAGCAGAGUCUCCUAAAAGUUAUGAUGGAAAGAAAGUCUCUGUGUGAGAGACUUCAUGUAUAAAUGGUUGAACAAUUUCAGGAUAAUUUUCCAAAGCUUAUAAUUGAAAAAAAGGAGGAGGUGGCAUCAUUAUUUGCAGAACAUUUUACUUGAAGGUCCAAAGAAUUAGAAAUCUCUCAGACAGGGGCAAGGCCAAAAACCAGUACUUGCUGGCUGUGAUUUCUGGGCCCUCAGAUGGCCCUGCAUUAAAAAGAGACAUGAGUUAGUAGUGGAAAUCACUGCAUGGAAAUCCCUUCCACAAACCAUUGUAUGUGGAAAAACCCAUUAAAAACAGUUACAACAACGAACAACAACAAAAUACAAGACCCUGAACUGUGCAGUGAAAAUAUCUAUGGAGAAUGGGACAACACUUCACUUUCAAAACUGGACACAUUAGUUUCAAAACAUAAACAGAGAGUUGUUAAGAGAAGAAGUGAUACAACGCAAUGGGUAACAUGUGCCCAUCUCAACUUUUCAACAGUGUUGUUGGCUUUAAAGUCCAGAUGAGUCUGUAUUUAAAAAAAUAAAAUAAAAUAAAAACUUCUUUGGUUUUUGCAUUUGUGAUGUUGUCUUAUCACAGUUUUCAAUUUAGUAUAGGGUCUGCAUGGUUUGCAAACCAUUAAAUUCCAUUUUUAUGAAAAUUUUACACCUUUUUUUAAUUGAGUUAUUACAUUUUACGUCCUAAGUGACUUGUUGAUGUUGCACAUACUGUCAUUUAGGACCUUUACUUUAAAUGUGUCCACUCUGUAUUUACUGUAGGACACAAAGAGUGUGUGCAAGGAUGUUGGGUAAUUUCCCUGGCCUUUUGUAAUGCAGCUGAUCAUACCUGAUCUGAUAAAAUGUUUGAACAAGAAACAGUUGCAUCACUUUGCAAUCCUUUUGAUGCAAUGAGGUUAUGAAGUAACAACGCUUCAGUCACGUUUGGUCCUGUUGUUUUUGCCAGACUUCAAACUGAAAAGCUUGCCAAACAGUCAUUAACCUUGACUUAAUUCAUGAGGAAGUCGAAGCCCCUGUCUAAACAAUUGUGUUUUGUACAAUACUUUAUUUGAAAGCUAUCAAGUAAAUCCGUGUAUUGACCAGUGUCCCAAUGCAAGGUCGGAGCUUCCUGUUUUAAAGAAGUCAAACUUUCUGUCCCAUCAGGUACUUCGUUGUUACUAAAAAUUAGUCAUUACUCAUUCAAGCCACCGGAGAAUGCUGUUUUGGUGGUGUCACCUUGGGAAAACGUGGACUUGUCCUGAUAUUAGAUUUUGGCUAUUAAUUCAGAUGCCAAAAUAAGAAAAAGGCUCUGACUGCUGAUAAUGGAGACCAGCUUAUAUGAAUUUUGAGCAGACAUGUUGCAGACAGACUUAAAGCUUUGUUACCCUGGAGUCAGAUGGACUCUCCAUCUGACAAAUUCUAUGAUGAUACUUUUUAUGUAUCACCCUUUGCAUUUCUGUAAUAAAAACUAAAAAGUUUCAUUUUAGAGUAUGCUGUUACACUUAUGCCCUAAUGCCCAUACAUUUGUUGUCUUGGUUUAUGACAACGUAAGCCUGUAAGUCCUUGACUGAAAUUCAGAGCAUCAUUGUAGUCUUGGUUAAACAAGAAACCUGGCUGUUAUUUGAACCAGAGAGGGAAAAAUAUACGUUUGUUGACUAUGAUAUAAAAGAAGAGGAAGUACAGGCAGUUCUGGUUGAAAUUGUGGUUCAACACUGUGGGCCAAGAUUAAUGCCUGUGGUUCAUCUCUGUCAUGUUUAAGCCCCAGUCAUAGUGUGUAUAGAUGUCCCUCUGUGUUUUAGAGUCAGAGACAGCAUAAGCAAUUGGUUAGAAAGAAAUAUGUUGUGUUAAAAAUGUCUGUGGUGUCCACAGAGGAAAAGACAGAAAACCCCUCAGCUAGUUCCACCAAGACCUUACAAGGGCAACCACUAUGGUGUAUGACACAAAUGCCUUCUGUGUGUGUGUGUGUGUGUGUGUGUGUGUGUGUGUGUGUGUGUGUGUGUGUGUGUGUGUUUGUGUGUGUGUGUGUGUGCGUGUGUGUGUGUGUUCUUGUACUUGCUGCUGAGUGAGGACUUGCUACAGUUUUUAACCCACAGUGUGAGGUCUAUUUUGGGAAGUGAGGACAUUUAGGCUAGUCCUCACUUUGAGUUGAUUGAAAUCAACUCCCAAGACCAUAAAGAUGCUACCCUAUCAUUUUCAAAGCAGUCCUCAUUUUUGUACAAAUUCAUGGUUUUUACUCUGGAACGUUCACACUGAUUUUGCUCCGGAGCUCCCCUGGUGUAUGAUUACAGUACUGCAACUAAAAUUUUCACACUGAUUUACUCCGGAGCUCCCCUGGUGUAUGAAUACGGUACUGCACCUUAAUUACAUAGGUGCUACUAAGCAGACCUCUCCAUGAGUGCUGCAGUUUAAUAGACUUCAUUUUAUUCAACACAUGAUAUAAGAAGUUAUUUAAAACUGUAAAUAAAGAGUAAUAAAAAGUGCAUAUUUACCAGUAUUCAGUAAUAAGAAUAUUUUAUGAGAGCAUCUGGAUUAAAAAAUAGAAACAUCAGAGAUAUGACUCACAUUCAUUAGGUUUGAAACACUGAAGUUAAAUAAUGCAACAACUCUGUAUUAUUUGUUUAAAUAAAAAUAAAAAAGUGAAAAAAAUUCUGAUAUGAUUAAGUAUUUACAGUAAAUGCAUGGUAUCCUUUUUUCUGGAGAAACAAGGCAAUGUUUACUGAAAGUCUUUAUUAACAGUAGCAUACCUGCAGAUGCUUGCUAUAAGAACUAAAAUAUUAUAAUUUCCUAUGAAAGUUCUUAUGCAAUGAUUCAUUAUUAUAUAAUAAUUCAUUCAUUAUACGUAAUUUCCGAGACAAACUAUGUGUUAAUCGGCAAUUCAGUGAACAUUUUGAACUUCCUCCAUUAAGGGCUUUAUACUCGAAAUCAUACAUGGAACCAAGUCUGUUUCUAGUUUCAGAGGAGGGCCUUAAAUGGACCCUCUGUACCUAGGAGGCUGAAACUUUAUUAUGUUGUUCUGCUCAUCUUAGGGAUCAUUUUUGUUUUGGGUUGAUCUUCCUGACUGCCUCCUGUCCCAUCCACGGAGCCCGAACUUUUUCAAUUCAAUGCUAACAAAUGCUAUAGGCAAAGCCUCAUAACUCUGUCAUAAUAGCUUCAAAUGAGCUGAAAUCUUUGUCAUACAUGCAAGACCCUGUUAGGAACAUGCUGCUUCAGGAGCCAAAUGAGAAGAUAAAAGCAAACAGGCAUGUGGACAUAGCUUUCAACAUAAAUUAGGUCUCAAAUAGUUUUAAAAAGCCUUUUUAAGGUGUUUUAGACACCACGCCUGCUCUCAAAGCAAUUAGCAUGGAGUGAGGAGUGACUCCUGAUGAUUUUGAUGCCUUUAACUCUUCAUUUGGGGUUCUACGGGUCUCAUUUGAUUGUGUGAGGCCUACUUGUAGUGAUGAAGCCUGCCUGUUUUGACCCUGUUGCUUUUUUGAUGUCAUUUGGCUUCUGUUGUGUCUACAGACAUGAAAACUAAUCUGUGACACCUUUGGAAAUCAUAGAAUCAUAUUCUGGUGAAUCCAAGUCUGUGGCCCCUCCCAAACAGGAAGUAGCCAACGAAAGAGCGUAGAGCCAUGAUAUUGCAUAUAAUUGUUUCAUCCUAAAGUCUGAAUACCCACAGAAAAUUUCAGCCCAUUUGAAGUUAUUUUGACCUGAUUUUUGACAUUUGAUGUUGCAAAAAAAUUCACAGUCUAAUCAGCUCCUGUUCGGGCCCCUUAAAACCCAGGGGUCUGAAACUAACAGGAUAGACUCGUCUGAGGCCUAAGAAUACAUGUGUGAAAUUUGGUGAAUGUGGCACAUUCACAAGUCCUUAAUUAGAUCCAAAACCAUGUUCACUUGACGAACCCUCUCAGGGUCAAUGCAUGACACAGCAUCAUUUUUUCUAGUUUCAGAGGAGGGCCUUUAAUGGACCCCCUGCACCGAGGAGGCUGAAACUUUAGUAUGUUGUUCUGCUCAUCUUAGGGAUCAUUUUUGUUUUGGUUUAAUCUUCCUGACAGCCUCCUGUCCCAUCCAUGGAGCCUGAACAUUUUCAAUUCAAUGCUAAUAAAUGCUAUAGGCAAAGCCUCAUAACUCUGUCAUAAUAGCUUCAAAUGAGAUUAAAUUUUUGUCAUACAUGCAGGACCCUGUUAGGAACAUGCAUGUGUAAUUUCAUGUCUGUAUCUGCUUCAGGAGCUAAAUGAGAAGACAAAAGCAAACAGGUGUGUGGACAUAGCUUUCAACAUAAAGUAGGUCUCAAAUAGUUUUAAAAAGCCUUUUUAAGGUGUUUUAGACACCACGCCUGCUCUCAAAGCAAUUAGCAUGGAGUGAGGAGUGACUCCUGAUGAUUUUGAUGCCUUUAACUCUUCAUUUGGGGUUCUACGGGUCUCAUUUGAUUGUGUGAGGCCUACUUGUAGUGAUGAAGCCUGCCUGUUUUGACCCUGUUGCUUUUUUGAUGUCAUUUGGCUUCUGUUGUGUCUACAGACAUGAAAACUAAUCUGUGACACCUUUGGAAAUUAUAGAAUCAUAUUCCAGUAGAUCCAAGUCUGUGGCCCCUCCCAAACAGGAAGUAGCCAACAAAAGAGCGUAGAGCCAUGAUAUUGCAUAUAAUUGUUUCUUCCCAAAGUCUGAAUACCCACAGAAAAUUUCAGCUCAUUUGAAGUUAUUUUGACCUGAUUUUUGACAUUUGAUGUUGCAAAAAAAUUGACAGUCUAAUCAGCUCCUGUUCGAGCCCCUUAAAACCCAGGGGUCUGAAACUACCAGGAUAGACUCGUCUGAGACCUGGGAAUACGUGUGUGAAAUUUGGUGAAUGUGGUACAUUCACAAGUCCUUAACGAGAACCCAACCCAUGUUAACUUGACAAACUGUCUCAGGGUCAAUGCAUGACACAGCAUCAUUUUUUCUAGUUUCAGAGGAGGGCCUUUAAUGGACCCCCUGUACCGAGGAGGCUGAAACUUUAGUAUGUUGUUCUGCUCAUCUUAGGGAUCAUUUUUGUUUUGGUUUAAUCUUCCUGACAGCCCCCUGUCCCAUCCACGGAGCCUGAACAUUUUCAAUUCAGUGCUCAUAAAUGCUAUGGGCAAAGCCUCAUAACUCUGUCAUAAUAGCUUCAAAUGAGAUGAAACUUCUGUCAUACAUGCAGGACCCUGUUAGGAACAUGCAUGUGUAAUUUCAUGUCUGUAUCUGCUUCAGGAGCUAAAUGAGAAGACAAAAGCAAACAUGUGUGUGGACUUAGCUUUUAGCAUAAAUUAGGUCUCAAAUAGUUUUAAAAAAGCCUUUCUAAGGUGUUUUAGACCCCAGGCCUGCUCUCAAAGCAAUUAGCAUGGAGUGAGGAGUGACUCCUGAUGAUUUUGAUGCCUUUAACUCUUCAUUUGGGGUUCUACGAGUCUCAUUUGAUUGUGUGAGGCCUACUUGUAGUGAUGAAGCCUGCCUGUUUUGACCCUGUUGCUUUUUUGAUGUCAUUUGGCUUCUGUUGUGUCUACAGACAUGAAAACUAAUCUGUGACACCUUUGGAAAUUAUAGAAUCAUAUUCUGGUGAAUCCAAGUCUGUGGCCCCUCCCAAACAGGAAGUAGCCAACAAAAGAGCGUAGAGCCAUGAUAUUGCAUAUAAUUGUUUCAUCCUAAAGUCUGAAUACCCACAGAAAAUUUCAGCCCAUUUGAAGUUAUUUUGACCUGAUUUUUGACAUUUGAUGUUGCAAAAAAAUUGACAGUCUAAUCAGCUCCUGUUCGGGCCCCUUAAAACCCAGGGGUCUGAAACUACCAGGAUAGACUCGUCUGAGACCUGGGAAUACGUGUGUGAAAUUUGGUGAAUGUGGUACAUUCACAAGUCCUUAACGAGAACCCAACCCAUGUUAACUUGACAAACUGUCUCAGGGUCAAUGCAUGACACAGCAUCAUUUUUUCUAGUUUCAGAGGAGGGCCUUUAAUGGACCCCCUGUACCGAGGAGGCUGAAACUUUAGUAUGUUGUUCUGCUCAUCUUAGGGAUCAUUUUUGUUUUGGUUUAAUCUUCCUGACAGCCUCCUGUCCCAUCCAUGGAGCCUGAACAUUUUCAAUUCAAUGCUAAUAAAUGCUAUAGGCAAAGCCUCAUAACUCUGUCAUAAUAGCUUCAAAUGAGAUGAAACUUCUGUCAUACAUGCAGGACCCUGUUAGGAAUAUGCAUGUGCAAUUUCAUGUCUGUAUCUGCUCCACAAGCUAAAUGAGAGAAAAAAAGCAAACAGGUGUGUGGACAUAGCUUUUAGCAUAAAUUAGGUCUCAAAUAGUUUCAAAAAAGCCUUUUUAAGUUAUUUUAGACAUCAUGUCUGCUCACAAAGCACUCAGCAUGGAGUGAGGAGAGAUUCCUGAUGACUAUUACAACUUAAAGUCCUUUAUUGGGGUUCUAGAGGCCUCAUAUGACUGUGUGAGGCCUACUUGUAGUAAUGAAGCCUGCCUGUUUUGACCCUGUUGCUAUUGUAAUCAUUUACUCCUGUUUGCUCCUAUGACCUCUUGAAUAUUUAUGGGCAAGUCAUGAUCUGUUCUAUUUUUAAAAGAUUUCCUAAUUCACUCAUAUGUUCAAAAUUGUGCAGUAUCAUGCUGACCUCUGAAAAGGUUUUUUUUUCAUGUUAUUGAAAUUACACAGCGUUUAGUUUCACUCACUCUCAUUUAAUAUAUAUGAUUAUCUUAAUCAAUAAUAAAAAUUAUUAACCCUAAUCAAUUUUAAAUCAAACAUUUGCUCUUUACAUACUUUUGUAUAAAUUCUUCAAGUAAUUUUUGUCUAUAAUUGCAGUAAAGUAGUAUUCUUUGUGAUUGUUAGUAAUACUAGUUGAUGGUAACAUUCAUACACAUUCAUUUCCCUCUGUAGAUAAACUGUAGAUCAUAAAUAAGCUAAAACUUCCAGCUCUGCUCAUACAAACUCAAAGUCCUCACUACGACUUUUUUCUACAUGGCUUCAUGCUCACUCUUCAUGUCUGUUUGAUACCAGCUCCAGAUUUCUGCUCCCCUCCCCCACAACAGCGUAAUAACUCAAAGUCCUCACUACGACUUUUUUCCUACAUGGGUUCAUGCUCACGCUUCAUGUCUGUUUGGAUACCAGCUGCAGAUUUCUUCUCCCCCUCCCCCACCACAGUUACAGCGCGGCAACCAAUUAUCCAAUCAGAGCGCUUGGUGAGGGGUGGGGUGAGGGGGUGUGUGGCCAAAACCUGAAACUUUUUGCAGCAGUGACUUGAAGAGGAUGAAGCUGAAAUUUUGGAUUGAUCACCUAAAACGUAAAAAGAGAUAUCUGGAAAGUCAGGUAAGAAACAAUUGUUUUUUUUUUAAGUAAAAUAAAGAUUAAGUAAAUUAUUUUGUAGUAAAAAACAUUAUACGUAGACAGUUAUAGUAAUAUGAUCGAGUUGUGUGGUUCUGAGGCUGAUGCACUGCUGUUUUACUCUAAUUUUUCUUGUUUUAAAUAAUAAGUCAGAUAUUUUGAGCUCUGCAGAUCUUACUUUGAGCUCGUUAUUAUAGUGUAGUUAGACGGUUUGUGCUCGGUAUGAUUAAGAGAGAAGUUGUUUUUUUAAAAUCUCUGUUUCUGUGUGAUCAACAUUUUGAUGGGCUGAUGACAGACAGAUAGACAGUCAGUCAGUAGGUCAGACAGGUAGACAGUGUUUCCAAAGUGUUCAUCUGAGCCUCAGAUAAGUGUAAAGAUGUGGCAUUAAAUCAGAUAUAAAUCAUAUUAUAAAAUUACAUCAUAUGAACAGUUAGAAAUAAAUUGUCAGUAAUAUUUCAGCAACUAAGAGACAAGAUGAGCCCUGGGCUUAUCUCCCUGUUUUUAGAGGAAUCCUCUAGAAUUAUCCGGUUUAUUAUCAAUAAAUGAUCUAGAAUUGUCUGGUUUAUAAAGAAUAAAUCGUUAGCAGUUUAUUAUUGAUAAAUGAUCUGUUUUCUAUUUACUGAAUCAUCCACAAUUAUCUGGUUGAUAUCUAAUAAAUCAUUUAAAAUAUCUGGGAAUUAUCUAGAAUAGUCUGGUUUGUUUUAAAUAAAUUAUCUAGAAUUAUCUUUUUUUAUUGUUAAAUCAUUAGGAAAUUUUCUGGUUUACAUCAGGAAUGCUACAGUUUAUUAUUGAUGGAUUAACAUGUUUCUAAUAAAUCAUCUUGAGGUUGCGGUUUGCUUUAUGUACAGCUUAAAGAUUUGUUAAGCACUUCAGAGGGGGACUUUGUAAUGUAACGGGUGUUUAAGUGCGUUGAUAGCUACAGAAAUGUGCACUGGUGGAAGCUUUGGGUAAUCAAACACACUCACAGGAUAGAAAUUUGACUGAUGAGAAAUUUAAGAUUUUUUUUUUUUUUGACAUUAGUGUUAAAACUUUGUUUAUUUUCUAGAGGGUGAAUAAAAAAUAUUCUCAUUAAAACUGGUAGAGAGCUGAUGUUUCUUGUAUCUUGAAUUUUUAGAUACUUGUGUCCCUUAAUAAGCAUUGCUCCAUUGAUGUGCUUUGACCUUCUUUUAAUGGCUAGAAUACUAGGCUAAUAGAAAAAAAGAUAUUUGAUGCCUUUUUAAUUUAUUUUGUAUUUUUGCCAGCUCUAAACUGCACACUAAAAUUUCCUCUGAGAUUAAUAAACUGUUAUGGUUCUGAUAUACUGCCUACCUGUGAGGCUAUUCAGCUAGUUAUCAAUUUUUUUUUUUAUAACUCCAUUUUCUUUGAUGUUUAAGUUUUCAUACUUAACUAUUAUCAGCACAAUAAUCUAUUUUGGUUGUGAACCCCCCAUUACAGCCAAAGCUGUCUCAGCAGAUGGAUCUGCACCUUCCCAGUGGUUCCAACACAGACCAGUCCUCAUCCCAUAUGUCCUCUCAGCCCACAUCAUCAUCAGCAUCCACUCAGAGUGGAUCUCAUGAGGACCACCAGCACCCACCCACACCGUCACCCAGGCUGUGCUCAGGAAAAUCAAAGUUAGUGAAACAGGUGUCCAGCAACAACGAAUCUGACGAGGACCGCAUUCUCUCAAUAAUAACAUCAUCCAGUGAUGAUGAGAUGCUCCCAGAAGAACCACCGAAUCACAAGCCAUCACAGAGGGUACUAGUCCAAAACAGGAGGCACUCAGCUGCCAAAGGGUCAUGUGAUAAAACACAAAGAAAGGCGUCAACUCAGAGAUACAAUGACGCUGGUGAUUGGGCUGAUGAUGAGUCUGAUGAAGAUGAAGAUGGGGGUAAGUCCAGACUAUUGAAACACCAGUAGACUUUAUUUCUGGGUCAUUUUAACAGAUGGUUAACAAAAUGAUAAUGAAAAAUAACUAUUUGGGGUUUUUCUUAAUAACAUAAAUCGCAAUCUUCAUAUUUUGCAUGAAUUACAUACUUUCUUGAAAAAUAUACAGUACAGGCCAAAAGUUUGGACACACCCUCUCAUUCAGUGUCUUUCGUUUAUUUUUGUAUGACUAUUUACAUUGUAGAUUAUCACUGAAGGCAUCAAAACUAUGAAUAAACACAUGUAGAAUUUUGUACUUAUAAAAAAGUGUGAAAUAACUGAAAACAUGUUUUAUAUUCUAGUUUCUUUAAAAUAGCCACCCUUUGCUCUUUAUGACAGAAGUAUUUAGUGACCGACUCUAUCAGUCACAAAGUAACCCUGACAAAGCACACCUGUGAAGUUAAAACCAUUUCAUGACUACCUCAUGAAGCUCAUUGAGAGAACAGCAAAAGUUUGCAGCGCUAUCAAAAAAGCAAAGGGUGGCUACUUUGAGGAAUCUAAAAUAUAAAACAUGCUUUCAGUUAUUACACACUUUUUUCUUGAGCACAUGAUUCCUCAUGUGUUCAUUCAUAGUUUUGAUGCUUUCACUGAGAAUCUACAAUUUAAAUAGUAAUGAGAAUAAAGAAAAUGCAUUGAAUGAGAAGGUGUGUCCAAACUUUUGGCCUGUACUGUACAUACUGUUGCAAUAAUAGUUGGGCAUUCCCUAAAAUAAUGAGCAUCUUCCUGAGCUUGAAUAUCCCAAUUAGCACACAAGAUAGUCUGAUGGUCAUGACUAAAUCACAGACGUGAAGACUAGUAGUUUUGAUUGACACCCUCCGUUAUGUUUUCCAUGAUAAGAGCAUCAUGAUUUACUCUCGCGUUUAGAAGUAAUGUUCACAGAUGAACAAAAGCUAACCUUGUAUCAUAAAAACUUCAGACAAAUAUCCACACAGUCAACAAAAUCUGAGAUCAAUUAAGGAAACAGCUUUCAGUUCACCAGGUGAGAAGCUCAGACAAAGUUCUAGUGCAGUGUCUUUUCUCAGCUCAGAGCAUCUCUGAUGCAGCUGAUGCUCAGUGACAUUUACUUAGCGCACUGAUAAUAUUUAAGAUUAAAACUUAUUUCUAAAGACAGCUAUUGUCAGUACCAGUACACUGCAAUAGCCCCAGUCUACAGUCAUAUUUGCUGUCUCUCUCAGGUGAACAGAAGAAGUCGAGGAGUGUAGCAAGACCAACUUUAAAGAAGAGACAGAAGUGUGCUGCAAAAAGACGAGCAGAUGAUGGGAGUAAGUCCAGACUUAGAAACACAAGUAAGCCUUUUUCUAGAGACAGUGCUCUUAACUGCAGGUGACUUUUUUCUUUUCUCAGGUGAAGAGGGACAUCAGAGGACUGGAACAGGACCUUCGAACAAGAAACCAAAGUCUGCAGCUAAGCCAAAGGAUGAGGGUGAGUGUGAGGAUGAAUGUGGUAGGUUCAAGCUGAUAAUAUUUAAGAUUAAAACUUAUUUUUAAAGACAGCUAUUGUCAGUACCAGUACACUGCAAUAGCCCCAGUCUACAGUCAUACUUGCUGUCUCUCUCAGGUGAACAGAAGAAGUCGAGGAGUGUAGCAAGACCAACUUUAAAGAAGAGACAGAAGUGUGCUGCAAAAAGACGAGCAGAUGAUGGGAGUAAGUCCAGACUUAAAAACACAAGUAAGCCUUUUUUUUAGAGACAGUGCUCUUCACUGCAGGUGUCUUCUUUCUUUUCUCAGGUGAAGAGGGACAUCAGAGGACUGGAACAGGACCAUCGAACAAGAAACCAAAGUCUGCAGCUAAGCCAUGGGAUGAGGGUGAGUGUGAGGAUGAAUGUGGUAGGUUCAAGCUUUUCUUUGGUGAACGUAGGUUAUAAAGUAAAAACCAAAGUUGACUUGGGUCAGUUCUCCUCUUAUUGUCUAUGUUUUAUUGAGCGGGUCUAAAAGAGAACAUUGGAUGAUUUUGGUUUUUGAAAAUCUGGGAUAUUGCUCAGUGCUGCCAGUCCUUCCUGUAUUUCUGCAGCUAUGAAGCCAAGUUGUAAAUGUCACCAAAGUUAGUAGCAAGAAGAGCAAAAAGUAUUUUCCAACAAGAUGUGUGACUGAUUACAUUAAAGCACAGUGGAUGAUCUCAUACGUUAAAUACGUUAAAUAAAAUCUGUUAAAUAAUAGCGCUAUGAUCUGAAAAACAAACACACUGCUGCUUAUCAAACUGUAAAAAAAAGUUUAGUUUCAAAAUUUGUAAACAGAAAACCUUAAAUUCAUACUCCAAUUCCAACAUCGGUUCAUUUAAUAUUUACUUAUUUUCUUUUACAUAAUUAUUUUACAUUCUAUUUAUUUACAUGAUUGUUAACAGGAGCUGGGAGCUGAGCAUGCUGAAGAGACCACUAUGGGUGCGAGACUGAUUUUAACUGCUGCUCCUUUUAGACAUCAUUCAAACCUGUUCAGGUUUUUCCCUCGGUCUAAGGCCCGAACUACACGUAUAUAGAUAUUUAUUUAUCAGGAUAUUUUUGUACUCCCGUCUAAAUAAAUGUAUCUGUCCACACGUGUUAGUUCUCAAAAAUAUCUGCGUCCACACGUAGCCUUCAAACUCAACCCUAUCUGGUGCCGCUUAAAAAAAAUUCAGGAACAAAGCUACCUGAUUGGCUGAUGAAUCGUAACAGCGUGAUGUGUCAUGCAUUGUUUGCGGAAGCUACGCUCGUGCGUCGAAUCCAUGUGACGGACCAUGUGACCAAUAAAAGUAUUGGCUGCAGCAGACGCCGCUGUGAGCUGGCUGACUGGUGGAUGUAAUUGUAUAAAACAAGGUUCACUUGCAAGGCUGAAAUUAACCCCAAAAGUGCAAAACAAACGUAAAGAAUACCCUGUAUGUCCGCCAUCGUUGUUGUUGUUGUUUUUGUUUUUCUUUUUAAUUUGCAUGCGCGAGUUGCGGUUUGACGUCAUCGAUCCAUGAAAGUCAAACCACACGAAUCCACUACGGAUACGGGAUACGGAUAUUUUUUUAUUUCUCCACUUGUUUUUGCAGAUUCAGAUUUAUCCGGUUUGAGUGCUCCAAACUCCCGUUUUGGUGUGGUAGGGAGGCCUAAUCGGACAUAAAUAUGUGCGGUUUGAAAUAUAUCCGCAUUCGUGUAGUUCGGGCCUAAGUGGCAGCCUUCUGUCCAGCUUUAAUCUGUCUUUGUGCAGCCAAAAAUUGCAGCCGCACAUCUGCAGUAAAAUUUGAGAUGUCUUUUAUGCAGCUGCUGGUUCUGCCAUGUUUGUUUGGGACAUAGAAAGCAAAUCUUGUUUUGUAGUGUUUUAACUUACGCGAGGAGGGAAAAGUAACAUUAAAAGAUCACUCUCUGGAUUAAAUGAGUUGAUGUCUUUGAAUUUGAAUAAGAACCAAUUUAAAUAAAUGAUUUAAACCCAGUCCUAAUUAAUAUUAACAUGAAAAUCUGUAUUCAUAUCAUCUCCUUUGUUUUCUGUCUUACAGGUGCUUUAAAACAACGAACUAUAAGACCAUGGUCAAGGGAGGAGAAGGCUGCAGUCUACAGACACAUGGCUAAAUAUGUGGCUUCGAAAAGGGUCCCUAAUAAAAGCGAAUGCCAGCGUUGCAUAGGAAGGGAGGAGCCAACCCUCAGCAAUCGCACAUGGAAAGACAUCAAGUGCUUUGUUUAUAAUGAAAUUAUGAGAGUUAAGAGAAAUCUGUUGAAGGCCCAGGUAGGUCACACAGGUGUCAGUGAGUUUUAGUCCUUUUCUCAGGACUGUUAAUUGUUCUUUCAGCAUGUUAAAAAUAGUCUGAAUGGUAUUAGUGCAGUUUGCAAUUUUUCUGCUGCUCAGGGGCCUCUGGGUUUUUGGAGGAGGUAUCAACGCAGACAAAAUGGUGCAGUUUGAGCCAGAUAAUUCUUAAUCCACCUGUUACAAUUGUGACAAAGUUCUUGAUAGCACUUUAAAAACAAACAAAUAAAUACUCAGUUAUUCUACGCUUCCUGUUGUCUAUUCAGUUUGUGAGUUCCUCUGCUAAUUCAGUGUCAAAGAUGUAAAUCGGUUAGAGGUGAAUCCACACUGGCUUUCACUCAACAGUUUACACAAGCUCGAUUAUUUCAUAGACAACUUUAUCCAACAUUUUCUUAUAGUAGUGGUAGUAAAAAAAGGGUCUACAAAUUGUAAAGUUGUGAUUAUUACUUUUUUUUAAUAUACAGAAAUAAAAACACAUAAAACUCAUUCUUCCAAGGUGAAAUAACUUAACUGUAUUUAUUAAUUCUUCUGAUGUAAACACACACCAAGUUUGGUCCUCUCUCUGUGAGCUAAAAACUUUUUUUGUAAAACUUGCAAAUCUAUGUAAACUAAGUGAGUGUAUAGGUAAAGGGUGCCCCCAAGUGUCCUAAAUGAUAUUUUGUUUGUUUCUAAGUCCAACAGAACUGGUAGUCCUCGCUUUGUAGGUCUUUUAUUAUAGACCUCACAAAGCAGCAAGUACAAGAUUGUGUGUGCGUGUGUGUGUGUGUGUGUGUGUGUGUGUGUGUGUGUGUGUGUGUGUGUGUGUGUCAGUCAGAGUUCAGCUUUUGGUCUUAAUACAAACAAACCCAGAAGCUUCUCUUAAGCGAGUGUGUAUGUGCGGGUAGGUAGCUACCUGGGCAAUCUGUGUGUAUAAGUGCAUACUCGCAUGUUCAACAUGCUUGCUAGGUUUCUUAGUUUCUUUGAGUUUCGUUCACUGAACUGUUCCUUUUUUGAUAAAAUACUGUUGAGUUAAAAAGCAUAAUAAAUCAUCUGAUGAUGAACUUUAGAGCAGUGAGUGGAUUAGUCAGGUGUAACGAGACUCUAGACUGAGUUUUUGUGGUUUGCUGCAUAUUUAGGAAACCUUGGUGUUGUUGAUACGUGACAUUACUCAAGUAUACUCCCCAGGAUAAAAGGUCAGAAAUGUGUGGUCUGCUAGCUGUUUAUUAUUUUCUCUCUUGUGUUUUCAGAAGUGUUUAGACUAAAAAUAGAAGUGUGAUCUGAUUUUGCAGUCACAUUGGAGGUUGUCUCCUCAGAUAUUUUUAAAGCUGUAUUCUUUUAAACUCUCUGUCUUGUCAUCUUUAUUACUCAUUUCUUCUCUGAUUGACUCUUAUUUUCCAGAAAAUGCUGAGCCUGCAGAGUUGAAGCAGUUCUUUGACCUGAACUAUUCCCAUAUCUAUUAUGUCUUCUUUGAAAACUUUGUUACCAUUGAGGUCAGCCUUAAACAAAAAGGUGAGUAAUGCAGUCAACAUUAAAACAAAUAUAAGGAUCUUUUUUACUAUGGAGAUGUACAAUUACUGUUUUUUUUUAGCUGAUAGCUGAUGUGCUGACAUUUUUUGACUCAUUUUUGCCGACACCUAUACACAUACGCACUCAUUUUUUUCUUCUCUGUAAAUAACACAGAGACUCUCUUGUCCUCUAAGUUACCUGCUGCUCUUAUUCAGACAGUCUUUGGAAGUACUUGAAAUGAUUUGAUUGUACCAUAAAUGUACUUUGUUUUUGUUUUUUGUUUUUUUUUCAAAUAAAGACUUUUAGAAAUAUGGACACUGCUAUAUUUUGCUUUAGAAAAUCAAAAAUCAAAUUUAAACACAAAAAGUGGGUACUGGAUUCAAGAUGAUCAAGCACAAUGAAAAAGGAAAGAUCCACCCAUUCAUUCAGCUUUGUUGAAUGCUUGAAAUGCAGAGUACCAGCAGCUUUUUGCUGAUGCAGAUGAUUUUGAUUCUCCCCUUUCAGAGCACUUCAGGAUGAUACUUGUUGAGCUGCACAAUUUAGUUGACAUUGAUGAGGGAGUGUUGUUUUGCGUCUCCUCCUCAUUGUGAAUAACUUUUUUGCUAAGCUGCUGUGAUUUAAGCAUAAUUAAUGUGUCACCAUGGUGACCUACCUUAUGGAGGAUCUACUAAUAUUGAUAAAUUGAAUUUUUAAGCUUUUAUCUGCCGAUACUGAUAUCAUGCAACAAUAUUGUUAAUCCUGAUUUUCUCUGUGUUUUUGUGACUUUUUUUUCUUUUGUGUUUUCAGGUCACAAGUCUCAGAGGGAGGAGCUGGACUCAAUCCUCUUUAUCUUUGAGGUAAUAAAAUAUUAUGAAAAACUUUAAACUGAAAUAAAGACGUAAAAACUGAGCAAAGGCUGAGUGCACCAGGACAAAGGAGUGUAGCUCUGACACCACGUGCAGCUGCAGUGUUCGUUGUUUACAGCUUUCCAACUAUCUGUAGGUGGUCUUGGCCAGCACUGGCUGGCAUUGACCUCAGACUUAAACCACUGGCAUCUAGCAACACUCAGGACUGAGUGGUUGUGUUUGGAGUAGCCAGGAUAAGAUAGCAGAGACAGCAUGUGUGCUGCUGACCUUCAUAAGACCGCACACGCUCUUUGAAUUCAGAACAAGUCAAAGUAAAGUAAACAUCUAAAAUCUGCUGAGUACACUGGUUUCCUUUACAGGUUCUCUGAGUUCAAAUUUUGGGGGUCAAUCAGGGCAACAAAAUUAGUUCAUAGACAGUUGAUCAAGGUUAUGUCUUAUUAUGUAUCAUUGUUUUUUCCUCCAGAAAAUUCUCCAGUUGCUGCCAGAGAGAAUCCAGAGCAGAUGGCAGUUCCACAGCAUCGGUAACUUCCACAAAACCACACUCAGCCUCUGUUGGCAUUCCUAAAACACAUGUUACCAUUCAGCACACAGCAUAUCAGAUCAUCCCAGCCUCUGUCUCAUCAAAUCAAGUUUAACCAGUUCUGGGCAGUGCUGCCAUUCUAGAAAGAGAUUAUUUAAUGUCAUGUUAGAGACUGACUUUUAUCCAACAAUGAGAAGAUGCAUUGUACUAAAUGAUGCAUGGCAGAGCGCUGGUGCUCUCUGAUCCUACAUGUAUUUUUGGUGUCAAACUAUUCAGUGUCUCUGACAUCUCAAAAAACAAGUAAUGCAGGUUCUUUAUUUAAUAGCUAAUGACAGUGUACUUGUGAUUAGCAACUGUUUUUAUUUCUGGCAGUCCAAAGUUUACUGUUCCUAGAGCUGUUUAGUCUUCAGAGCUUCUUUGUUGUCAUUUCAGUGUUAUUUUUAUAGCAAGAGUUAAUGUCAUCAAAUCAAAUCUAGAGGGAAAAACACCAAAAUUGAAAUAAACCUGCUCCUUUUUUAAGUCCAAAAACCUCCAAUAAAUCAAUUUAAGUGAUUGACUUUGAGUUAGUGACAGCUUGUGCUUCAGUUUGACAUGACAUCACUGAUGUAAUUCUCUUGCCUAGGACUGAUCCUGAAGAAACUGUUACACACCGGCAACUCCCUGAAGGUACUGCUCUGACUGGUGUAUGGGCUCUGUGACAACCUGUCUGUCAUAGCCUCCAAGAUCCUGAUGUGGUCUUCCUCAGAAGGGAACAGUCACAUCCUCCUCUCCUGUCUUCUUUUUGUGACAUAUUAGUAGCAUGCAAAUUCUUUGAAGCAUAUUCUUUUCAGUAAAGGAAUGAUAGGAAAUGAUGUAUGACUAAGUUACCUACAUUAACUUUCCUGAAACUGCAUGGUUGUGUCACAGUGUUAUACUUUAAGUGAAAUGUGAAGUUGGUUGCAAUCAAGUAUUUAUACUUGUGGUGAAAACAAACAGUCCUUUAAUUCAUGUCAGAAUAUAUGAGAAACAGAGCUUUUAAUAAUAAUAAUAAUAAUAAUAAUAAUAAUAAUAAUAAUAAUAAUAAUGAUAAUAAUAAUAAUAAUAAUAAUAAUAAUAAGCUCAAUGAAUUUAAGGUAAAAAUUGUAACUAUUUGUCUACUUCUUCUCCACUUCAGAUCCGUCGUGAGGGUGUGCGCUUGUUCUUGUUAUGGAUGCAGGCACUACAGAGUCAUGCAGAGAGGGAGCAGCUCUGCAUGUUUGCUUGUCUGAUUCCUGGCUUUCCAGCUCCACUCUGCCAUGGGACUCCACGAACGCUGGACACCCUGAUCAACCCGCCAUUAAGUUUAACAGAGAGUGAGUAUAAGUAUAAAGAACAUUCAAACCACCUCCAACACACACUCACUGCACUGGCACUGAGGGGCUCCUCAAGGGACAGGAUGCUUCACCCGGAGUGUGUGCCGGAGAGGUAUCGCAGGUCAUUCCUUCCUCCAGCUGUCAGACUCCACAACAGAAAUCUCAGUGUGCAAUAAACCAUAUUAUAUGUAUAUUCUGUACACAUGUAAACAAGACUCAUGUACGUAACUUUUUAUUUGAACUCUAAGUUUCUUUAUCCUCUCAUUUCUCUUUUUGUAUCUGUAUUUAUGCUGCUGUAACUUUGCAUUUCCCCCGUGGGACUAUUAAAGGAAUAUCUUAUCAUAUAAGACCAAAAGACCAAACUGUGUCUACAUUACAACAUAUUUUGGUAUUCAUUUCAAUGUACUCCCCUAAUUUCACGUCCUACAGGUCAAGUGACCCCAGAAGAGAUCACACCAUUGGUUCCUCCUCAGUCAGGUGACAAGAACCAGGAAGAUCUCACUGCAUACUUUUUAGAGGCGCUGCUUAAAUACAUGGUAAACCAGGUAUUAUCAUCGUUUCUUACUAACACUGCUAACACGACAUAAUUACACUUCUGUAAUGUUGUGAUCCCUCACUGUCGUCAAUUAUGAUGAAAAAUAAGGAUAGAACAUACUGUAUGUAUAAGUUUUAUUUAAUCACCCACAUAAUCACUAACUCCUUUAAACUCCCUUAAAUCCACAUUUUAAAUUGAACAGACUUUGUUCCUGGGAUUCCUCUUCUCUCUCAUACACACACGUACUUCACACACUGACAGCAUUCUCCCCCAAAACAAUGGUGCUCUUCUCCACUUGACCCUAUUUUACUGUGUGUAUUGUUCCUGUUGUAACAUGAGCUUGUUUGUCUUUUUGUGUGUGUUUGUGUUUGUGUAUCCACUAGGCCAAGUCUCUCGAGUGGCGUUGUAAAGAGAACCAUGAGCGUGGCUUCAACUUCCUCUUUGGUCAUUUUAGGAAGUUUUACCUUCCUCACAUCUUUCCUAACUUUGCCAUGGAAACCAGCCUGUACAGCCCCAUACUGGGUCAGUUAUGAGUGGACUUGAUACUCUAUAGUCAAUUUAAACCUACACAACAGUCAUGUGUUAUCGUUACCAGCAUCACUUGAUUAAAGACUGUCCUCUCACCAUGCAGACGUGCCUCCAAUGCGUCCUAAGCCAUACUACGGUGUGGUACGAAGAGAACAAGAUGGAGGUGAACCACUGUAUUGCACCAAGGAGAGUUUUCUUCAGGCCCGGGUCAUCUUCAUCCGCUGGCUGGUUUCCUUCUGGCUGGAGCCACGACCCAACACACAAACACAUAUCCCAGGAACAGAGGGCGAGAACGUCCCAAAGAAUAUACAGGUAACAGAUGGAGGAGAAAUGUGGCCUCAGUAUUCCUCCUUAUCAAUAAUGAUGUUAAGUAUUUACCAAAGUCCCACUCUAUUUUUUUUUCUUACUACUUUUAGUGUUCUCAGUGGUCUUUAAAUUGUGAUUAUGAAGUUUUUAGCCAAAAUCAUGUUACCUGUCAUUUUCAAGGGCUUUUCUUCUGCACAGCUCCAGUAGCUCAUUAGCAAUUCACCUCUGAGUCGUGGGCGGAGACAGCGGUGCUCUACAAACUCCUCUUCACGUUAGCUUGUAGCCUAACAUUGCGAGUGUAGUAGAAGUAGCAGGUUACAUAGGAGCUAUUCAGCUCUCAGACGCUAAUGUCUUUGGGGACAUGAUAAAAGUUAAUAUCAUAUUUAGCUUUCUCAUGAGCAUUGCAAUCUGCUAACACACACGCUUGUUCCUCCAUCGUCUUCUCUACUUUUCCUAGUCUGGCCUGCAUAGUGGGGCUCCGGGGGCGGAGCUUGGAUUUGUGACGUAGGAAAUCUCAGUGUGUCUAAACCUGCUGUUUGGGUCUGUCAGAGAUUCACAGCAAUUUGAAUGCAGAAAUAUUCAGAAAUGCACUUUUGCACUUAUUUGUCUAAUUAUAUGUCCUGAAGCAUAAAAAAAACGCCAUAUGAAUACAUAAAAAGAUUUCAUUGGAGUGGGUCUUUAAGUGGUUAAAUAGUGAUCUGUAAAUUGAUUAAUUUACAUUAAAAUUUUCAACCACUUCCAAGUUUGAUGAUUUGGAUACAUUCGAGUGGUUGUAAAUUAGCCAUAGCUUGAAACCUGUACACAUGACAUUAAGUAUACGUCAUAAAGGAGUGUUUCAGGCAUUUCUACCUGUCAAUUAAACACAUAAACAAAGGCAUUGCAAAAAAGCUAAUUAAUUUGGUGCUGUCUAAGCGCUGACAAUUGUAAAUGGCCAUGUGCAGUCACAGAGCUGCUUUGAAGAAAAACUAGAAACAAAAACAGCCUGUAAACCUUUGAAGACAGCAGAAGAAUGACGGCACUGUCCUGUUUACUCUCUGGCUCAGCCUGUUUGAUCAACAUGGAGGGUGUUUCUCUUUUCCAGUACACAUCCAAAAGGUAUAUUAUUGAAUGUGCUUUAUCACAACUGAAGUUAAGAAUUAUGACCCUCACUUUUGUUCGUUUCUGGCUGAUAUUUACUUUGGAGUUUGCCAGCUAAAUGCAAGUGAGAAAAUGAAUUCAACUUUCCUCUCUCUUUCUUUUGUUAUAUUCAUUAAAUGAUCUGUCAAUUUUCAGGUCCAACUGAGAGGCAAAAUUCAUUUUCCCAAAUGCUCAUAGAUGUGCAUCACAUUGCCAAUAAUCAGUUGAAUGAGAAGAUCUCACAGAGUGACUGUUGUGUUAUCUUCUUCUCCAGCGAGCAGCAGCUGGACUUGCGGCACGCUCUGCAGGCAGCUCAGAGGACAGCGGUGGGGGUGGAAUUCGGUCUGAUGGUCACCUAGAGGGAAGUGGAGGCUCAUCUGGAUCAGGCGGAGGCAGCAUGGGGAUGUCUGGGGGUUUAGGGACUGGAAACGAGCCAGAGCAGAGCCAUUCAAACACUUCCACAUUAACAGAGAGGGAGCCCAGCUCGUCCUCGCUCUGCUCCAUGGAUGAAGAGCAGUUGACUGACAUGGAGGUGGUGAGGAGAGUACUUACCUGCUCCAGAACCAACGUCAACUUCAUCACCGAGAUCUUUAGACAAGUAAGGGACAAGUACCUCUGUGGUUUUUACUCUUACAGUAGAUUGUAUGUUCUGUACAGUAAGUCAGACCGCCUUUUUUUGCUCUUGUACAGUAUGUCCAUGCUCAGACACCUCUGAAGGACGUUCUGUAAUGGAAACUUCUCUGUCUGUCUGUCUCGACCCAUGCAGGCAUUCCUACUUCCCAUGUGCGAAGCUGCAGCUAUGCGUAAAGUAGUGCGUGUUUAUCAAGAGUGGAUCUCCAUGGAGGACAAGCCAGUAUUUAUGAAAGAGCCAGAGGAGGGCCCCUACCCUAUAGCCUCAGGCAGCAGUCUGGAUUCAGGCUCUCAGCAUGGAGACAAGGAGGAUGAGGUGAGGGACGACCUGGAUAAGUGAUUGACUCCUUUAAAUGCUUUGAUUGAAGGCAGGAUGCAUCAGCUGUUCUUCACAACAGGAUUUACAAAGUCAGCUUUAUUUGAAUCUGGUUCCUGGGCGGUUACUACUAGGAAACCUGCGAAGGGCUGUAAUGUGUAAAAGCUAAUAAACGAAUCAAACACAUAAGUAUAACACUGUAUACAGUGCUGUGAAAAAGUAUUUGCCCCGUACUGGAUUUCUUCUAUUUUUGCUUUUAGUCACACUUACAUGUUUCAGAUCAUCCAAUAAAAUUCAAUUUAAGAGAAAGACAAUGAGUGGACAUAAAACACAGUUUUUAAAUGAUCAUUUGAAUCAUCUUAAAUGAUCACCCUUUGCUGCAACAACUGCAAUCAAGCGUUUGCGAUAACUAGCAAUGAGUCUUUUACAUCGCUGGAGAGGAAUUUUGGCCCACUCUUCUUUGCAAAACUGUUUUAAUUCAGCCACAUUGGAAGGUUUUCGAGCAUGAACAGCCCACUUGCGCUUGAACUUAGGGAUUCUCCUUCAGGAUUCUUUGAUAGUGAGCAGAAUUCAUGGUUCCAUCGGUUAUUGCAAGUCGUCCAGGCCCCGAAGCAGCAAAGCAGCCCCACACCAUCGCACUACCACCACCAUGUUUGACUGUUGGUGUGAUGUUCUUUUUAUCAAAUGCUUUGUUAGUUUUUCGCCGGAUGUAACGAGACACACACCUUCCAAAAAGUUCCCUUUUUGGCUCAUCAGUCCACAGAAUAUUUUCCCAGAAGUCUUGGGGAUCAUCCAGGUGUUUUUUGGAAAAUGUGAAACGAGCCUUUAUGUUCUUUUUGGACAGCAGUGGUUUUCGCCUUGGAACUCUGCCAUGGAUGCCACUUUUGCCCAGUCUCUUUCUUAUGGUCGAAUCGUGAACACUGACCUUAACUAAGGCAAGUGAGGCCUGCAGUUCUUUAGAUGUUGUUCAAGGAUCUUUUGUGACCUCCUGGAUGAGUCGUUGAUGGGCUCUUGAAGUAAUUUUGGCUGGCCGCCCACUCCUGGGAACGUUCACCACUGUUCCAUGCUUUCUCCAUUUGUGUAUAAUGGCUCUCACAGUGGUUCGUUGGAGUCCCAGAGCCUUAGAAAUAGCUUUGUAACCCUUUCCAGACUGAUGGAUGUCAAUUACUUUCUUUCUCAUCUGAUCACUGAUUUCCUUAGAUCGCGGCAUGAUGUGUUGCUUUUUGAGAUCUUUUAGCCGUCUUCAUGGUGUCAGACACAUUCUAUUUAAGUGAUUUCUUGAUUUUACAAGUCUUGUAGUAAUUUGGUGUGGGUGUGGCUAGUGAAAUUGAACUCAGCUUUCCAAAAAAUGUGGUUAAUCACAGUUCACUCACAAUUUGAUAAGGGGGGGCAAUUACUUUUCACGCAGGGCCAGGUUGAUUUGAAUGGCAUUUUCCCUUAAUAAAUGAAAUAAUCAUUUAAAAACCGCAUUUUGUAUUUACUUGGCUUAUCUUUGUUUGAUAUUAGAAUUUGUUUGAUGAUCUGGAACUUUUAAGUCUGGAAAAUCUGCAAAAAAUUGAGAUAAUCCAUAAGGGGGCAAAUACUUUUUUCACAGCACUGUAAGUGAAGCAAAGAAACAUGUUACUCAGCUUUUUUAGCAACCAUAGCUCCAACUUUGUCAUUGUAAACUUUGAAGUCUCGCUUCUCAGGUUCUGUGUUUUACCUCUGACUGAGGAAAUCGGAUGAUCACACAUUCUAUAUACUAAAGGGACUUUAAAAGUUAAACAGGUGCAUCCAUCUACACAUCGAACUGUAACACAGAAGGUAUCUCUGGUCAAGAUGCAGCCUGUGCUGUCAACCACAGAGUCAGUCACAGGGGACCCAGGAGGCUUUAAGCUUUGCUGUGCAGUAAUACACACCCUUUCGUUUUUAUCACCUUCCUCCUCUUCAUUUUGUGGUUUGUGGUCAUGAGUCUAUGUCUUGUAAAAUAUGUUGCCUGCCCGGUGAACCUGUCUCCUCUGGCCUCCACAGGCUGAAUUUGUAACACUAAAGACAUGAAGAUAAGAUAAGAAGAACUUAAUUUAUCCCAGAAAGGAAAUUCAAAAUGAAUGUACUUUAAUGAGUGUUAUGGUAUUUUUUUAAUCUCCACAGUAUUUGUCAAUAAGCACUAUAGGGCCUGUAAAAUAAAGAAUGAAAACUACUACCAAAACCCUGAAAUCUUUAUAUCUUGUGAAAAAAGGAUCUAUUGGUAUUUCACUAUAUCAGUAUCACUUUUAGUAUGUGUGAAAUCCUCCCAUCACCACUUCACUUUAAUUCUGGAUGCGUGCAUUUUGUCUCUUUCUCAGGGAAUGAACAAAUCGGUGGACAGUGAAUUGUUGGAGUAUAGUGUUCAUGCUGGGGUUCAGACUACACUACAGGUAUGGGCCUCACAGUAUGUCCAUUUCACUUACCAGAAGUCCCACUGUUGCAUUUUUUCGUUAUCCUCCUUUACUUAGUUAAGUUGCCCUUGAGAAAGAUUUUGGAGCUCCUUAAAUCACUUUUUGUUUCUUUUUCAGGUAUUUAUCAUCCACUCUUCCAACGUUUUCCUUUUGGAGCCAGCCAAUGACAUCAAGAUCCUUCUAGAGGAGCAUGUUGAUAUGUGCAAACGAGUCCUGAACAUCUACCGCAGCCUGGUGAUGCAUGAGACUAUGGACCAGAAGACAUGGUAAUGAAAAAACGAGGAUUGGCACAGAACAUGUUUAUUUAUUCAAAAUCUGCUUCACAUUUAAAGUUUUGAUCACAUUCCUCUCCUCUCAAAUGGUUUUGUUUCCAGGGAGCAGAUCUUACUGGUCCUGUUGAGGGUUACAGAGUCAGUGAUGAAGAGACCCCCAUCCAUCAUGCCCCAUGGCAAGAAGAACAACACACUGUCAGGCAGACUGGCUGGACCCAUCUUUCAGGUACAUUAUAGUAACACAAUUAAACGGGCAGGAUGAUCUGUCAUAAAUGCCAGAUGCACAGUUAUGUAACAAAUGAUCCAAUAGAUCCCCACGUGAUAGAGGGACAUAGAAUAGUCCCUGUUAUCAUCAAAAAUACUAAAUGAAUCUUCACUUAAACAUCAUGGCAGUCAUAAUGGAAUCACAACAAUUUACAGAGACAUGGUUUUAGAGGGGGCCAGGCUGUGACCUGAGUAAUUUACCCUCUAGACCUCAGUGAAACCAUUAUAAUGUGGCCUCAGUCAGCAGAGAUACUUAAGAUAAAUGUUAAUUUACUACAAAUUCCUGAGAAUUUGAAAAAGGAAAUCAUCCCAACCUCAGUUUUAAAUGUGUGGUAUAAAACUUUGCAAACAAAAUGUAAAAUUGCAUUUGAAAUCCAGAAAAUAAACACACAUCUAGCGAAUGUAUAUGAGGUACUUAUUAUUGACAACAGUUAUCUACAAACUGCAAUGUUGAAAUUGCGUAGUUGCCUAGUUAGUAAGUCAUCUGGUAUCCUCUGUUUGAGGGUGUUCAGACAUAUGCUGCUUUUAUAUCUUUUGUCCGAAAUACAAUAAUGAUUGUAAACUUUCAUGCUUGCAAGGAAAUGUAAAACACUUAGAUUUAUGUCAUUUUAAGAGUUGGACUCAAUUAAGAGUUAAAUAUAGUCACCUAUAUCCAGUUCAAAUGUGCAGCUUAAACACAGCUGUCUCUACAUCCUCUUCGUCUUGUGCUGCACAGACUCUGAUAGUUGCUUGGAUCAAGGGGAACCUCAACGUCUACAUCAGCAGAGAACUGUGGGACGACCUCCUUUCUGUUCUCUCCUCUCUCACCUGCUGGGAUGAACUAGUCACAGAGUGGUCACUCACCAUGGAGACACUCACCAAGGUACACCGCAUUGUUUUACUCAUGUAAUAUCUCAAGUAUUAGAUUGUAUAUCAGGAUGAACAAUCUUGAGACUCAAAAUAUUAGUAUUACAUUUUCAAAUUCAGUCGCUGACAUCCACUACAAGUGAAAACGAGUUGUUUCUUUCUUAUGUCUGGUAAUUUUGCCUCUCUGUUACUUUACCCUUGCUGUGACUGUUACCCUCAAUACAUGUACAAAUACUUCUGUUAUAUUCAGCUUUUUGCUUCAAGCUGUUUUUUCAGUCUGCAUUGUGAUGUUGUUGUCAUCUUUAGCUGUAUGCUGAGCUAAGUUGGCAAAUGUUCAACCAGUCUUGACAUCUUUGUGUCUCAGGUGUUGGCCAGGAACUUGUACAGUGUGGAUCUGAAUGAGCUCCCUCUGGACAAACUCAGCGAACAGAAGCAGAAGAAACAUAAAGGAAAAGGUUGGCUAGUCUUCAUAACUACUAUAUCAAUUAAUGAUGAAUGUGGAUCAAGCAUUGUCUCCCCAUUUGUGCACUGAUGAGUGUUUGGGCUUUUGUAUCACUGACCAUUCAAGUGUGUAUGCUACUAGGUGGCAACAAGCACAAACAAAGCAGGUACUGUAAUUUGGUAUUCAUGCUUUGUCAAUGAUGCUAGCAAAGGCUGAGGUAACUUGUUUUGUUCACAGAAAGGGUCACAUGAUGAAUCUGGAAAAACAUGAUGAACCCUAAUCAGCAGAUGAUGUAAAUGUUCCCAGAGUUCCAGUUUCCUCCCUUUUACUCUUAAAUUUAAUCCAAGAGAUUUCAGGCUUUUUUUGAGGGAUUUCAGAAGGAUCAAAAUGUCUCAUUUUAGCAGCUCUAAGAUGCUGGAGUACUGUUUGUUGUGACUUUUAUCAGUAUGUAUGGAGGUGGACAUAACCUUUUCCAGAAUGCCAUCUUGAGCCAUCUGAUACAGCCUUUAUAUCCAUAUUCUGAAACUCCUAACUACAUAUUCAACAGUUGAAACAUGUCUAACCUUUUCUGUCAGAUAUUGAGCUUGAAAAGUAAAAAUGCAAUAACAGGCCAGAGGGAUUCUAGAAAGCAUGAACAUAUAUUCAAAUUAUCAGGUAAUUUAUUUCAAAAGCAAAAUAAAAGGUAUCAGUGAAACAAAAGGAAGAAUCAUGAAUAUGUAAGACUACUACAUUUCCCUUGUCCCUUUUCUUUCAAAAAAGAAUUUGCCCAGUCUGGAGCUAACACCAGCUCUUAAGCGAAUUAAAAUAACUGUGCAGUAGAAAUUAUGUCCCACUUAAUUCUGUUUUACCCCAGGUAUAGGUUCAGAGGGCCAGCGGCAGAUUGUGGAUCGGUCCUUCUCCAAAGGCUGGAGCAGAGACCAACCAGGCCAAGCAGCAGCCAUGAGACAGCGCAGCGCCACCACCGCUGGCUCACCAGGCAUCGAGAAAGCCAGGAGUAUUGUCCGCCAGAAGACCGUCGGUCAGUAUCCUCGAGAUGACUCCCUUAACUUACGUGUAAAAAAACAUUGAAGAGUUAUGCAGCAGGAAACAUCUGGUGCCCUGUCUUUCUCAGGUGCACUUCAGAUAGCAUCUUGUUCAGUUUUAUUUGAUGUCAGAUCUGUUAUAUUUAAUCUGAUGCCCCCUCCUCUCCUUUGACAGGAACAUGUUGAGCAAAGUUUAUGCAGGUGUUUCAGAUAUGGCUGCCAGUACGACAUCAUAAAAACUAGUGAAAAGACAGAGCACUCACAGAUUGAAGUUCAUGAGGAAAGGAAGCUGUAACACUCAUACUCACUAACAAUAUAAUUACCAGAUAUAUAACAACAUUUUAUUGUUCUGAUCUGUGACUUGCUUGCCCUUCACAUUACACUUAAUUGUAUCUUCUUGAAUUGCAUCCAUCUGGAUUUUAUCUAAAAGUUAAGGGUUAACUUUUUCACAAAGCAUUUUCGCCCUAAAGGACGCUUUUAAGGUGAAAAACUGUUAGGAGUAUUUAGCAGGACUUUUAAAAGCCUCAAGAAUUUCUCAAACUGAGAGUGAAACAGAGGAAAGGAAGUAAUACACUCCAAACAUUAAAUGCUGAUAGGAUUGGGCAGUGAUCAUGAAAGUGCUUACAAGCCGGCGCAACAUGAACAAGUGUGAACAAAAUGUAGUAGUUUAGCUUGUGAUUCUGCUGUCAUGACGGUUGAGCCUAGUGGAGGAAGGCUUGUUAUUAAAGAUGGGAAAGCAUCAGGAGGUGCAGAAUAACGCUCACAGCUACAAGCUGUGAAAUUAUCCUGAGAUGUAAUGCUAAAGUCCAGGCAUUUAAGGAGAGAUAGAAAAACAAACUUCUCUGUGCUUUAUCUUUUACAGAGGGGUGCAGAGUGAGAGCAGAUCAUAUUCAGUAAUUAAAAAGUGUAAAUGAUCAGCCUGAGUUUAAAGUCAAACUAUAUGUGUGUAACUCUGCUUUCAGCAUGUGAAGAGGUUACAGCACAGUCAGCAUGUGCAAAUUUACCAACUCAACUCUUUCGUCCAGCUGUUCCCAUUGUAAUUAAAAGAGCUUUUUUUCAGUUUUUGUGGAUCGACCACCGUGCUUCAAGCUCUUGAAAGAAAUUUGUCAUUCCUAGCAACAGGGUCAAUUACGCCUCCUCACUAUAAGAAAAGUUUCUGCCCCAGAGUUGUUAUGGGAUAGAUCCCAAAUCUGAGGCUAAAAGUCGUUGAUAAAAGUUUAUAAGUUAGGUUAAGAGCUCUCUGAGGGAAUUCUCAGAAUGUUUGCAAAUACUGGCUCUUGAUUUUAGGGACAAAAAAAUAAGAAGUGUUAAUGUCCUUCAAAAAGAGAUUUCAAAGAGAAGCAGCUUUGAUGGACAUGUAGUGUGUUUUAUAUAGAUCAGAACCACUUCAAGUUGUUCUGAGAGUAAGCUCUUCCUGUGAAAAAAAAAAAAUACACUUGGUCCAUCCCAUGAAUAGAUGUGGAGAUGUUUUCUUUAGUAACCCAUCUGCUCACAAGGUAAACUACGACCUAACUUACAAAAACAUAGAAUAGAUUUUCUGGACAUCAGUUGAUUUGACCAUUUUACAAAUACCUUACCUUUAAAAAUGCAUUUUUUCCAAAGUUUCAACACAACAAAAGUGAUGUGAAGAGGAGACGCCCAAGCUCAUAAACAUAUCUUAGUCAAACCUGUUUACAGUACCCUUUUAAGUGACUACAGGUUUUAAAUAGUAUCUGACUUACAGGUGAUGAUGUAGAUCACCCGUGUGUGGUCUUUGGGGAUUUCAGUCGCACAAAGUGGAAAACUGCCACCAGCCUCUCACUGUCUCACUGUCUUCCCUACAGAACUAUCCCUGUCCCACUCCUUUUUCACCUCCCUCCCUUCCUUUGUCCUUCCUCAGACCUUCUUCUUUUCAAACUGUCCUGUUGCUUUUUCACUCAUUUCCUUUAUUCUACCUUACACUAUCUUCUCAUGCUUUUUAUUUAUUUUACGUAUUAGUUCCAUCUUUUUCCUCCAUACUCUUUUUAAAGUAUCCCUUUAUUUUGACCGCCUUUCCUUCAUUUUUACUUUUUCUUCCUCGGCUAUCUUGUCAGGAGUUUGAUUUCUCUUACUCUUUAAUUUCACUAACACAUCCACCUUCCUUUCCUCAGUCCUUCACCUAACUUGUCCUCUUAACUAUAUCCUUUUUUCUCUUUUGAUGUCUUUCUUCCGGUGUCGUCUUUGCUCUCCUUUUCUGUCUCAUACUCUUUCCCCUUAUUCUUUUCUCUCUUCUAUCUGUUCUUCCCACCUCUUCAGCCCUGCGUAGCUGUUCUACGGGGGACUCUCUGCUGUCCUCAGCCUUUAUCCGCAGUGCUAAGAGUGCUCCUGCUCUGGCUCCGCCUCUUCCUGUCCUCCUUCACCACCACCACCACCACCACCCUUUACUACCCCCCCUUGCUGACCAGCUGGCAGGUACACAAUCUUUGCACUACCUGUCUGCCUGUGUCCCUACCUGCCUGCAGACUUCUGUGUACAUCAGUCGGGAACUGUAACUUCAUGCUCAGUAUUUCAUGUUUGUCUGUCAGUUCCUGUUAUCGUUAUGACUGAAGCAACAGUUUGCAUGUGAUCAUCAGAAACUACACUGUCCUUCCCUUUUUUACCUGCAACUCGUAUGAAGUGUAUAUCUGAGAAAAGUCCAUCCAUCAGACAAAUCUCUCUCCUGAAGUCGUGCAGUGAUGUCAUCAACAUUGUUUGACAUUUGCAUGUGAGAAAUGAACGAUCAAAGCAUGUUCAGCAAGCUGUUUAAGGUCUUUCAUUUAAAAGAAGCAGAGAUAUUUGUGAGAAGAGUUUUUGGUGACAAAGUUGGACCACUUUCUGUCUAUUAAUGCUGUUCAAACUGUUCCAAUUUGAAGCACAACUAUGUUUGUUGUGAUUGUAUACACCGCAAAGCUUUCAGCAAAUGAUAUUUUAAUUUAUUUUCUAUCAAUUGUUGAUAAAAAAUAUCUCAAAACUUAUCCAGUAGCUUGAACACUUGGUGUUAGAGUUUUGUGAGAAAAUGAACUUCUGUCUAGGGGUGUCCCGAUGUGAUAUUGAUAUCGGAUUUUGGUCCGAUAUCAGCAAAAAAAUACAUAUAUUUAUCGGAUUAUAUCGGCCUGCAUCUAAAAUCUCUGAUAUUAGCACUCCAAUACAAGCAGUUUAUUCCAGACUCCGCUCCGGCACCUCUAGCUAGCAGUGCCCUGAUCCAGCAAGCUGAGCCCACAAAAUCACAACAACAUGUACUAAGGUAAUAAUAAAGUCGCAAGGAUGUUGGCCUUGUGGCAGUAUUUUUUAAGUCAGAAAAAGACAUUGAAGCUGAAUGGGAAUCGGAUCAAUAUCAGUAUCAGUCAAUAUUGAAGGUUACAGUAUCGGUAUCGUAUUGGAAGUCAAAAAGUUGUAUCGGGACACCCCUACUUCUGUCCUGUAUUUCCUGAAGAAGGUUUAUCACUUUGACAUUUUUCUGAGGAAGAUGGAAACACUCUGUGUCUGUUAUUGUGUCUGUCAUAUAUCUGCAUGAGACUUGACCAACCUGUUUUUCUGUUUGCAAGACUAUUAUAAGAUAUUUUUACGUAAAAGUUUCCGCCUGACUGCAUAUCUGCAUGUCUCUAUUACACCUUUCAGCAGGUGUCACAGUAAUAUUAUUGAUAAAACAAAGCAUUUAUUACUUAUUUGCCCUUAUAUGGUGGUACUUCAAUGACGGCAGAUGUCUUUGGGUUAAGGUCUUUAUCUUGCUGCUGUGGGCAAUGUGGAGAAUUUGAUUUAAGCAGAUCCCUGGUAUAGUAUUUUCCUGUCUGUUGUGUGUCUGUGUUAGCUCUUGGUGUUUUUUAUGAUAAUUUCAAAAAUGAUUACAGCUCUGUCAAUUUACCCAUUAUUCAUUAUUUUACAUUAGAUCAGAUCGAAACCUGUCAAAUGGGCAUAACAAAUGUCAUUUCAGAUGCUAUGAUAUACGACAAAAAAAACAUUUGUUGGCAUGGUCCAUUUAUGAUUUAUGAGGAGUUAUUCCUUCUUACAUUUAACAUCAUGUCACUUAUUAAUGUUUUAUAUUAUGACUUGUAAUCUUUUAACACAUAUGGCACAUCGUGGAACAAAGAGUUCAAUAGAGAUCCAAAACUGUCAUGCAAGUUAAGUCCAAUAUCAGGCAAGAAUGGGACAGUUUCAAAAUUUCAGGAACCGGUAUCAUUUACAAAAAUCAAAAUCUGCUUACUGUCACUUAAAACAUGGUGUUAUUUGUUGGAAUCAGGGUCAACCAUGUAAGUCAAAUUUGUCUUUCAAAAAGUUGUAGAUACAAAACACAGGCGUACAGACUCGGGAACAAAUGACUUUGUAUUAUACUUUCUUAUAUAUUCAGUAAAAAACUUGGAGUCAUUGGACCCACGACUGAAGCUCCACCCUGUUCAGCUGGUAAUAAACGUUAAUGAGAUCAGCAUGAGGCUUUAAACAUUUGUUUAUUUGAGAUAUAAAGUAGAUCAACUUGCCAGACCUGUUAUUGUUGGUUUGUGUAGUCAGUCUAAACUACCAUCCAAAGAGUUCAAGCUCAACAUCUCUAUACUGAGGAUUAAGGACACUACUUAAAGAUGUGAGCCUUAAAGGUUAUCCUCCAAGAAUGUGAAGCUUCACUUACUGGUUUCUUUAUGUUGCAGCCUGUUGUUUUCACCACUUUGGACUCCAUCAUGGCAGGAACCUACUGCAGCCCACAACAAAAGUAGCUCCAGUUCAGGGUUUAUGCAUGUCAUAUGUUUCUUUUGUUUCGUCUACAAGUCUUUUUGUUCAUCACGUUUUCUAUAUCUGUCUGGUCUGUCUGUGUGUGGGUGGGUGUGUAUCUGUUCUCACUUGUUCCCCACACUGACCUUGUUCUCUUCAUCUCCCUCCUGUUACCAGACCUGGAAGACCCGCCAAUCACACUGACUUCUCGCACUUCUCGGAUGCGCCACUCCUCCCAGAGCGACGAGGCUCCUCCAAUCUCAUGUUCUGAGGUCUUCCAAGGAGUGGCUUGUGACUUGGAUCCCCCAGCACCAUCUUCCCUCGCUAGGAGCAGCAGUGCCUCUGACAUCAUGGAGCCUUUCAUCGCUGAGCGGGUCAAAGGUGAAGACCCCCAGAGGGAUCCCAGUUCAAUCCCAAAUCCACCUGAGCACCAAUCCACAACCCCUUUCUUACCUGCAGCCAAAAGCCACGCAGCUCAAGCACUCCCACACACCCCCACCUCACCCUCCCCCACCCCCUUUACCUCCUCCAAUGGUGUUAUCUCCUUGUCUUCAGAGGGACAAGAUGAUGGUAGUGUUUAUGACCAGUUCUGGCAGCAGAUAGGCUCUCGAGGCCAGGGUUCAAGUUCUGAUUGGGUAAGCGACUGGGAUUCUGCCUUCACGUGUUCAUCUGAGAAGGAGAUUGAUACAGAAGAAGCAGAAAUUGGGGCCGGGGUUGAAGAGGAUGAUUUAUUCUCCUCCAUCAGGGACUACCUCACUCAAAAAGGAAGUGAGAAGAAAGAGGAGGUAGAAGAGGGAGACAGUCCGAGUGUAGAUGUAGAAAACAGUGCUGUAAGUUUACCGGUGACAGUGCAAACUGGAAUAGCAAGAACACAAAUGGAAUACGCAGGACAGGUAGGAGAAGCAAGACAAGUGGUGAGAGAGGACAGACAGGUAAGUAAAUCUGUGAGGCACAGCAGCGUGGAUUCAGCUGAGGAAAUUGAGGCAGAACAGCGUAGUAUCUAUGAGUGCCUGGAGUUGCAGUGUCAGUGGCCAAAUGCAAAGGGAAGCAGUAGCUUAGAAAGGCAUGCUGGGGAGAAGAAGGGAGGCGGAAACACGGGAAGGGCAUCAGGGUGGGAGGGGACAAGUGAUGUUUGGAGAGAAAAAGGAGUAGAAAAGCAGACUGAUAAAGAAAGGUUUCAUUUCAUCAAACAAGAACAAAACUCCAUAGAGUCUAGCACUGAAUCAAGUCACACCCCCCAAACUUUAGACUCAAGUAAGGCCAAAGCCUCACGAAGCUCCAAGAGGCAUCAUUUGGGGGGUGUGCAUGUCAGUUUUAGACCCUCAACUGAGUCAGUCCAGUUCCACAAUCCCCUCGAGAGUAAAGAGGCUCACUGGAAAGCCAGACUACGGCGCCUCAGUCAUUUUCACACACACAGCCACUCAGCUGGGGAUAGACCUGGGGCCGGAACAGGGGCAGGGUCAGGGACGAAAGUAGGUACAGGGGCUGCAGGUAAGUUUGCCUCCGUGGCUGGAAUUAGCCACAGAGCAGGGACACAUGAGAAACUAGUUGCUGGGACUGUUAUGGAUAAUAGCGGGGCAGGGAACACAGCGCUCACCGGAGGCUUGGAAAACAGGACUGGGACUGAAGGGGACAAGCAUCACGCAGGGUCCAGUGUGGGAUCCAACACAGGCUCUGAGCCUCACUCAGAGUUGUCGUCAAGCAGCUCAGCAGGUUUCUCUGGCGUAUCAUCAGGGGUGCGUGGCCGUUUGGGACGCUCUGCCUUACGAUCUCGAGCCUCUCGCUCAAGAUCCCAGGAGCCCGGCAGCACUUCCUCAAGGCACCACCAGGGGGCUCUCCUUGGUGGUGUAUAUAAGAGUAUGGUUCAUGCUCUGUCCUCCAAGCCCCGGCCUAGAGGUCAGGGGUCAUCCCAAGGCUCAUCGCCACAGAGGCAGGGCCGGACAGCUAUGGGCGAUGCUUCACUAAGAGACCUCUACUCCCAUGUCCUGGGCUACUUUGGACGAAAGACGACCCCGCCAGGUGAGGAUUGCAACAAAUGAAGUGCUCACAGAGGACACAAAAGUUCAGCAGCAACUUUGGAAAGCCAGAUUCUCACCAACACACAAACACCAGCAACUCUCUUUUCCUUUUUGGCUGUUUUAACUGGUUUGUUAUGAUGGAAUGAUAUUUUUUGGCUGACACUCAUCAUCUUGCUGCUGGACAGAAAAUUCAAACUCCCUUUUGAUGUUUAUCUCUUGAGUGAAGCCCCUCCUCCAGCCUGCCUCCUGUCAAGGAUCCCCCUCCUCCUGCUCCCAUACCUAUCCGCCUGCUCCUUCAACUCGGAUGUCCCCCCUCCCUCUUCCUCCUCUCCUCUUUCUUCUAAGGGCUUUGGGAUUUUAACCUCCUCUCCCCCUUACCCUCCUCUCCAUCUCCACCUCUUCCCUCUCCUUGAUGUUGCAUGCCGCCUCCUCGUACCUCCUUCGCCUCCUCCCUGGACUCCGGCCCCUCUUCAGCCAAUCAGGAAGAAACAGAAAAGUACAAGAAAUGAAGAAAUAAAAGCUGAAUAGAAAACACUUGGAUAAACAUAAAACCUCUCAGGAAGCCCUCCAAAUGUUUCAGAGCAUAAUUGCAUUAGAUUUAGCAUGUUCGCUCCGAAGAUGAGAUCAUAAAGACAAAUUAUUCAUCAGAAGAGAAAUCGCUUCAUUAAUAGGAAGUAGAAACAAUAUUGCUGUGGUUAAUUCUUGGACCACUAGAAGGCAGAGUGAAACUGUAUGUGAUCUUGACCCUCUUUAUUAUAACAAAAUAAGCAUGAUGUCUUAAUACAAAAGAAAAGUAAUGCAUUUCAAAUUGGCAAUCUGUAACUGUUGUUUGCCUUUCACACUGCUACAAGAUCAUUCUUGACAUGAUGGUUGUUAAGUGUGCAUUUAGAUUAACCUUUUCUCUAAAGGCUUCUAGACUGCACAAAUGCUUUUAAUUUAUUUGCCAUUAGACUCACACAAUUGAUCAAAUCACAGUGAUUCAUCACCUGAGCCUCCAUGAUGUGGACAUGCUGCUAUAAACAACCUCUAGGUGUCGUCCUUGUGUUAAUUUCUUAUUCAGGUCUGCUGCUUGCCAGUUAGGUCCAAAAGGGGCCGUCAACAUUGAUAGCAGUUUCACCUUUUACUAAAAGAAUGAAUUUGCAUAUUCCAGUUUGGGCUGCACAAUAUCAGAUAAAAACAAAAAUGGACAUUGCAAUACGUUACUUUUUUCUGCGUUAUUUAUGUGGAUGAAUAAAAUGCAGGAAAUUAAACCGUACCAUUAUAGUGUCUAAAUUUUAAAAGAAUUUAAAAAUCAUCCCUGUUAUAAUUUGUAACCUAAGUCUAGUUUCCCUGGACAAAAACAAAAUAUAUCUCUCUCUUAGUGUCACACUUGGUUGAUCAAAAAUGACUGAUCUGGCCUACAUGAUAUGAUAGAUAUGCAGUGGUGAUCACAAUGUUAAAGACAGGACCAUCAAUUAUAGAGAGAGACUGAUUAAUGGGGUUGAUGAAUCACAUUUUGGAUUGAUCAGCACUGGCUGCUAUCUGCGGCCAUAAGGCUGAUUAAUUAUGCAUGGAAUCACGAGUGUCAUUAUAAUAAAACUGUUUCUUAUCAAACACAGAGAAAAAACAACAGCAUAAUACCAGCAUCAUGUAUUGGCCAUUGGUUGACCUGCUCUCCAGUUAUUGGCCUUAUCUGUCAAAGAAAAAGUGUGCAUGUUAGCUAAAAUAACUCACAGUGUCAGUAGUCUGUCUGCUGUUCUUUAUGUUUUUGUCAUUGCCUGUGUUUGCGACACGUGUCUCCUGAUCCCAAAAUGCAUCCAAAAAAUUAUUUUUUACAUCAUCACCAAUUAAUCUGCGUUUAGCUGACAGCUGACUAAAGCUUCACUUGACUGCAUCUAAACAGUAUAAAAGCAUGGCCGUAAUAUCCAGUGCUUUAUCUAAAAGUUGGUAAGAAAACAGUGAUUGUACUCAUGUAAUGAUUAACUGAUUUAUAGUGAUAUAUGAAAGCUUUAACAUUGUGUUCAUGGCAAACACUCAUGCUGUGAUAUCAAUGUUUUUGCAAUUUAUUAUGCAGCCCUAAAAGCAGACUGAAACUCAGUGUUAUGUGUUGUUACUUUCUGAUCGUCUGUCUGUUGACUUGAACUCUGACUGCUGUUCACACAACACAGAUGUAGACUUCUGUUCAUGUCACAAGCUAAGAGAUCAAACCUCAGAUCCAAGCACUGACACUUUUUUGAUAUUGUUAAUUUUAAAAUAGACUAAAGUAAGGCCAUACAAGGACCUAUAGAGUGAAGACCUGUUUCCAUUAUCAUGUCUUUGCAGCAAGGUGAAUGGGAAAGGUAAUGUGAGGGAUUUUACAGCAGCAGAAGUGCUCAUGCUGACUGCUGUACUGCAUCUCUAAAAGUAACUGCUGACUUCCUACUUAUUAUUCAAAAAAAUGUAAAAUUUAGAUUUUAAUUUUUCAUUUCUCUUUUAACAGACUUUUGAUGGAAAAUGUAAGAGUUUAAGAACAUCUACAUGUUGCUAUUUUUCUGAACAAUUAUAAGUUUAUAUUGUACCAGUAGGCAUCUUAUGAAGAGCUGCCACUACAUAGACUGUGCUAUAGUCGUGCCUCAUUAUUAGGACAAAAAUCACUGCAUUAUGAGGCUGAGCCCAAACAAGACUAGGGAUAUUUGUGCAAGAAUUUGUGCAGUCUAGAUGUCAAGUCCCUGUAUUAAAGUCUCUAUACCUGUUGUCAGUGAUGGCUUAGCAAAUGACCAUUACGGAUGAAUAGUCAAAGCGUGGAAAGAGUUGUAUAAAUUACACACUAAUGGUAUGUAGUCAUUUAAGAUGUUAAUCACAGUUUUCAGUGUUGACUAUGCUUAAUUUCUUUGCCGCUAACUACAGCCCUCCAGUAUGAUCACCACAGAUUCUGAUGUUUUGACAGGAGGUCUGACCUCUGCAGUUUUUUAAAUGCACCUGUAUGUCCCAUAUUUACGUCCAGGAAAAUCCGAUCUAUACACAGUUUGUAUCUUUGUAUGCAGCAGUUUUUAGCUGUCAUCAGCUAGGUGGCAGCAAAGUAAAGACUUUCUUUCUGUGAUCAGGUUAUUGAUCCGUCCAAAGCCCUGGUGCUGAGCUGAACAGAUAACCCGGGUCUGUCAGCUUUAUCAGCCUCAGCUUCAGGAGUUAAACGACAGAGAGACAGAUUUUUUUUUUUUUUUUUUUUUUUUGUAUGUCAUUUUUGGGACAAGAAGACACUCUCUGCUCUCCAAGUUUACAGUCACACACUGACUGCUGUCAUUGCUACCUAACAGCAACUUCACUCAUAGAAAUAUUACUGCACUAAUCUAGGCCUCUGACAUGCUGCCUGUUUGGACUAAACAAGGUGAUACUUGGUCUCGCUCUCUGUGCAUGGUGUGAAUUAACUCUUGCAUUGCUUCUCUGGUGGGUUUGCCUGCUGUGUUGUGGCUUUUUUUUAACAAUCAGUCUUUUGCUAACUUCAGGGUCUACAGCACAUACACAUCAGGACUGUUCUUAGUGACCAGAGAGAAAAGCUCAGUUGUGACAUAUGAUACCAUUUUAACAGACUACAAUCUCAGAAUCCUACAUUAAAUCUGAUUGAUUAAUACAGAUAAUCUAAUCAUUGGAUGGACAGAUAGGUGGACUUAGUUAUGCAGCUUUCCUAGGAAGCCUUAAGAGGUUUGACCUCAUUUGUGUGAGUGUGAAUCUUGUGACUGUCUGUGUGUUUGUUGUUUCUUGAUAUAAAACACAUGCAACAUCUCACCACCUGGUAGGGGGAUUUGUUGCUUGUCACUACCUUUACUCUCCUUUUUUUUUUGUGUGUGUGUGUGUGCGUGCGUGCGUGUGUGUGCUCUCUGUCUUCGACUGUCAUCUUACUGUAUAUAUGCUUUUCUGUCUGUUUCUAGUCAACAAAGAAGAGGUGGUUCAGAAGGCUCGUCCAGUCUCAAGUGAUGUAGGGAGCAGCAACCCAAAUUUCACUGACCUCAUGGAUGAAUUUAUCCAGGAGAGACUGAGGGCCAAAGGGACAGCGGUGAGAACAACAAACACACACAGUAUUUAAGGAUGGAUAGUUCACUUUCAGAGAAGCUAAAAUUUUAAGCCCUCUUUUUCACACAGGGUCGUCGUGGCAGCAGCCCAGGAAGUUUAGAGGUUCCCAGAGACCUUCCUGAGCUCCUGGAGGCGGGACAGAGUCCUGGAAUACGACCCUCAGAUGAUCUCCGUCCUAUCGAUGAUCCAGGGGUUCCCUCUGAGUGGACGUCUCCAGCAAGUGCCAGUGGUUCUGAUGUUGUUAGCUCCGACAGCCAAUCAGACUCUUUUAAUGCCUUUCAGUACUCCUCCUGCAAGUUUGAGAGUAAGGAACGAAUCGACAGUUUUUUUUGCUUUCAGAUGAAAACAGUUUAAACCAAGAGUUAGCAGUUUUUCAGUUAAAAAAAAAAAUAUAUAUAUAUAUAUAUAUAUUGCUCAUUGUAUGUUGCUGUUUUAAUUACUUACUAUAUUACUGUGCAUUCAUACAGUAAAUGGAUGGCUUUAUAGGGUCUUGUUGGGAAUUCCACUAUUUAGGCCUUUUAGGUUUCCAGACUAUUACCACAGAAAAAAAAUACAGUUUUCUAAAAUAAAAAAGGUAUUUCCAAAAAUAGUUCUUAAAAGUAAGGUAUGGAAAAGUAUGGAAAUUCCAACUGUGUAGGAACCCUGUUAAAUUACAAAGAAAUCUCAUGUUGUCAAUAUCAAUCUAACUUUGUCACAAACAGGCUCUGUGUUUUUGUUAUCUGUGUCAAUUUAGAAACAUCAUAAUGUUGGACUAAAUCCUUUUUUGUUGUUGUAGAUUUUACAUUCAGUUCAGAAGCCUGUACAGGAGGAGCUGGGUCAGGAGGUGGAGGAGGAGGAGGUCGAGGCAGCUCACUGGACCAGGACAGCCUGGGAGGAGGUGUGGCCGGUGAAGAGCAUGAAGUAGCAAGUUUGACAACACUUCACCUGGACUCAGAGACCAGCAGCCUCAGCCACACUGUCACUGUCACUGGUACGUACGUUGCAUCAAAUGGUCUUUUGUAACAAACUGUGUAAAUUCAGCAGAUGUCAAGAAGUUGAAACUUACCUGUGGACAAGUCAUCCCCUGAAACCAGAAAAGACUUUUAGCUCCUGUUUUAUUCACGUCAUUGUUGUGUGUGCUGUUUUUUUGUGUUUUUUUUGUUAAGGUUCCGAGAGUGCUUCUCCCAUGCAUUCUCUUGGAGGCUCCCGCUCUCAAACACCCUCCCCUGCCACACUGACAGCAGAGCACUCUGAUCACACACACUCCCACUCACACACUCACCUACAGCUGGAUCAGAAGCUCCACAACUCUGUCCUGCAGACUCCAGACGACCUAGGUAACACCAACACUCACACCCAACACCCACUUCUUUCACAGCUCUCGAUAAGAAGUUGCUGAUUGAUUUACUGAUUGAUUCUAGAAACAAGUGAGUUCCCGAGUGAGGACUGCAGUGUGAUGGCAGGCGGCUCCUUAACUGGAUGGCACUCAGAUGUUGCCACGGUAAUGUGGCGAAGGAUGCUUGGUAUCCUAGGGGAUGUCAAUGGCAUCAAAGACCCAGAGAUCCACGCUCAGGUCUUUGAUUAUCUAUGUGAACUGUGGCAAAACCUGGCCAAAGUAAGUAUUGACACAAACAAUGAAGCAAAACAUUUUACACUGAUUGUGUGCGUGUGUGUUAAAAAAAAACCCUCCUUCUUUCAGAUAAGAGACAAUUUGGGUAUUUCUCUGGACAACCAGUCAUCCCCUCCUCCUCCUGUUUUGAUACCACCCCUAAGAAUUCUCACUCCAUGGCUCUUUAAGGUAGGGGUUAGUCAUUGAUCUCUAUACAGCUUGCUAAUCUACUCUCAUAUCUGGUUACAAAUUAAUUCAUAUAUCAUAAUUUGGUGAUAAGAUGCAAAGUUUUUCAGGUGUCAGUUUUGUUUUUGGUACCAGUUGGUAGGUAUUUAACCGUGGUUACUUGAGGGUUUUUAAAGGGUUAGCUUGGAUCCUACAUAACAGAAUAACACAAAAAGAGAGAGCAAGGUGUAAUUCACAUCGGUUUAAAGUUAAAAAAGGGAUCUUGCCUUGACAGAAUUGUCCCUUUUAGCUUUUUUCUCCACAAAUAUGUAACAAAAGUGACAAAUCCGACCAUUAAAACACAACAAGAGAAGAUUAGAGGAAGUCAUUUACAGGAGCUUCAAACUAGCCAGAGUACAUCUGUUUAUUGUCUCAUCAUUUUAUCUGAUGCAUUACUUCUCUAGGCCACCAUGCUGACAGAGCGUUACAAGCAGGGCAAACUCCAUGCCUACAAAUUAAUCUGCAGGAUCAUGAAGAGACGGCAAGAUGUUUCUCCGAACACAGACUUCCUCACACACUUCUACAACAUAAUGCACCAGGGACUGAUGCAUCAAGACCAGGUGAGUUACAGAUAAUAGAUUUUAUCAAAAAAACAUUACAAUGCUUUGUGAAGUAUUAUAAUGAACUAUGGGGUUUUUCUAGGACAUCGUGAACACCAUUAUAAAGCACUGCAGUCCCAGGUUCUUCAGUAUAGGUCUACCUGGAGCCACCAUGCUGAUUCUGGACUUCAUCAUUGCUGCUUCGAGAGUCACCGCCUGCUCAUCACUCAAUGUAAAACCUCACACUUGUGCUCAUAGUUUUGUGGUGCAAAAUCCGCACACUAAUUGUUGCCACAAAUACGGGCUUUUUAUCAUUACUAUUUCAUUUGUAGUUUUUCUGAAUUACUCCUCACUUUCUUGUCCUCCUCUUUCCCAGGCUCCAAGAGUAGAGGCGCAGAUCCUGCUCGGUUCUCUGGUUUGUUUCCCAAACUUGUAUGGGGAGCUUCCAGCCCUCCAUCCCACCACAGCUGAUGUGGUGCUCACCAAGUUUCCUGAUGUAAAGGUAGGUUGAUGCAAAUUUAGUCUGGCUUGUACAAGUCAACGUUCCUCUGUCCUCUUGGCCAGUAUUCAUUUCAUUCAUAAUAUGAUAAUAAAUCACUGUAGAAUAGAGGGAAGAGGAAAAAAUGUACAGGAUUGUUUUUCAAAGAAACUUAAAUCACAUACUUAACAUGAGCUACAACAACAUCGGGGGCAAACUCUCUGAACUUCAUUUACUUUGCCUGGAAUCCAGGUCACUCUAAAUCUAGCAACACACAUUUCUGCUGUCCACGGGGGUCCAAGAAGCAAACUAAUAGGCUAAUGUCUCAUCAGUCAUUCUUGUAACAGACCUGAGCCAUGGGAGUAAUGUUGUUAUUGUUGUUUGUGCUGUGUAAACUGCUAAUGCCAUGCGUGGCAGCAUCUCAGGCCCGCUCACUUGUUUCUUACAAGGUAGAAGCUUGUUUUGAAUCAGUAAGCGGUCAUUAACGCUGACUGGAGAGAACAGGACAGUGAGCAUGUGCGUUUGUCUGUCAGUGAGUGGAGUAGUCUAUAGUGUGCCUGUGUGCCAUACUUACUGCAGCUUGGAUUAUAUGCAUUAACACCUCAGAAUUUCAGUUAUCACUUUACUCAUUAUGUGGAAAACAUGUCUGAUCAUUCUGUGUGCUCUUUGUCUGUGUACUCUUUGUUUUGUAGGAGCACAUUAUCAAAACCAUUCUGACCUCUGCCAGGGAUGAACCCUCUGCCCCUGCAAGGUAAGCUCUGUAUUUGGAUUUGUGUGGAAAAUCUGAUUGAACAUAGUUCUUCAAGAAAAUAAAAGGGGGAUACAACUUUUGAACUUAAAAAUGCUUUAUUUGCUGUGGUGUAAGAUUUGAUUGAAAAGAACAUUUGUAUAAGCCACAUUAAUAUAAAUCAAGUGAUAAAAAAUCUACGCGCAUAUGUUGUGUGUCCAUUGAUUUCAAUGUACAUGAUGUGUUUUAAUCUAUAUAUUUUAAUUGUAUUACAGCAACGGGUGUAUGGUUUGCUCACUGUGUACGUCCUCUGUUUUGUUAGGUGUGUGGCUCUGUGCAGUCUGGGUAUCUGGAUGUGCGAGGAGUUGGUUCACGGGACUCACCAUCCACAGAUCAAAGAUGCUCUCAACGUCCUCUGUGUGACUCUGAAGGUCAGUCACCAAUCUUUUACUGCUUUGAUGGCACCAUAAAGGAUACAUCAAGACUUGAAAAGUCAGCCCACUAAGCCACUCAUAUAUGAAUCUUUAUGGGUCACAUGUCAGGACAGCUGAAUCCAAUGAUGUCACUAUUGACCUCCAUCCACUCUGUGUCUGCAGCCCAAGGUGAUCAGACCAAAAAAAUGAAUCUGUAUCAAACAGACUGCUGAUUGGCUGUCAGUCACACUGCAGUGAUUUCACAUCUGGGUGGUUGUUAACACCUCUCAUCAAAAAAAUCUGCGGCAGAAGACGGUAACAAAUCAGAAAUAUUGCAGAUUAAUCGCACUCUGAUGUCAUAAAUCACUGAUUAUACAUCCAUCCACACAGCUGCUAACAGCAAACCUCCGCAUCAGCACAUACUGUACAUCCUGUAAAUAAAAAAAAAAAUGUUUCACAUGUAAAAUUUGAACUCAACUCUUGCUGCAUAUAAAAUAUUCAGCUUAUGAGGAGGGAGAAAAAAACAGAAAUAGGGAGGAGGUGAGCAGCCAUACAGAGAGCAGGGCUGUGUGUGUGUGUGUGUGUGUGUGUGUGUGUGUGUGUGUGUGUGUGUGUGUGUGUGUGUGUGUGUGUGUGUGUGUGUGUGUGUGUGUGUGUGUGUGUGUGUGUGUGUGUGUGUGUGUGUGUGAGAGGUUAGGGAGUUGUGUGUACCUAUAAUGUAAUGCUUUUUUUUUUUUUUUUUUAAUGGAUUAAUCAUAAAACCUGUCAUUGGUACUGUUUUAAAAAAAAAUCAUAAUCCUAUAGGGCAAGAUAUUUCAUCACUGUAUUAUUAGUGAUACACUAUAUGUAAUGGGUGCUAUGGGUUUGUUAUUGAAUUGUAAAAGGGUGUUUUAGUGAAACCUUUGGCUGAACAAUUUGUUUACAGGUCUCAUGCUUCUUGGUUGUCCCUGUAUCUGUUUGUCUCACACAUUUUAUGACAUGGAUAGAACAAAAAUUUAGACUUUUUUUUUUUUUUUAAUUCUUCAGAGUGAUGGCAAUGAAACAAUAGAGCUGUUGUUCUUUUAAUGUAGGUAUAAACAAAAGACAGCAUCGAGACAAUUGAAAGGAUUAAAAAUCUUGGGGUGAGAGAAGUGGUUUACUUGAACACACCAAAACAUUGCCUGUAAACCAGUUGGAGUUUUGGCGUGUUGAACAUGGUGGAAGAGUAGAGAGCCAAAGAGCGAUGGCCAAAGUGUGGAAAUAUUGUUGGAGAUGAGUGCUGGUGUUGGAGAAAUAGCCUCAGUAUGGUUGUGGGUUUCAGGCCACUAGACUGGGAAGGCCAGUGGAUCCAAAUAAAACAGUCCAACAUUCUCUGUCUCAUCUUUGGCCAAGUGGCUCUAGAUGAACACAGAAACACACACAGACACACACACAUACCUUUUCAACCUUGGAAUCCCUAGCUUGUGUAUCGGCAGCCAAUGGCCUGCUAAGAUAUUACAGCAACACACACUUGCAUUCACUCACUCCUGGGAGCAAACCCUGGACUGUCAAUAUGUUUGGUCCUCCUUCAGAUAGGAGACUAAUCCAAAGGGAAUGCUGCAAGCUGUGUCAGAGCCACACACUCUUCUGGUAUCACACAUACACACACAUCUUGUCCACUUUUGCGUCACUUGCCUCAUACUAGCAGCCAGUAGCCUCAGACAUGGGCAAGAUGACACACACACACACACACACAUACAAACACACACAAAAAAACCUUGAGGUAUUGUCAUAUUUCCAUGUAGAGCCAAUUCUUCCUGUUGUCCUCUUUAUCCUUCUGAGUUAUUGGUUAUUUUUUUUAUUUGUGAUGUCGCUGAUCCUCAUUAUGGCCUGAAUGAUCUGCAAAUGUGUCUUUUUACUUUGUUGAAUCUUUUAGCAAUGAUUGACAGUUUUAGUUAUUUAAUAUUCAAGAAGAAUUAAAGGAGGAUUGGUGGUCAAAAUGAAAAGCCACCUCUUGGGAACUUGAUUUAUUAUGUUUCAUUGCAUCCUUUUUAUAAGUCAUACAGGUGUGUAGUAAGACGUAAAGUUACUUUAAUAACAUUUAAUUGUAUCAGAGGUAAACCAUCUAAUAAUCUACCAUUAAACCAUCUAAUAAUCUACCAUUUAAAACAAAAAAAAAUUACUUAUUUAUAGACCAAAAUUGUAGGGGAGUAAGAUUUUCCCCCCACAUCAUGUAAAAUCAUAUUUUUUUUACAAAAUUAAUUGUUGCAGUGUAACCAACAGCUUGAACUAGAGAAGGGACGUUGACUGUACCGAUCAGGGGUGAAAUUUCUGAACAUUUUUGCCACAGUUUCUGUCAGUAUUUCACUCUGCAGAUGGUUCUUGGAUACAUAAGUCAUGGGCUUCUGUGCUUUGAAGCUUGUGAUUACAACAGUGCACAAAAUCUACGGUAUGGUUCAUAUCACGGUUUGGUGGUCACGGUUUAUGGUUCGGUUCAGUGUAUGUUACUAACUGGGAGAUUAUACUGCUUAAAACAUUUGCACUGGCAAAGCAAAGUCUGUGAUGUGACAUGACUGCUUUGUACUUACACCUGACAUGUUAUCAGUUGAUGCUUCAUUGAUGAUUGCCACUGCAGCCCCUUAGUUGUCCAUGUUCAAGUAUGUUGAAAUGCAUGGGGUCAUGAUGGCAAAGUAAAAUGUAUUUUAAUUCAUUGUGGUAUCUCAUUUUGUGUGGAUUUUUUUUUAAUUUACAAAUUACAGAGAUGAUAUAAUUCUUUUACAGACAAUAAUUGAAGACAGGCUAGAAAAUUAUGUGAGGUACCAAAUAUAGUCCCUGAUAAACAGGCCUAUUGCUUUAAACUUUAGUGUAAAAAAGAUAAAAGUUGUUCCUUUUAAGUGUACCUUUGAGUCAUCAAAUUAUUGGAGUCACCUUUAAUGUCAACAUGUGGUUUUCUUAUAUUUAUUGUCUUGAUUAGAAUCACAAUAUGUUACCUAUAUUUGUGAAUUCACAUGAAUACUUUGUGUGCUUCUCAUCACCCAGUAUCCUAACAAGAAUGUAGCACUGGUAGCAUCAGACAUCCUUCACCUCCUGAUCAGUCAUGUGGAUUAUCUCCAGAAGUUUCCCCCUGACACUCCAAAGAAGAUCGUAGAGGUAAGAAAUCAACAACUAUUAUUGCUAGUUUGGUUUGGUAUUUGUCUGGUCUUUACCAGCGUGCCCAUACAGCCUGGUGGUUUAUAUAAUCUAUCACUUUAUCACAACCAGGGGCACUGUAGAGGGGAGUAACGUUGGGAUGUUUUUAGGGGCCUGUGACAGACAGGGUCCUACAACAUUCUUGGUUGUGAUGUGGUGAGGCCCAUAAUCCCUGAUGGCGCCCUGAUCAUAUUUACAGCAUGGUUUUAUGUUCUUCUUUUUCAGAUUUUGAUUGCCACCAUUACAUACUUGCUGCCUUCCACUGAAUCUUCUCCUCAUGAACUGGAUAAGAGGGUAACAUACAUAUUUUCAGUCUAAUUUCCUCAGUAUAAUUCUCAUGCUAGUUAUAAAGUAACCUUGUAUCUGUGCACACCUGUCUGUGUUGCAGCUGGUGGUGUCCCUCUUGUUGUGUCUGCUGGACUGGGUGAUGGCUCUCCCUCCAAAAACUCUCCUUCAGCCUGUGCAAACAAGAAGCCCCCCAGAAAAAGACCAGCCAACCAAGACUCUGCUUAGCUGUAUUUAUAAGGUACGCGUAGUGUUAAAGACAUCAUUCCUCAGCCUGUGAAAUACACACAGACACUCUAUCUAGGUAUUAUUUAAGUCCAGAGAAGAUGCUUUCAUUUUACUUCGCCUUGUGUAAAUUUUAAACUAGUAAUAAAAAUACUAGGAUGGAAGAUUGUCCUUCUACUUCUAUUACUUCUGUUUCUUCAUCCUCAGUCAUUUUGGGGCUUUAUUGAAUAACAAAAGGUCACAAUGAAGUGGGGGAUGGAGCCUUUUUUAAAGAACAUUGGCCAACUUUGUCUGAAACCAUUCCUGAUUUCACAGUUUUAAAGACACAUUUAAUAUUGGCCGCAGCACUGAGGUUUGACUUGCUUUUGGCUUUUAAAUAGAAUCGAUUAUCAUUACAGGGAAUCUAAAAAACUUGAGCAACAAAACCAGUUAGCUCUAGAUUAAUAUACUCAUAUGGCUGCUAUUACCAAGACAAAUAUAAGAACAUUAUGACAAAAAUAGACACAGACUAUCACAGGUGGUUCAUCUUCUGUUUUUUUCAAACUGUCUAGGUGCUACAUGGUUGUGUGUAUGGAGCCCAGUCUUUCAACAUGCCUAAGUAUUACCCACUGCAACUGUCGGACCUGUUAAAUCCAGACUAUGACCCCUUCCUGCCAUUAGAGAGCCUCCGAGAACCAGAACCUCUGCACAGCCCGGACUCUGAACGCUCCAGUAAACUCCAGCCUGUCACUGAAGGUAUUUCAUGAAACAACAGAGACACACUUUGCAUAUCUGUAGAUACUUACACAUUAAUUAUCAUUUGUCCAGUUUACGUUUCAGCUGGGAUUUACAUACUCUGCUUUUGACAUGACCAGAAAUAUAGAACGGAUAGAUGUGACUGGAAAGAGAAUAAAAAUAUGAUGCCAAGUCAGUAUAUUUGCCAUCCAUGUAAAGUAGGGACAGAAGUGCAAAAAAAUAAAAAUGUUAAAUUUUGAACAAAUGACCCAGACUUGUCCACCAAACCUCUGCCACUUAAGAAAAGAUGGGACAAGUAAGGCAUGUUUGUGCGCCUGUCUGUAUUCGUGGGCGGCUGUGUAUUGUCCCCUGCUGUGGCCCACCAGAAGAUAGUGUCUGGUCUAAUGACUGGAGCACCUUUACAGACCAUGCUUCUCUUCUCUUCUCUCCUUUUCUUUUCUUUUCUUUUUUUUUUUGGUAUCUUCUUGUCCUCAAUUCCCAUCGUCUUUUACUCUUGGAACAUCAACCUCUGCUAAUAUUCCUUGUGCGUCUUUCAUUUCGUUGUUUCUCCGUUGUCUUUCCGUUCCUCUCCUCUUUUCCCGAUCUCCUCCUGUGCUCUCCUGAGGUUCAGGGAGUCGUUGAGAAUGUCUGGUCAAUACAUAUCUGUACUCCACACACAGCCCUGUCAAUAUAGGGCUGGUGGAAAGUGUAUGUCUGUCACAGUGUGGGUGUAAUGAUGUUGAUUAGCCAGGAUCUGCUGGCAGCACAGUGUGAUGGCAUUGGCUUCCUCUCAGCAUGAGGCAAACUAUGUACUGAAGCUGGAAGUGUGUUUGCACUUCUGACUAGUUUUUACCGCAAUUCCUGAAGUUCAGCAGUAACUCGGAGCCGUCAUACAAAGUCAGAGUAAGAGUUUUUGGUCUGUGUAACGAUAAGUGUGGAUAAACAUAAUCCUUUUUUUGAAUAAACUGAGUGUAUUUGUCUUUUUUUUUAGCUUUUUGUGAUUUAUGCAGUAACUGUUUGUGGUUUUGUCUCCCUGCAGUUCGCAGUCGUAUUCAGCAGGGCCUGGUCUCUAUCGCAGCAAGAACAGUCAUCACUCACUUGGUCAACCAUCUAGGACAUUAUCCAAUGUCAGGAGGGCCUGCUACUCUGUCUAGUCAGGUACUGUUGUGUUUUUGAUUUUUAUUUGUUGGUAAAAAUGUAGUAUAGUAUAAUGUUGUGUAUUCAGCGAUGAAUUCUUGUUUUCUUCAAAAAGUUUUAAAACCAUUUAAAUAGAUCGCAACAUUUUGCUUGAAUGAAGUGUCAUGUUUUUUCAGGUGUGUGAAAACCAAGACAACCCAUUCUGUGACAGUGCAGAUCUUGGACCGGAGCUUUUCCAUUCACCAAACCUCCAGUUUCUUGUCUUGAACGGCUCAACGCUGCUCUCAGUGUACCAGGUAAUCUUAACUGGAAUUUAGUCGCCUCAUCAAAAACAGCUUUCAUGAUUUACACCCAAAUCACAGACAUGCUGAUUUUAUGUACACCUUGUCUAAUUUUAGUGACGCUGACCCCAUAUCAGCUGCAUUUUUAGUCAUUUGAGAGAUUGACGUGAGUUAAUAAGCUCCAUGGCAGUGGAUGGCAGAGGUUCACUCUUAGCUCAAAGCCUGUUUAGCUUUAAGGCUAACAAUUCCCCUCACCCUAAUGGCCGUAAUCGAUUGUGAGCUAAAUAAAGCAGCACACCAUUUGCCCAUUUUAAGGAAUAUAGGUUGUAUACCUCCAACAGCCAUCAGGCUAUAUAACUCUUAUGUAAAUAAUUUAUAACUUUUAUAGGCAUAUUCCGUGAGACAAUCGACAAUUGAAUUUCCCUUUGGGGAUCAAUAAAGUUCUUCUCAUUCUUAUUCUUAUUCAAAGCUUUUGACAAAAGAAGAUGCACAGAUCUGAUCAGGUAUCACCCAGGUUUGUGGUUCUGGUUCAGAUUCACUUUAAGUUGCUGUAAAAUAUUACAAAAUUAAGGCUGUCUGUCCCAAAGUAACACUUAUUUUUCCUUAAAUUCCAUGUCUCUUUUAUCUCCACCCUAGAUUAGCCAUGGCUGCGUCUCUCUAGACUUAAUCCUGCCAUGAUCACUCUUAAAUGGCACGUUCCUUCAAAAACACUUCCAGACAGCUCAGUUGACAAGUCAACUGAAAGAUGCACUUUGUGUUAGAUGAUAUUAAAAUACUUCUAAAGUACACAGAGUUUGAGUUACCACCUACAAGAUGAGUAUACAGGUGUAUCUUAUUAAAUAGAUGCCAGGGAGCAACCACACUCAAAAGCCAACAGAGCAUUAUUAUUUUAGAGUGCAAAUCACCAAAGGUCUGUGGGUGAAACCACAGCACUUGCCAAAUGUGACUGCAGGCCAGCUGACAUAAAAAAACAACUUGAGUUUUAGGGACAUUUUUAGGUCGGCAUACUAAGACCAGCCAUUUACCUUACUGUUACAUACGUUAACACUCGGGCCUACAGAGCUCCUGAAAAAUGCAAAGGCUGUUGCAUUAACCAGAGACCACCAGGCAUCAGUGAGAAAUUGGGAUUAACUUGACAUGACUGCAUACCAUAUUUACACUGUUUGGUGUUUUAUAAUAUACUCUUGCAUAUUUCUUAAUGUGUUACAGUGUCAUUCUUUCAAAAAUUAGAAUAAACAAUGAAAAAAAAUGAUGGGUACUUCUCAGGGUUGCCUCUGGCAUCAGCAUCAGAAGAUACGGUUCAAAUGGGUGUAUGUGACAUAUAAAAAAUACUUUGAAUGUUCAAAGGGUAGAAAGUGCUUUCGAAACAAGGUCCAUCUAUUGCACUUGUUGUUUCCUACAUGGAGGUGAAGCUUUCAGACCACACUGGUAUAGCAGAGCAGCAAUAAUUUGGAUAAUAUGUCCUUAAAUUAAGGUCAUGAAAUGUAUUUGUUUGAUCACCAAAUCAUGACACCUGUAAGAAUUGCUUUAAUCCUUGGUAAGGAGAUCACAACCGUUUUUGGAAAUGGAAAAGAAUAGGAUAUUAAACAUGUCGUUCAAAAUGGGAUUUAUUGUGAUCGACUGCUGCAGUGUUUGUUUUCUAUUUUCUGAAUUUCUGAGCUGUGUGAGAUACUGAAACUGAAGCCCCACGUUUCACUGAUUUGAUUUUCAAAAUUUCAUUUGUAACAUACUAUAGGGUUUAACCAGUUACAAAAAGACGCAGCAGCUGGGACAACAAUACCUCAGUUUGACUUUAAAGAUUGAUAUCUGACCUUUUUAGUAUGUUUAGUUUGUUAAAAAUUGUCCCUUUUCUUUUAAUAUUUUCCAGAUCCGGUCAGAGUCUGGCGUCCCAGGAGGUGGAAUGACAGCUGGUUUGUCUUCUGCCCCUGCCUGUGUCCGUGUCAUCAUCCGAGAUGUAGCUGGGAAACACUCCUGGGACUCUGCUGUUCUCUACGGACCUCCUCCAUGUACCCCCAGCAGCCCAACACACACUUUUUUGUCACACACACAAUCCCCCCACAGUGGGAAUCUUCAUUUACAUACUCCACCAGGAGGCCCGCUGAAAAAGAUGGAAGUGAAGACAGAGGACAGCGAAGAAGAGAGACAGGGGGAGAGAGAAGCAGAGGAGGUAGGAACAGGGAUGGAGGCUGAAAGGCAAGAGGAAGAGGAGGAAGAAGAGGAGAGGAAUGUCAGUGAAGAGAGGAAAGGAGGUGAAGAGGACGAAGAGGUGCAGGGAGAGGAGAACAACGAGCAAAGGAUGGACGGGGUGGAGGAUCAAGGGGAGUCUGGCUUUGAACAACCUCUAGCUCCACCAUCGGCCAAGCGGGUUUGUCGAGAGGCAGUGCCAGCGUGGGAUUCACUGAGUGAUGGAGAAGAUGCACUGGAUGAAAUGCUGCAGUAUCUGGGAUACUCCAGUCCUGAGUGUCUACAGAAACCAGGUAAAGAAGGCUCAAGCACAUCUUAAUUUGUACUCUGAGGCUAAAGUGUUUUAAGUGAAGAUUCAAAGUUUCAGCAUUAUGUCUUCUUAAAUGCGAAUGACAGUGGAUUUUUGACUGUCUAAAAAUAAAGUUGUCUACAGCAGUUUGCCGUCUGAUCUGUGACUUUAGGAACGCCACUCAACAUCCCGGCGUCUGCUCCAGCGUGUGUCUCAGAGAAGCAAGAAAACGACGUGAUCAAUGCCAUCCUGAAGCAGAACGCUGCUGAGAGAGAGUUCGUCCUUCAUGUACGUGGUGUCCUUAUUCAUAUAAUUAGAAGGAACUGAUCUUCCUUAAUGUUAGAAGUGUAUCCUCUAGCAUGUCCUGCUGUCAGCACUCAGAUAGGUUACAUAUGAGGCAUUCACCAUGUUGAAUUCUGCUCUACAGCAUUGCUAAGGAGAUGAGGGUGAAAAGCAGUCUGAUUUUAGUCAAACACUUUUUUAGUUUCAUGCCUUUUUUUUCCUUUAGUGUAACUUCUUGACAACAGACACUGUCUGUUUGACUGGUAUUUGUUUUCUUCACUCCUUCCAUUCAUGUCAUUUGUUGGACGUUUCAGAGAGGUGAGGAGCUGAACAUGAGGGCGGUGCAGCAAACUGAACCAGAGACCCAGACACCACAAUCAGCCUUCUACUACUGCAGACUGCUGAUCAACAUACUGGGACUCAACUCCUGGGAGAAGAGGUAUGAGUACACACGGAUGCAUCCACAAAAAAACAUUGGAGGGUCCUGUGUCUAUAUGUGAUGGUUUUUGGUGGUUUAUUCCACUAAACUUGGCCCUCUAAUCUUUGGCAGUUAGUACCAAACAUUAGUUUUCUCCAUAACCUACCACUAAAAAGUGGUAAAGUAUCUUAUUUGACUACUCCAACUGGUGUUCUCAAGACAGAAUGAGUCAAAAAUAUAGAUUGGAAUUAAAAUAUAUUUUUUUCGGGACUUGUAUCAUUAUCCCCAGAAUGGCAAAUCUUAUCCUGAUCAAUUUUUAGCCCAUAUUGUCUUCCCUACUUGCAGCUGCUUUUCCAGAGUAACUGAUAGCUUGAAUUUAAGAUCAUAAUUUUUUUGUCCCACACAUUAUCAGUGAAUAUUUUGUGUGUUGGUGGAGUAAAAGAAAAAGCAAGACAAAAAUGAUUUUGUGACACUUGACCAGAUAUAUGCAGAUAUACACAUCUCGAUCCAGCCUCUUUUUGAGACCAGUGUUAAUUGGUUACAACAUGCAGCAGCACAAGCCAGUUUUAAAUUUAUUUUUCCUGAUCACAGAACAUUAUCCUUUAGAUGCAAAUGUAACAACAUUACGCACCAAGCAUUACUCUGUCUGAGUUAGACACACUUUUCUCUUCCUUUAUCAUCUUCCUCCUAAAAUUGACCUGUGUCCACUCAGAACUGCCCACCCGGCAGCUCAUCCUAAAGUGGAUUUUUGAUCAUUAAAAAUGGACACAGCAAAAGUGGCACAUAGAACAGUGUGGUUGUUUUGUUUUUUGUUUUUUUGUGGUAUUUUUCCAUUAACUUGAUGACUUUGUGUCCCAAUUCAUGUCGUAAAAUUCAGCUGAACAAAAGUCACACUUUCAAAUUAGGUUUGUGCAAACUGUAUUGUUUGAGAGCUGCUGUUCAGAUACACUGAAACAUCUUUGUCUCUGUGCUUUUUUGUUCUCUUUUAUGUCUUUUCAUUUUAUCACUUUGUCUUGAUGGUAACAAGAGUCUAUGAUGAAAAACACUAGAUAUAUUUAUUAACCAUGCUGGGGACAUCCCAGUAUACUGGGAAAGAUUCAUAGAAAAAGCUGUAUUUGAAACCAAAGAAAAUAGAUUUGAACAUAAACUCUAUUAUAUUUUGUCCAGAGUUCCCUGUUAUAUAAGUCUCAUAGAAGAUGUAAUUCUCCUUCUCUCUAGAACAAACCGAGUACAUCUUGGAUGCAAAUGGGACAAAAAUUUUAUUCAUAGAAAUAUUUUGUGCUAAUUAGACACUAUGGUCGUCCAUUCAGACGGCUCAGCAUUUCAUCUUCUCAGUGACUCUGUGCUGAAAUACACAAUGUCAAGGUAUCACUUUAAAUGCAUCUGGCCAGCUAAUGGACACUCAUCACUCUUUAUACUUUAUCCAGGGAAUUACACCGCCUGCAUUCAGCCUGCACAAUAGACUUCUUAACACACCGCGAUCACGAGCAUGUGUUGCUGUGUGUCUUUGUGUGUGUGCAUGUAGAAGAGAGUGUGAUAAUGAGUAUGAUACUCUAUUGAUCAAACUCAACCCAUUUGGAGUUAGAAUAAAAGGCAGUAGUUGAGGUAGAGAAUGACGGCGGGAGAAGUGGCAUAUCAGAAAAAAACAUGAUGAAUGAGCCACAUGAGGGAGAAUCAAAAACAAAACACAUCAAAUCUAACAAGAAAAAGUGAGUGAAUGUGCAGAGAGUGAGGAAGAAGAGGCUAAAGAUACUCUGAUGUUGGGGAGAAAGAGGAUAGACAAAUGAGAGUCCCUUUAUGUCACUCCAGGUAUUCAUAUGGGACAUUACAGACACUCAGAUACUGACAGUCACCUGUGUGCAUGUGUGUGUCCCCUUUUAUGCUUUUCCCUAUAAUCCAGGGUGUAAAUGGAGUCUUUGAGAGCAGAGAAUGAGGCCAUUACCAAGUAUCAGUUUAAUAAAGAGCAAAUUGCUGUCUCUCUCUCCCUCUCUUUAUCUCCUGCUCUUUCACUCUUUUUUUCCCCCUCUCAAAGAGUGAAAAGAAUGACACUUCAUUAUCAGUCCACUCUGUGCCUCGCUGCUCAAGUCGUGGUUUUAUACCACAUUGUGGAGGUCGGUGGCUGGUCGAGGGGACAUUUUGAACGGCCUCUGAACUUGGUAGUACGUUAGAAAAAAAGACCUUUGUGUUGAUUAAAAAAAUAGAGCUUUGUCAUAUAUCUCGCCGUGGUUGUUCAAGAAAAAAUUGGGAUGUCUACGUUGUGUAAUUUCCUUUCUAUAGGCCAUUUUUCUAUAAUUAAAUGGUUGUCACAUCUCACUAUUCUACAUGAUGGCCAGUUUUCACAGGGCUCUAAUUCUUUUACCAUAAGAAAUCACUCACCUUUUAGCAUGAUCCGAUACAAUUUCACACAAACCCACUGUUUAAGAAUUCCUGGGGCUUAGGUGUUCCUUAUAUUUUAAUAAAUUCAUUUACAAACAUGAGAGGACGAAAUUUGUUGUACAGUUUCCACAGACACCCACUAACACUUAAGUUAAUUGAUUUAAAGAACUAUCAUCACCUUAUAUCAACAGAAACUGAAAAUGUAGGAGCCUCGUAAAAGUAGAGUUUAUCAUAUAACUUUUAGUGUUGGGUUUCAACAGCUUCAGAAUGUUUUGGCUGUCCAGUGUUUGUGUUGCUCUAAAACCUGUAGAAAUUGUUAAGCAUCAAUGAUGACAUCCCACAUGUCUAAACUACUCACUUAUGCAUCACAGUACCAUCAGGGAUGCAGGCUUUUGAUCUGUGUACUGGCAACAAGUGAAAUGGCCCCUCUGCUUUGUAAAGUGAAGAGUCCAUGAUUUCCAAAAAGAAUACUAAGUUUUGAUUUAUGGGACCACAGGACAGUUUACCAUUUGUUGAUAUUUCUGAAGUAAACUUCUGGUACAUGAGUAAGGUUUCUCAUCCUGCUCCUGGAUCAAGGCUUAAACAUGAGGAUAAGACCCCCAGUGUCAUGGUCUGAAAAGUGACCAUGCAAACUUGCAACUAUUAGCUGAAUCAUAAUGUGGUUGUCAUAGUAACAGGCUGAAAAUUCCCAGUUUUCUACCGUAACACCAUCUGUUACUACUGUUGCUAGCAUACACAGUAUAACAACACAAAACAGAAACAACCACAAACAUGAACAAUUCUAAAGUAGUUAUCAUUAUAACAAUUUGCACGUGCUGACCUUCUUGUGAUUUUUGAUCCAUGUUGUGAACCAGGAAGUGGCUGACUAUCAAUGUUAGUUGUGAUCUGAUGUAACUGUGAUCUGAGUUCAUAAUUUGCCUUCUUAUCUCUGGCUAAAGACACUGAUUAAUUGAACUUAUUAAUUUUUUUUCUAAAUUUUGAUUUACAUUUUCGGCGACCAUUGUGGUCCACCAUACCUCUAACAAAGAUAAGGUUGAAGUUGUUUGCAAACCACCAUUUUUUGUCAGCAUUUGGGGUUGUUCAUUUCCCUAAGUAGUUUAUAGGCUUUUUGACAGGAAUGUGUAAUCUUGGGGUUUCUAAAUUGAAAUUAAAUGGAACACGUGAUCUCUUUUCAGAUAACCCCCUCCCAGGGUAUCUCAGGAGCAUUUAGACUGAAUUUGUUCAUGUUUGUGCCAAAAGUCCACUUACACUCUAUGAUCAACAGAUAAUUCCUAAAGCUUCUCCUCAUAUGAUUCCUAACCUCUACAUAAUUUUUCUUUUUUGUCUUGCAGGAGUAAUUUUCAUUUGUUGAGGAAGAACGAGAAGUUACUCAGAGAACUGAAGAACCUGGACUCACGGCAGUGGUAAGAAAUAACAAAAAGUCAUCUAUGUCUACUACUCCGGCUUACUUUCUCAUCAGCUAGGAUUCUGUUGUUUUUCCUAAAAAGUUGUACCAUUUAAGAUUAUGGUGUUCAUUUUAAAUGCACUUGAAAAAGUUAUCUACUGAGGGUUUAUGCAAUACAGUGAUGGUAAUGCUGCAUCCUGAUCUAACACUUGUGGUUUGGACCCCUAACAGAUUCCAGCUUAAGUUUGUGAAGGAAUUACACAAAAUUAUGUCUUGACCCAAAAGCCUGAGUGAUGCAACUGUGAAUGUUUUUGCUUCCUCUAAAGUUGUGGUUAACUGAAUCUCAAACAAUUUUGGAAAACUUAAAUGAAAGAUGGUUGGGGAUGUGAGAUUGAGCGCAAUCUUUGGUUCAAAUAGCACAGAGGGAACACCUACCCAUUCAAAUCCUGACAAAUAGGCUUGGUGCAUGGUUUCUCUUUCACUGUCUGCUCCGGAUAUUUUGCACAGGACAAAGCUAUUUGAGCACAGCCUCUCCUAAAAACUCUGAGGUAAUUGAGUAGGGAAAGAAUUGAGGAGGAAAUGCAUGGAGAGAACAUUGUCAGAAUUGGUCGAAAUAAUGUUAUCUUCUAAAGGACCUGUUUUCCAGUUGAUGUCUUGUUGGUAAUAAAAUGCUUCUUUCUCCUCUAGCCGUGAGACUCAUAAGAUUGCAGUAUUUUAUGUGGCUGAGGGGCAAGAGGACAAACACUCCAUUCUAACCAACACAGCGGGCAGCCAGGCUUAUGAAGACUUUGUUUCUGGACUUGGUUGGGAGGUAAGAACAUGGUUCUACAAUAAUUGUUCAUCAAAAGUCUAGGUUUAGAAAUGCCCCCGUAAUGAAGGAUAGGAUUACAUCUUUUAUCUAACAGGUCUUAUCUUAUCUUGAAUUUCAAGUUUACAGCAAACAAAGACUCUCCUGUUUAUAGGCUUCAGGCAGUAAUAGGCUGUGAAUGGAGUUAGUAUAAUCAAUGUUUUCAAUCUGUUGCUCAUGUACUUAUGUCUGUGUAUGCUCGCCCCUAAGGUGGACCUGACCACUCACUGUGGCUUCAUGGGAGGUCUUCAAAGGAAUCGCAGCACAGGCCUGACUACACCUUAUUACGCCACCUCCACUACUGAGGUCAUCUACCACGUCUCCACUCGCAUGCCCCAUGACCAGGACCACAACCUCACCAAGAAGGUAACACUCUCUACAUAGCAAUCAUCCACAGGGUUUUAUUGAAAGGGAGACAACAAAUUUCAAAGGGUUUUUUUGUAUUCUAUUCAACAAGUGUAGGAUUGAAUGACCUUCAUUCUCUCUUCUCUCUCUAAAUUUUUCCGAAUCUGGGUGUAAAAUAUUUAUUGUGAUAAGAAAAAGCAACUAAUUUUGCAGUAAAUGACUGUUACAUAACUAGCUCAGUAAUGCUGCAUUCCAGUUGUACUUGGAAGUCGGCAUUUCCGAGCUCCGAGUCAGUCAACUCCGAACAGAGAAAGCUCUCAUAAUGUAUUAUUUAUUUGCACUUCUGUUUUGUUUUUGUGAAAUUGAAUAAGUGGUUUAUGUUGUACUGCCCAACAUCUAACUGUGGACACAGUGCUAUAGUGUUUGUAAGAGUAAAAUACUGUAUUAUGCAUUGUUUACAACUGGUAUAGCUAAUAACAACUGACAACGGCUAAUGACAGCUGACAAUUGUUAACAAGAGUGAACAACAGGUAACAGUAGGCGUCCAUCUUGGUUUUCCAACUUGUUUACUGGAACACCGUCAACCCAGGUGUAACAUCAUUCCCAGCUCCGACAUCCAACUUCCGAGGUAACUUGAAUGCAGCACAAGACUAUAGAUUAUAUUUUGGUUAGAAGUUACUCUUCAGAGUAAUUGAGAGUAGCAGUGUCUGUUAAAUGACAUUAAAAUAUAGUGAUGAAGUUUUGGCUGUUUUUUACUCACCUCAUCCAGCUUAAAUGAAGUUCCAUGAUGUUCUUUAGUGUCAAGGAUAUGCAACAACAAUUAAGAUGGUACCAACAUUACCACUGUGUUGAUGAACAAUUCAUAGUUUCACCACUUUAGUCCUGAAAUACAGGUCACAUCAUGUGUCUGAUCUCUGUGCAGUCACCCUGUUUGACUGCCGUAAUGCUAAAACUGUUUAAGUACCCAGAUGCAUCACUUUGGCUGUUUGUCCUCCAGGAGACAGAGAUUAAGUUGUAUGGUUGUUUCUGAUUCACCUCAACCGGAAAGCUACGUAAUAUGCGCAGGCAUGUGGAUGUGAACCUGCAGGGAGGAAUUAAGGCUGGUGGUUUUAGCUCUGCUAACGGUAGUCACACUAUAAAAAACCAGUUUGUCAUCUUUUACCCACAGAAAUUUCAGUCUCUGUUUCAACAGCUGCUUUGGAGCAUCCCUACUUUGUGCAUUGUCACUGUCAAACUAAAUGAGUUUGUCUCUGUUUUUGUCAUUGUUGAUAUCAAACGGCUUUAUAACUGAAGAGCAGCCCUUUGUGUCGUGUGAAUCACACAUAGAUUUGUGUUUAUCUGGACAGUUUUAAAGAAAAUGAUGAAAAUAUACAGACCUUUAAUGUCUUCAGCUUUACUCCUUUUUAUUCAGUAAGUGGAAACAGGCAGUGAGACAAGGGAAGGAAAAAAUCAUCUGUAGUUAUCUGUCUGUUCUCUAUGAGAUUCCUCUUUUCUUUCUUGCAUGGGAUGACAUUGCGAAUGAGCAGAGUUUGCUGCACACACACCUAGACACACAAUCUGUUGAUGUUUAAAAAACACAAAUAAUUCUCAGCAGCAAUCAUGUCCCUCUUUGUGCGUGUUGUGGGCUCGUAUCAGUGUCUAGGCAGACAGGUUUAUUGUCUGUAUGUGUGUUUCAUUUAGUGUGUGCGUGUGUGUGCACACCUGUCAACCCCAAGGCACUGGGCGCUCUGCACAUGGCCUUAAUGUCCCUUUAAUCAGAUCAUACUUCCUGCUUCUCGGCCUAUCACAUCGCUGCAGGCUCCUGAUUGGAUUAUCAGCGCCUGGUCCGACACCAUCCGUCUCCCUGAUCAGCUGAUGGCCCCAUCAAACACGCAUACUCAAAUACACACACACAUACACACACAAAAACACACAGAGACGAUACUAAACCUGUUUAACUUUACUCCAACACACAUCCACAAAGAGCUUUAUUCACAUCUGUCUGCACAAAUAACCACAAACUAUAAAUUUGUGUUAAUGUCGGACACAGUAACACACACGCACAGGCUUGCACACACACACACAUACACACACACACACACACACACAGACAGGCUUCCAACAGUUUGACAAAUGUGUCCACAAAGAGGUUAAACUGACAGACAUACACAUGUCCAUACUGGCAGGCAUUUAUCAUCCAUCCUUCUGUCACACACACUCGCACACACAGACACACACAUACACACAUAAUGCAGGGGGAUUUUAGUCUGUUACAGGGCGUUUGUCCAGUUUUCGCUCGUUGCUGUGUGUUCUACUCCCUCUCAUACCACGUCUGCUUGAAACAUGAUUAAAAGGAUUAAAGCUGAAUUACACCAAGUGAAUGUGGCAUCAGAAUUCAAUGUAGCAUCACUCCUAUCAUUAACAGAGACUUUAAAGUGAGUAUUUCGAGCACAUCAACCUUUAAAACUCCACUCUCCUUUUCUUUUCCCUGUUGUUCUGAUAUUUAAAGUUUAGUCACAUGGAAAGGGCCUCUUUAAGAGAUUUUUGGAACAGUGCUUGAAAAUCUUCCAUCUUUACGUUUCUCCAUAUAAUACAUCAGUCUUAUGUUCGGCAAAUUGAGGACAUGUCAGGCUAAUUAAACCUAAAAACUUUUUUCUUAACGACAUUUUGUUCUGCAAAACUCCAGCCAAACGGAUUACCCUCAGAUUUAUUUUAAAGAUGUUUGUGUCCAAACAAAAUGACAUUUCAUUAACUACACCAUAUAAUGCGUAUCAACAGCUGUUUUGGAUUGACAGAUUUCAUAAGUUAUCAGACGCUUCACCAGUAGAGUCACACUUGAGGGGUGCAAUGUUUCAUAAGUAAUCAAGACUGAAAGAUACAUUUGAAAAAAAUAAAAUAAAAAACAUCAUAAGUCAGUGGGUAUUUGGUGGCUUAAGUGUUUUGGAUAAGAACUGCAGACUCAAUUCAGAUUGACCAAUAAACUCUGGGUCCCAAAGUUGAACACUAACAUUAAAAUUAAGGUUAUGAUUCAAAAAUUAUUUAGUUUUUUAAAAUGCAGUAGAAAUAAAACAUGUAUGUACUGGAUAUUUUAAUUCACAUUUAAUGGUAUCAUGAUAUGUCAUUGUUUAUUUUGGGUGUAUUUUAAAGUAUAGAAAGUACUUAACUUGUUAAUAUUGUUACCCUCAGGAAUAAUGAGUUUAAACAAAAAAAAUAUAAGCUGAAUACUAAUAUCUGAUCUUUUCUUAACUAUUUGUUGUGCAGGUCCAGAAUUUUCAGACAAAUAUGUUUUUAGAGCUUCUUGUUAACAACAAGCUUAUCACACCUACUUAUAAGCUGAUCAUAGACAACAAAGCUACCAAAGCUGAUAUGAUUGUGACCCACAGGUUUCUGGGAGUAUUUUUAUUAAAAGGCCAUUAAAGGGAAUUGAUUUAAAAUGACAGAUAUAAGUUGUUUGAAAUUUUGAAGCAAAUAUCUCUUGUCCCGCACAGACAAAAACAUUGACAGGGGGGAAAAAAUAGAAGGCUAAUUCUAGUGAAAGACCCAUGGACAAGGAAACAUCUGUAAUGUGUUUGUCUCAGGGCCAAGGCCCAGAGUGUCAGAGUCCUAAAGGCAGACAAGCACAGAGUCAUGUGUAUGUGUCAGGUGCGCAUGCUUGUGUGUGUGUGUUUGUGUGUUUUGGCAGACAUCAAGGUUAAUGACAGAGCUGUCACCAGUCCUGACUGUAACCACCGAGUGAAUGUGAACCACACACAAAGACACACAAAUAAACAGACACAGCACCACACUUGAUCCCAUCUGUCUUCCAGCCCAUACUCCAUCUCUCCACAGCCUCACUCUGUCUUCUUGUCCACUCUCCAUCUUCACACACUCGCUCUAUCACCCCAGGGCCACCUAUAGCGCACACACACAGUCACAAACCUCGGGUUUAUGAUGGAUACAUCCCAUCCAACCCCUGUCUGGUGGUAUGAUUGGCUUUGUUUGUGUUGUUUCUACUACAAAAGAACAAAAUGCCAGUUGUUAAUUCAUUGCUAUCCGAUUAAUUUCUCUUUCUUUGUUUUUCUACAGCUAAGGCACCUGGGUAAUGAUGAAGUCCACAUCGUUUGGUCAGAGCAUUCCAGAGACUAUCGUCGCGGGAUCAUCCCCACAGAGUUUGGAGACGUGCUCAUCGUCAUCUACCCCAUGAAAAACCACAUGUACUCCAUCCACAUACUCAAAAAACCUGAGGUAAACACAGAAUUAAACACACAAACUCCCAUUUGUCAGUGUCAGCUGGGUGUUAAUCUCUGCAUGACAGUGGCUCUCCACUUAUUACUGCACAAAGUGACAUUUUAACCCAUCACUAGAACUUAGGAUAAUUCAGUCUCCCUCUGGUCUAAACAGAAAUAAUGAAACAUCUCACCUGUUGUGAAACUGUAAUUGUAGCAGAUCAGAAUGAUUUUUAACCAUGCAUGUCAUCCAUCCAAUCUUUCUGAGAUUUCAUUUUUUAGCUCUUUGCUCUGUCUGAAUUCACAACAAUUGCUAGAAGCUACAACAAACAAUGAACCAUGACGUUUAUUUUAUGUUGUUUUAUACAGGAUAGUGUGGUUAGUUUUAGUGAUGUUGCUUCAAAUUGGCUCCAGCCUUAUCUUCAAGUUUGUAUUGAAGGUAAUACACUUUUGUCGCAAUUGAAUAUACUGAAAUAAGUGAGUGUGUGACACAAAAAGGCCAAUUGUGAUUUGGCUGAGAUGAAAUAUAUUUGGUAAGUAAAUGAAAAAUAGAUUUUUUGUCUACCUGUUAUAUUGGCCAGUGAGUUUAACUGUGGAUUUCAGACCCAUUGUGCGUGGUAAAGCCUAUUCAUGUGAAUUUGGUUUAAAGCUAAUUAUUGAGCCUGAGACAUUCAGUAAAAAGAUGAUUAGUCAUCAAAAUCAAACAGUUCAGGAACAUUGUACAAGGAGUGAUGCAACUCCUGACACUGACAUUAAAUGUAUUUAUAUGCUGAAUAAUAGGACCUGUUAAAAUGUAGGACAUCACAUAAGAUGUCAACAUAACAGCUGUUUAAUUUUAUAAAAAGUAAAGAUUAUGUUGUUGAAAACGACCCAGUUUUAGUUUUUACUUGGCUCAAAACUUCUGUCCAUGUAGUUAGGAAGCGUUUGAUCAGUAAUCCAAUAAAAAUUCCUGAUAUUCUUAUCUAGGCAAAGGUUUGGAGUCAGAGCUGGAUUUCAAGAACCAAACAUGUAAAAACUUAUAAGCAAAGUGUGCCAUUGUUGAUUAAAAAAACAAAUAAAUAACCAUGCAUGCAAACAAAUAAAGAUAUCAAGGUUUAGAAUAAGUUAAUGCAUAUUUUGUCCCCUUAAAGAAACCCUUGAAAUACCUGGCAUUGUUAGACAUUUUUGUUUAAAGAAAGUGUGAGAAAUUUUCAAAUAAUUAUAUUUAAAGUUAUAAUUAUAUAAUUAUAUAUAAAAAGUUUGUCACUGUAUCAGGUUGAUUCUCUCCUUUUCUUUAAAAAAAAAAAAGUAGAAAAGUAAGUCAAAUUUUCUAAUGCUGCUCUUUCUCCAAACAAACUGAGGUCUGGAUAUGAAGAAAAAAAAGGAUUAAGAUUGUGAACAUGCCUGAUAUUUUAGUGUAUGAUUUUAUGUGUCCCACCAGGCCUCUGGGAUGUUCACUCAGAUUGACAAACAAUCCUUGAGAGCGUCUUGCCUUGAGUCUUGCUACUCUGGUUAAUGUUUCAGUCUAAAACACACAGACAUUAAUACCACAGCACUGAUAGCAUAAUUCCAUUUUAAACAAGAACUAACUCAAUAAAACGCUGCUUUUUCUCUAUGACAUAGAUACCACAGCACUAAUAACAUAACCUUGUUCUGUUUCAUUCAUUCUACGAGCAAAAUAUUGAAUUAUCAUAAAUCCUAAAACAAGUUAGAUAAGAUAUUCUCUGUGUUCUCAUCCUCAAAGCACUGUAUUCAGUCACAGAGUGCAUGGCAUGGAGUCCUGGUCUCCAAAUAAAUUCAAUAAAAGCCUGGCAUUAUUCUCUUUGGUGGAUUCCUCAAGCAAAGUAUAGGAUUAAAUCAGAAAAGCAUCGUCUGAAUCAAAGAGUGGAUGACUAUGAAACUGUCGCUUCAGUCAGUGGUUGUGUCAGACUUAGUUAUUGAUCGUUAUUGUAAUAGACAAGGUCACAAAAAUGUCUAUCAUAAUAUUCUCACUUGUCUUAUUUACCUUUGUUUGAGAUUUUUCAAACAUUACACUAACGUUUACCAAACAGUAGAACAAACUCAGGCUUUAUUUUCAUAAGGCAGAAAAACCGAACAGAGACACUGACUGUGGGGUCACGUUUAAUCUCCACACCAUGCCAACCGCAUGAAGGAUUUGAAGGUGCUGGUUGAGGUUUGUAGAUGGCCCUAAGGCCACUUUUGUGCUCAGUCUCAUCUGGUUUCUGCUUUUCCUUGUAUCAUCACAUGUUAUGAUAGAUCCCAAUCAAGACAACAUUUGAAAACAUCAAGAGAUUUAGAGAGUGCUUCCAGUCUUUUGUAUCAUCCCACUGAGCGUGGUCCAUGAUUUUUAAAGAAGAACAAAAAGAAGACUAAAAAUUUAGAAGAGCUUGGAGUCACAAGCAUGUCCACCAUCAAACAAAGAAAACAGCAGCUAAAGUUUUGAGUUCUGAACAUGUUUAUUUCAUUUGCAUUUAUGUCACCAAGUGGCACCUGUAGUAACCCAGUGAUUUCAAAUGCAUAGAUCUGAUAUGACUAACUCACAAAAGUUAAAAUGCUGAACAAUAAUCAAUUGUUUGAAAACUAUUAAAACCCUUAAUUUUACACAAAAUAGUGCAAAAUACUUGCCUGACUUAGUUGCUUAGCGGUUACAGGAUCUCCAUUAUUGCAUUUUUGGUUUCAUGUCUGUGUAUUAGCCAAGUAGCACUCCAGCUCUUCUGCUACAUAGCGUCUUUGAGCACCCAUAAAAGCACAUUAUAAAUAAAAUUUAUCAUUAUUAUUACAUAGGUAUGCUGUUUAAAUGCAUGUAGAUGGAAGUUUGGCAUUGUCCUGCCAGAACAUGCAAGGUCUUCCCAUAAAAUGCGUUUUCUAAAUGUUGCUCCAAAACCUGUUUGUAAUGUUCAGCAUAAAUAGGUGUGUUUGUCAUGGCCAAUCAGUGUUGAUUUUUGGCCUUUUCAACUUUGCAGAGAUUUCUCAAGAUUCCCUGAAGAUUUAAGUGAUAUUAUGUACUUUAGACAAUGAAAUCCCUGAUUGGAUUUUUAUGCUGAAGAACAUUAAUCAAAGAUUGCUGAACUAUUUUUUCCUCUUUUGGAAGAGAGACAGGAAAAAUGGGGAGUCAAGAGCUGAGGACUACAGCCGCAAUAUGUUGGGGGCUCAAACUGCUUGGCAAUCAGUGCUUCUUUAUUGACAUUUUCAACAGUGUCCCAACUUUAGGGGGUUGUAUUUCAAAAACAGCAAAUCACAGAACAUUUAUUCAUCGUUUCAUAUUUGUUUGGACUCCUGCUCCCACGGUACCUGUAAAGAAUGUGUAUCCCUUUUUUGACCUCCUUGAUGCAGCUUGCUUGUCACUUUCUCCAUAGUUUAACUCCUUUCAUCUAACCAUCGACGGGAUGAUUGUGCAAAAUCCCUCAAUGUUAGAUUUAGGGAUCUUUACCAGGUAUUUGGGUGGUAAAUCACAGUGGUUUGCUUUCAGUCAUAAUUCAGUUAAUUCCUUAUAAUUGUCUUGUCUAUAGGUGCCGUUCUUUGGUCCACUGUUUGAUGGAGCCAUUGUGGACAUGAAGAUUUUGCCAACCAUGGUCAGAGCCACAGCUAUCAAUGCCAGUCGAGCCCUUAAAUCCCUCAUUCCUUUGUACCAGAACUUGUAUCCUUUUUCACUGCUGCUCAGAAUUGACAAAAACAUGAUCAGAAGCCAAAGGUAGGUCACAAAAUGCCUUUUUUGUUCCUUUUGGCCACAUGCUAACACCUCACACUCAACUCUUUGAGAGUUAGUUUUAACAAGGGAUCUCUUUCGGUUCUGAAAUUCCAACUUGUAAAGUAUCUUCUGGUUUUGGAAAUCUAUGUACAUGUAUGUGAGAGCGAGAAUAUGUUGGUAAUCACCUGCUGGAGUGUUAAGAACAGUAAAUCAAUGUCAAGUGGAGUUUGGCUCUCAGAAUAUAAGUGCUGGUUUGAUAGAGCUGUAUUUAGUUGGCUCUGAAGUGCAAUAUAUCAAGUGUGUGUUGGUCUUGUACAAAGUUAGGUGUGUGUGCGUGCGUGCGUGCGUGCGUGCAUGCGUGUGUGUGUGUGUGCAAGAGAGAGGGAAACAGACAGAUGUGUAUACAGUCUGUCUGCUUGAUCUGAUGCGAUGGUACUUUGGUUGGAACAAGCCCAGCGGUCAAUACAUAUCGAUGACUCUCCUCUCCAAUGCUGUGUCUAAAUGAGGGGCUGUGCUCUCUGGUCUGUCAUACACACACUUACACACACACUCACACAGAAACAAAAAUGGGAGCACACUUCCACAUAUUCUCAUCCUCACAAACACAGAAGUUACACUCCUGAAGAUAUAAACUCCUCAGAUGAACAGUGAUGAAGGUGAUGACAUGCAGAUUUAUGUACAGUGAUUAACUGGAAACACACAAACUCUGUCUCGAGUCAAACUUUUUCAUCAUUGAACAUAUUUCUUACCAGCACUCAAAGCAACUUGAUUUCCUAAUGAUCCUGUUUUAAUUCCUUUGAGCUCAACUAUCACAACUUUUCUCCUUCCUCUUUAUUUGUUUCUUGUAGUCAAAUAAGUUUCAGUGAAGGAGGUCUAUUAUGCCCAUAUUUAAAUAAGGACAUGUAAUGAUAAGAUUUUGGAUUGUUUGUAUUGAACCUCGCAAAGCUUCACAGCAUAAGAUAAAUUGUAGCUUCUCUGAAUGGGUGGCAAGUCUGAUUCAUGGCCCCCCUUUUCUUUUGUUCAGCACUUUUUUGAUUAAGGAUAUUUGAAAAAGUUUCCAAUGAGUAUUAUUGUGGUAAAAAGACAGCUGUUUUUUUUUACCCUGGGCAGAGGCUAAAAGGCACCAGAAAGAGUUUUCAUGGGUGUCAGUGGGCAAUAAAUGAGUAAUUUUAGCUGCACACUGUCUAAAGCUACCGUAUACGUUAUAAACAGAAUAGAAAAUGUCAGAGGUGGUGUCUUUUAAAGCUUUUCGUUCCACUCAACGUACCAGGCAGUGAGAAUCCAUCAAGCAAUGCUUGUGUUUUUAAUUGUUACUGUCCUUAGAAAACUGCUGCACCUUCACUGUCAAAAUAGUUUGAACUUCUAACCAUAUUUAUCAUCUGUAAUUUAUUACCUUAAACUGUAUUUGCAUUUAUUAUGGCGUGUGCUGCUGACCUCUUGACCAGGUCACCACUGUAAGUGAGAUUCUGUACUUUUCUGGUUAAAUUAAAAAAAAUCUAAAGGUGUCCCAGACUGACAUAAUAAGAGGUGAAAAUGAGAGUUAAGGUGCUCUAAUGUAUGUCUAAAUGACUGCCAGAAGCUAUGCUAUGCUGUGGAGUUAACCUUUAUUAGUAUUGAUUUUUGCCAGCUGUAGUCUUGAGAUAGAAAUGCUUAUCAGUUGAAAUAACAUAGGUCAUUGCAAUCUUUAGUCUCAACUCCCCUAACAAUGCACCCACAAGUGUUACUGUGGAGGAAUAUUUGUACUCAGAGUCGAGAAGCAAAACAAGCUUUCUUUGGCUUUAUUUAUUUGAUUGGACUUUGAAUCAGUUCCACUUUUACUACAACCCCUACCACUGUCUGUGAGGACAGGUAUGCUGACAGACAUUUUGAUAUUUGAUGAUUAAGAGUUGAACAAAAAGUGAAACGUGUCACUAAAUGCUGUCUGAUCUCUGACUUGGGUGGGUAAACCCAGGCUGUCACAUGGAGCUGUUCAAACUUACCUCCGAGCCUCGGUUGCUGGUUGGGGGUCCCUGCAGCUCACUUAUGCAGAUGAGUGAUUACUCACAGGGGCAGUUGUGGUGUAGCAUUUAAGUCACUGGUCUCUCCAACAGAGGGGCUUGAUCCCAGGUCCUGCUGCCCACAUGCUGAAGUGUCCUUGGCAAUAUACCUGACCCUAAUCUGACCCCAUGGGCUGCUUGUGACUGGAGGUGUGAUUGAACUGGUGAAACCUGAUGGUGCCUUAUAUAGCAGCCUCUGCUGCUGGUGUAUGAAUGAGAUUGAGAUGUACAAUGUCAAAGCCGUUUGAGUGGUCAGAUGAGGAGAGAGAUUUCUUUAUCAGCAUAGUCUCAUUCCCAUGUACCAUGUACAAAAUUACCAGCACACUUCUCAACAAACUCAGCCUGCAUUUUGUUCAAUUUUGCAAACAUAUUAAAGCUGCUGUGAGGAAGUUCUGGUUUGUGUUGGUUCUGGCGCACCCUGAAGACUAAGUGGUCACUCUUAUAUCUUGUACUGCACAUUUGAAAGUAAAUAGUGUCGUAAGUAGUGUUUUCAGACAAAAAUCGUACCCUGUUUCCUUUCAAGAGUGCUUUAGAGGCAUCAGUAGUAGUUUUAGUCUGUUUUUCAACCAGUAAAAAACUUCUCACAGUGCCUUUAAAUCAGCAGUUUGUUUUCAAAGUUACUGCUGAGUCAUAUGAGGAUCAUUUUUUUAUUGUGAUCACAAAGAGCAUUUACAGAAUCACAGAGCCCUCUUGUUUGUUUUUCAAGUCUCUGAAAAGUUCAAGUGCAAAUUGAAUUUUCCCAAAGUUAGUUUUGUGAUUGCAGAAAGCGACAAACACAAAUUUUCUUCAUUGAUUGUAUUACUCAAGUUCACCGUUCUCUGUUAAGCUGAACAGAAGUUGUAAACCAAGAUCAUCCAAAAUAAAAUGUCUUAUCUUUCGCUCCCUGUUCACAAUUAUUGUUCAUUUUUAGCCGCUAUUUUUGGUUUGGUUUUCAGCAAUUAAACUUCUAUGUGCUGCUGCUCUGGUUUCCACUCUGUAGCCUAACUUUACAGUGGAGAGUGGUUUGCUUGAAAUCAUAGGAACACUGGUUAACAGCUGGAGGAACCCUUUGAGAAAAAACUGCUUGUGCUUGGAAGUUCUUUGUAGCCUUGUUGACAGGUUCUCUGUCAAAAAUAACUCUGAAGGUACUUUGAAACAUUUUGUGCUCAAGGAAGUAAUGGAGGAGCUGCAGUUUCUGAAGUAACAGUGAAAUAUGUAAAAAAUCAAGUGUUUGUCCAAAAUAUGUGUGUGAUAGGGCUGGGUGAGAAAACAAAAAUUUACCGAUACUAGAAUUUACGACAGUUACCGACAUCAUUUUGCCUAUAUCAGUAUAUUUGGUUUCAAAAAAAUAAAAGUUGAUUUUGGAUGUGUGUAGGUAGGCUAUGGUCUCAUGUCCCUUUGAGAGGCUGUCCUACGUCAGAGACGUGACUCCACCCCAUCCAGUAACAUCCUUAACAAAGAGGGAAAGACAGGUGAGGAGAUGGAAGACGGUUCAAAGGUUCUAGCGGCUGAAGAAGACAAAGUUAAUGUGGGAGGGGGUGAGCAUUUAUCGUUAUCAAGGUGAACUGCUCAAUAUAUCGUGAUACUGAUUUGAGGCCAUAUCGCCCAGCCAUAGUGUGUAAGGUCAUAGUAAUCUGUGCAUUUUUAUCAGAUUUAAUCUCAGUGACUAAGUUAUGCCAUACCCUUUCCUUGUUUCCUCAUUUCCUUUGUCUUUCUUUCCUUUUGACAUGUAUUUUACUCUAUUUUCUUCUCCAAUCCUCUGAUCCAAACCUCUAUCCAUGUUAUUUGUCCUAAACACACUUUCAAUCCCAUUUCCUCUCCAGUUACCUCUCUGUCUUUGCGUCCAUGUCAUUUGUGUGUGACUUCAGCAAUCUUGAGUAUGUGUACAGACAUGUCAACAUCUCCACAGCAGUGUUUCUUCAUUUGUGAUGCUCUGUGAGUCCAUCUAUAUACUGUAUGUGUCUUUGUGUCUGUGUGAAGAUGCACACUUCCACAAUGAUACACGUGUGGUGCAUGCUUGUCUGGAGGUGUUUGUGUGUGUCUGCCAGUGUCCUGGUGUGUAUUGAUUGGUGGUAGCAGCAGGUCGAUGCCUCUGACAGGCUGAAUUACAGUAAUCAGUCAUUAUUGACUCCCCAUCUCUGAGCUACACACACCUCUCUCCACUUCUGUCUCUCCUCUUUCCCUCCUCAUACUCUGCCUUCUUUAUCUCUCACUCUUCCUUUCUUUCCUUUUUUUUUUUGCGUCUGUCUCUCCUGUCCUGCAUCUCUUUCUGAACAUCUGUCCACGUCUCCUUGCUCUCCAGUUUUUCUUCAGAUGGUUUGCAUCACUCAGUCCUCCUCUUUUCAAUCACUAAUUCUGUCCCUGUAUUUUCUCUCUUGUCUCUCUAAUUCCUUUAUCGGAGUGGGUCUGCUUCUGCUCCACGGUCUGUUUUUGCUCUUUUUUCAGAUGUCUUUACUUAUCAGCCUUCAUUCAGUUUUUAUACUUCUCAAUUUUAUCUAUCGUCCCAGACCUAGAGAAGCCCUGACAUCAUGAUAUUAUUACAUCUUAAAGAAAUGGUUGUAGCAGUACAUCUCUAAAAGUUGAUUAAUGUUAAGAACAACAUGAGGAGGCAAGAUGAAACACUACAAUAAAUACACAUGGACAAAAUACUGUUAUCUCUUUUUUUUUUUUUUUUUUUUUGAGUUUCAGAGACCUGUGACCAAAAGUCAGAAAACUUUACAAAAGAAACUGAAAUUUAGUACAAAUAACCAUGAAGAGCAUUGCUCUUUGUCAAAUUAAUUAGCUGCACAUAUAUUUUCAAUUAAUUGAGAAAGUUUUCAUGGUCAGUAAUUUGCUGAUGGUAUGCAAACCUUUAACUAUAACGAUGCAUUUAAAAGGUAAUGAUGUACAAAAAAAUGAGAAAUGACUAUAAUGAAAAUACAUUUCAGUAAUGACUUGUGUUUAACAAGUUAAGAUAGGUUAAUUGUGUGGAUGGUAGAUGACCGUGACCAACUUGACAGGUAGUGUCAAUAUUAUUCAAUAGGAUUCUAAUACAAAAUACUAAAUUUGACACUUGGAGUAGAUCUUAUGCAGACUUCAAAAGUCUGAGAUGGAAGAAUUUAGACUGCAAGUCAUGCUGUAAGAAUAUAAACUGAAUUAAAGUUUUAAUGGUAAGGUUAGUGAGUGCCAUUUUAUGUGCCUAUUAUACAAGGAAUUUGCAAUUUAAACUCCUGAUGUUCUGCAAAAACAAACAAGACCAUAUGUAACAACAGUGACCAUUUUAAUACUGUUUUAUUUUUUGCAAGGGGGUUGAUGUUGGCCUAGAUGAUUGACAGCUUGUGUGAAAAAAAAAAUCUAAUUUUCAGCUGCAAAUAUUCUAAAAGUGUGACAAUACUGACGAGAUGUUUGGUCAAAAUACACAAUGUACACAUGUUAAGGACAAGAUCAGCAAAGUGAUAAGAUUAAACAUCACACAAGGGGCGCCAAAAAUCAACACAAAUCACUAAUGUUCCACUGUUGCUGUAACUGCUUUUACGAAUCACUUCAGAUUUUGCUCCAUACAAACUUAUAAAAAAAAAGGCCUGCUCCACAAGCAUUGUGGUGUCAGUAUCUUCAUACAGAGGCAAAAGAGAGAAAAGACCAUCAUGUAAAAAGGCUGGCAGGGCUAAGUGUGUCAGCGUGUGUGUGUAUUAACUGGCAUUCUCUCCUCUUUCUUUUCCUGUCCCCCUCUCUUUCAGUCUCCCUGCCUCCCUUUCUCUCUGUCUCUCUGUCUCCUGGCCCUCGGGGCAGUCCAUCUGCCUUCUCUCUCUCUCUGAUCUUUCAUUCACCAUGACUAGAGCCUUCCAACAUCACACACAAAAACACUCAGUGCCAGGCUGUUGGGGCAGCUGUGUGUAAGCACAGCUCUAUCUCACAUAUCAGCUCAUUGCAGCAAGAAAAGCAAUCCAAGACUCCCCAGCACACAGGCACGCACACACACACAAACACACACACACUCUGUCCUCUUUUCACAUUGCCUUUUCUACACAUGUCACAACAAAGUGAAGCACACUCCCAUUAUUAUAAAAAACUUUUGCAAUGACAGAUGGAUCAAUGGUAGAUCAAACCCUCUGAGAGUAACUACAUUUUAGGUACGGGGCAGACCGCUGGUAUAUGUGUUUUUUUUUUAGCAGAGCUCUGAGCUCAUGAACCUGAUGCUGCAUUUUAGUCAUACCAGAAAAAUAGCAAAAUCUAAAUUUGUAUCAGAUGAAGAGGCUUCUAAAAACAAAUUUAAAACUGAAACUCUCCAGUGUUGUUGCUGACAUAAACUCAGGAUGAAUCAUUUUGUUUCUUGUAAGAAUGAAAAAUUUUAGCUGUAAAAUCAUUUCCUCGCUCUUCAGCUUCUUUGUAUCCCAUGACAAGACUAUCAGUUAAACAAGUGGGCUACAUGUACUGUAAAGCUACUUUAAGAACUAAAACCUGAAAAUAACUGGAACCUGGAGUUGUUAGAGAUUUGUAACCUUGUCAGGCAUUUCUGAAUAGAUUAGCAUCUCAGUGGGAGGAGAUGUAACAGCAGCUGUAUCUUCUGCAGGCUUUAACGGUGUAAUCUAAGAAAAUAUCUUAUCUCGCUGACUUUUCACAGUCAGAUGUAUGACUGAGUGUGAAUAUUUAUGAGGAAAUUGUAAAACAAGGCUGUUUCUUCAGCUGCUUGGCUGACACCAACCCCCCUUUCUGGUUUUAGGCAAUAAAGGUUACGAUAUAAAAAUCAUCAGUCUUGUUUGCUUUUUGAUACCAUAAAAAAGUAUAUUGUAAGUUUCAGCCUAUUUCAUAGAUGUCAAAAAACUCCUCACUGGAGCUUUAACCAAAUUUAAAGUUAUUAAACCUUGAAUUGUUUUAAAUGAUAAGCAAAAUUUGAAGCAGCGUGACGCUGUCUUUGCCUUUACCAUCUGUGCAGUACACCACCUGUAUGUUAUCCAACACCAAGACACACAGUGCAUUAUGUAGGCUAUACAUCUAUAUCACAAAACACUCAGAACUCGCAGGAAAACGUUUAAUUUAUAUGUAGAUUACUGUCAUCCUCAGUGUGUGCAGCUCAAUAGCACUUUGGAUUCACUCAAUGUUGGUAACGCAGUUUAUUAAGCCUGUGGUCUGCAACAGAGUACUUGAUCUGUGCAUCAUAAACACUGUCAGUAUAUGUCUGUAUACAAGUCACAGACACUUACUGACAGUGUUUUUAUACUGACAGUCCUGUCCAGAAUUUAAAGUUUCUCAUGAAGUGUGUAAACAACUUUUUAUGUUCAUUAUUUCUAAACAAAAGCCCUGGGGUAUAUAAGGGUUGUCUCUUGAAACUGUUGUCUAAUGUUUGAAUGGAAGUUUACCACUUGAUGCUGCAUUGAGUCAGUUUUCUUCCACUGUGACUAUAAAUAUUCUUGAAAACAUGUUUCAUGAGAGGAUUUUUUAAGCUGUCAAUAUUAAAUCACAGUCUAAUGUCCUCAAGUACUUUCAGCAGAACCACUGUGAAGUGGACAACCACUGUCUGAGAUUUAACCAGCCAGAUCUGCUGCAGCCGCUCUUGUAUAUUAUCAUGCAACACUGGCUGUGUGAGAGUUUGAGAAGUGUUUGAAUGUGAUGAUAGGUGUGUGUGUGUGUGUGUGUGUGUGUGUGUGUGUGUGUGUGUGUCUGUCUGUCUGUGUGUGUGUGUGUGUGUGUGUGUGUGUGUGUGUGUGUGUGUGUGUGUGUGUGUGUGUGUGUGUGUGUGUGUGUGUGUGUGUGUGUGUGUGUAAAACAGCAAACUGUAACCAUCCUCCAUCUGCUCUUGGGUGAUUGUUGUUCAGGGGAACAAUGCUGGAGCGACGUUAAGCCAUAGUACACACACACACACGCAUACACAAGCUCCAGCAAGUGUGUGUGUGUGCAUGAAUUUUCAAAUGUAUACCAUCACUGCGUUUACCCUCAUGCACAUCGUGGCGUUUAUGUUGUGUGUGUCUGUGUGUAUAUAUUUCACUCAGGAUUAGAGCUAUUCCAUGAGUGUGUGUUUGCAUGUGUGUUUGUGCGUGUGGGGUGGGGGGAUAUCCCCUCUAGUAGUUGAUUGGCAGAGAUAGCUGUACUGAGGCUGGGGUCAGCAUAUGGCUCACUGCGAUAGCGAUGCUGUGUUUGCGUGUGUUUUCUGUGCGUGUGUGUGUGUGUGUGUGUGUGUGUGUGUGUGUGUGUAGCUGCCUUUUCCUUGCUUUCACACUCUGUUCCCAGUGAAAUGAUGGCAGCUCUGGGCAUGUAGCGCUAUUAUCCCCCCAUAUCCACACACACACACACACACACACUCAGACACACACACACACACUCGUCCUCACCAAGAGCAGCCAAACGCCUAGCGGCCUGCCUGGCUCCUCUCUGCCAGCUCCCACAAUAGAGCCUAUUGUCCCGGUGAGGCCACAAUCUGCUGUGUGUGACAAGGAGUGUGUGUUCCUCACCACGGUAGAAAAGGUGAGGGCAGAACCUUACAAAUUGAAGACAUUUUGUUAUUGCUGAUGUUGAAAUGGGGUCAUGUUAUCCUUAACCUCUCAGGAGCUCCAAUACCUCCAUCGCUUUCGAAAGAGGACUUUGUUUGACAUGAAAGAAAAUGACACCGCUACCUGCCUGCAGGUUGCAUCCUCCUCUGUUGGUUAAAAAUUUGUAUCAACAUCUUAGAGAAAAAUAUUUAACAACUACAUAUACAAAUGCACUUAAAUCUUAUGUGUGGUGUUUUAAAGAAGAAUAUUUUUAAGUUUCUAAAAUUCGCGAGACAUAAAUUAGACAAUUAGAGUGAGAAAGAAAGACUCUAAAUAUCAAGAAAAAAAAACAUUUUAACCCACCACCUACCAUUCUUUAUUACGAACUCGAGUGUCUUCAUGCCACAUGUUGAUGCCAAAGACAGAUUUAGGGUGAGGUUCAGGAUCUAAAGGGAUAUAAAUCUAAGCGAAUUUGUGCAGAGGGGGAGGUGACUGUGGUUAAUUGUUUCCCAUCGGGUAGAUAGAGGAAAUGAAAAGAAAAGAGGAAGGAGGAGGAGGAGGGGUCAUGGCUAAUCUCUUUCACUCCUCCUUGGGGAAAUGCUUGUGUGAGUGUUGAUGUGUGUGGGAUACUUCCCGAGGCUACUUCAGAUGCUCAUUUUAGCCCUACGAUUCUUAACACUUCUUUAAAUGGAUUAUUUAGAUGUUUCUGUCAGUUAUUUUCUACUAUAGCUGUCAAACGAUGAAUUUUUUGAUAGCGUCAUAUUAUAAUUUUAAUCUUAUGUUUAAUAUCAUCUGUAAUGUCCCAUAACUUUUCCCUUCAGAGUAGUUUUUGAGUCCGUAUUAAUGGUGUUAAGCACUUUUUUACCAGCAUUUAAAUCUGGGGAUCAAAUGGAUGUCAUAAAAUUAACUUCUAUGGUCUCAAUUUUAUACUCAUUUUCAAAAUAAAUGCACUAAAUUUGCUAUUGUUAUCUUAAAUUAUUAUUUUAUUUCUGAGUUACCCCAUCACAGUGGCACUGAUGUCAAUAACUUGUUUCUAAGUCUUAAAACACACGAGAGAAAGGUUGAGAUCAUAAUCAGAAAUUUAUGACCAUAAUGUUACUUUCUUCUUGCAUGGCUCUCAGGGCUUCCUAGAUGCUUUUCAAGUUCUGAUGGUGCAUUUCGCCCUUGCUGGACAGCUGGAGAAAGAUGGGGAAGUGAGGAGAUUAUAAAGAAUGGCCAAGAGUCAGAGCAGGAGCUGCGGGGUUGAGGACUGAAGCCGCUGUACAUAGGGCUCAGGCUUGCAUCUGCUGAGCUUAACCUGCUCCCCGGGGCGUCCUUAAUUUUAAACUUUACCAUCACAGAUAUAUCAGAGAGGUCAUAGUUGAGUCAGAGGCUUGAAUAUCCAUACGUAUGGAGGAGAUCACUGUCGCAGAUUUAACUCCUUUUCUAUUGUGUGUUUUUGUCCAAUUUUGGAAAUGUGUUGCUCUUGUAAUGACUAAGUGUGUCUCUGUGUGUGCACACGAAUGCGCCUUGUCGCAGUGAGCUGUGCAGACACAUGAGUUGUAGCGAUCAGCGGCUUGAUCACAUCUUGUUGGAGCAGACCCCCCUCUGACUGGUAAACAAGCUAAUCUUUGAUGGGUGUGUGAGUGUUUGUGUGUCCGGGGGUGUUAAUGUGAGAAUGCACUUUGUUGCGAGGUGUGUUGAAUGAGAGUAUUUUCUUGUGACGAGGUGUUUAAAAUUCAGGGUGGGCUUUCACUGACAGCGGAGACCACAACACAGAGCAGCAUUGCAAACUGAGAGUCAGACACAGCAAAUUAGGACAACAGUGUUCAUAACCUGGAGAUGAGGGUUCAUAUCAAUAAUUAAUGAUUGAUUUUUCACCAGUAAUAAAUUAUUAGAUAAUCGAAAAAAAUGACUCCUUUUUUUCCUGAUUUAGUUUAGCAGGAGUCAGGUUGUCAACAUUUGUCCUCCUGCAGUCAGACUUCUUUUUCUGGUACGAGAUCAUCUCAGAUUGUAAGGACUACCUGGUAUCAGUAGGCUGAGAAAUCUUUCAGUUGGCUCUGGAUAUAGAUUAAAACAGUGAAUAUAAAUGCAACACAGACUGUAAUAUUCUUUUUUUUUAAAAUAAGUUAUCUGAAUACAUUUCUCACAUUUGCAAUGGAUGCGUUAGAGCUGAAAAUAUGUUCUCACACUUAUGCUCGCACCUCUGGCCUGAAAUUUGUCAAUCCUCGGUUGCUUUUUCAAAGGUACAGUCUGGUAAUCUUUAGCAAUACCUAGCAGUCAGAUUCUAGAUUAAAAAGUUCACUCUCUCAUUCAUGCUUUUAAAGAAGAUAGUCACGGGACAAGAGGCUCCAGUGAUGCAGGAUUAGAGCGAUUCUUCAUUUGUCCAGUUCCUACAAUCAAUAAAGAUCAUGUUACACCCAACAAUGAGCAGUUGAUACUAUUGUAGAAACAUGGCUGCUUUAGCCUCUGUGGAUGGAGACCCUCUCUCAUGUAGAUUUCAAAGGCUCACUCCAAAUUAACAAAAACAAAAUAAUGCAUAUAUUCACGUGAUUAUACUUUUUUUUUUUUUUAACACAUCUACUGUUAUUAUAUUCCAAGGCCAAAUUCUGCACAUUGUACCUCUUAAAACAAGAGCUCCUCUUUCCCAUCCGAUGCAAACAAUGGAGUAGAAAAGAAAUACUUUCUGGCCAUGACAAUUGUGAAGCGAACAUAUAAAUAUAUAAUUUAUUACAAGACCACAGAUCUCUGGUGUUUUCUAAUUCUUUUUUAAUUUUUUUGAUGUACAGAGAGAAAGUACAAUAAAUUAAAGAAUCCCUUCUACGUUCUUCAACCUUACAUUUAAAGUUCCCCAAAAGCCUAGAGGUGAAGGGAAUGUUUUUUUUUAAUGCUGUCUUUCAGAUCAUGUUGCAUCUCGAUGAAUCUAGAUGAAUACAUGCAUAAGGGGUGAAAAAUACUUGAUGGUUGUAUAGCCUGCAGUAAAGAGCCGGAUCUGUCUCCAUAAUCAGAGAAUUAUUACCCCGGUCUCUGCCACAUUCAUGCAAGACCCCUGUUAUGUGUGUGUCCUUUAAAUAAAGCACUGUAGCUUUAGGGCUCUCCAGAGGUUUCAUGGAGGAGGGUGUUUGUGUGUGUGUGUGUGUGUGUGUGUGUGUGUGUGUGUGUGUGUGUGUGUGUACACGUCAAAGAGUGAAAUACAGGGGUGACAAGGGGCCAAUUAAUGUAUCACGCCUGUUUUCCUCCACGGUCUGUGUUUCUGCAUUAGGUUAAAGAGCAGAUGAAUAGGAAUAAACACAAUUGUAAAAAUGUUUGUGUGUGUAUGUGUGCGGUUCCCAUGCAUGUCGGUCCUUAGCAAUAAGAAGUGCAUUAGACUCACCUAUCUCUGUCCCCAUCUUCAGCUUACAUGGACACACACACACACACACACUUAAUGAAAUCACAAAGCCCCCAUAUCAUUGCUAUCACAGAAAGAUAUAAACCCAUUAGCUUGUUCCUUUGGGCACAAACACACACACAUAAACACACACGCACAAGCACAGGUUUAUCAUUACACGCUGUAAAGCUUUUCCAAUUGUAUUAUCCCUCUGAUGUCCGUCUCUCUGUUGUCUGUUCCAAUGCCCGGGGUGCAGGGGACAGAUAUGGUGGGUGUGGGUGAGUGUUUUUGUGUGUGAGAGAUGCGGAGUAAGAUAUGCUGUGAUUGUGUGGGCGUGUGUGUGUGUGUGUGUUGUCUGUAAAAAAGCUUUCGAAAAUUGACAGAAGUCGUGUUUUCAGUUUUUCUACUGUACUGUGAGAAACUUCUAUUUUAUCUCAAUCGGGACAUCCCGAUGGACAGAGAGGAACGUCUUGUGUCUUUGUUAAUUAAACCUGUAAACAUGGCGGUAAUAUUCAGGGACCGGAGUCAAACCCUCAGCAGUCUUUUGAAGGUUGAACACAAAACCCAUUCAGUCCUUUUUCUGUAGGAGAACAGGCUGUUUUGGUGGAGUUAGUGGUUACAGACAUUCAAAACAACAACAAAAAAUAGGGAUUGGUAUUUUUGCUGGUUGUCAUGUUUGUGUUUGAUUGUCAUUGUUGUCAUUUUCUUGGAGGUACAGUGCCCAGCAUAAGUCAGUACACACCCUAUUAAAAAUAAUGCAUUACUCAAUAUCUAGAUGAGCAAAAGUACAAUUUCAAAAGUUUUGACAAAGCUGAGUUUAACGUAACAUUUUAUUUACCAUAAGAUGAAAAUAAGAGUGAUUUGGUAACUAAAAUUUAGUUCUGCUCCUAAAACUUUGAUUGGGGUGUACUCAUUUUUGCUUCCUUGUUUUAAAUUGAAAAAACACCUUUUUGUAUGCACCUAAAAAAAUCUGUUUUUUUACAUUUGGGGGAGUAUUUCGUUGCAUAGUCUGACAAACAAAAUGUUGAUUUUAAAGGAAACUAAAGGUUUUCCUGACAACUCUAAAGGGGUGUACUCAUUUGUGCUGAGCACUGUAUAUCAAUAACAGUCUGUUCCAUCACUAGCUCAAAACUCUUCACAUGAACUGUAGAUAUGAUAUUGUUUUGUGCUUCCCGUAAAUUAACGUUAACGUCGCUCUCAAAAGUAGUUUGAAAUCUACGUGUGAAUCUGGAAUACAGUGGAAAUGUUUUUUCUGUUUUGUGUUUGAGUGAAAAAAGAGUUCAAUUCCUCUUAUUCUUGGCAUGCAAAAGGAAAUAUAUCAAGCCCUCUCUCUUUUAAUGUGGAUGGUUUAAGUUAAUCACUCAUGAAGGUCAGAUAUCCUGAGAUCAUUAAAAAAAAAAAAGUAUUUAAAACACAAAAAUUUCAAACCUUUGAAAAAUACGGUCAUUUAGACGCCCAGUACUUGGGCUGCUUCACCACAAAUCAUCUCUGAAGCGCAGCAUGUUUUAGAGCCAGUCAGUCUUUGGCACUGCUGUGCUUUGUGACUGAAGUCCCUUUGGUGACGGCCUUCAUCAUGUCUGCAUUUUUUAAUCAGUGUUUCUCAUCUUCUUCACAACAAAUAUCUCCAUAGAGUUCAGCACAGUAAUGUCAUGGUCAGCAAACCAAAAGGUCGACAUUUGGCACCGUGGGCAGGUGCUAAGUCCUGCUUCUCUCUGGAUAAGAAGUGGUUUUUAUUUUGGGAAUGUAACAGCAAGGAAAAAAACUUUGAAAUCAAAACCCUGAAGUUUUUCACCAACUAAAAUGAGAUUUUCUUCUUGUCGAGCGUGAUGAGUAUUUCCUCAGUUCAGAUGAAAUAAAGAGUUUGUUUGUUCUCUGUAAGACCACAGAACAUCAUUCUUCAGAUUUUUCUGAGAAAAUUAUAAAAAAGGAGCAAGUGAACACUGCCCAGAGAUCAGUCCAACCACACCAGUCAAGGUGCGCAGUUUACUCUUUUAUUGAUUUAGUAUUUUUAUUAUUUAAAACAGAUCCACUGAGCAUGUAAACAUGGAGGCCACAGGCAGAAUUUUACUUUGUCUAACUUUAUACUUUUUAUCUUUACAGUCCUUGAGGUCGGCAUGUCCACCUUCUCUUCUACACAUGGUGUGAAACACGGACAUAACAGCUUUCUAAAAGAAGCCAGCACUUCUUACUCAGACCAAGAGGGUCCAGGGGAUUUACAGGAUGACUGUUCCCACUGGUCCAGGAACAUUACUUUAGUUUGGAGAAUAACAGUAAAGAUGCAUUUAAAAGUUAGCACACAAAAAAAAAAAAACAUUGAAGUUUUAGCUGCAUCGUAUUCCAGCUAACUUCAGUGGCCUCACCAGGGCGGCUGGAACUUUCUAUCCCUUCUGACCUUAUACUCUCUACCAGAGGUUUUGAAAUCAUCCUGGCUUGAAAUAAAACCUGAGCUGUAUUCCUUUACUGGGUGUACUCUCUGCUUGUAGUGAGAAUCUCUUAAUUGAUGUUGAAAAUUGAAGAUUCCUGCAGCAGUUUUUACUGGAUUAGCAGAAGAGAUGGGGGAAUGGCAAGAGGAGUUGUUCUAAUAAUCAUUGUACUCUCCAGAGCCACUUUGCUUUAAACCAACAUCAUAUUAGUCGACUAAGCACAGAGAGACAUCUGCUGACUGCUUCUUUUAAAACAAUAGAGGUACAAAGAUUUCAGGUGAGCCUCAGAAACAUAUCAUGGUCACCAGAGGAGUAUCAGAUGUUGGAUAUUUUGCAAGUCAUAUUAUCAGCAUGGUUGAACACUCUCAGUAAACAGUAUAUUUGUGAAGAGCUUCAUAAUAUCAGCUACAAAGUGUAUAAUUUAUUAACAUCAUGUCCUACGUUCUAGUUUUACUCCCCACACACACGCACACGUGUGACCCAGCGGUGGGCCCAGCUUCUAAUGUGCUAACAAGCUCCCUCUCUCCUCCCCUCAUCUCCUCUCCUCCCUCAGCCCCCAUCACUCUUAAAGUGAUCACAGGAGUCAGAACACGGCCACAAUGAACUGCGCGGCAGGAGAGAGAGGGAGAGAAAGGGGAUGAAAUGGAGAGAGAGAAAGGGCUAGAGAAGGCACGAACACUUCACUCUGUCCUCUCUUUUCAGCCAUGCACAAGAAAAUGAGUUUCUGACUCCACACAAAAGAGCCAUUUUAUCCGCCCCCUCUCCUCUAUCUCUCCCCUGUCUCCCUCUGCUUUCUCUUUUUUUUCCCCUACACAUCAGCCUUUAUCCCUCUUUCUCCCUUAUAAUUUUCUCUCUCCUUUCCUUUUCUUUCUGUAUGAGAGAGAUAUUUUGUGCUAAUGACUUAACAAGAGAAGCCAUCUGAAAUUCAAUUACAGUAGAUUUCGUACUGACGACUGCCGUUUGUCAGAGGGAGGGAUGGAUGGAGUUUAUUUUCUAUGACCUCUCACUGGUUUCUACUUUUUGACAGGAGUGCUAACUCAUGCAGAGGCUUUACAGAAUACAAAUACACCAAAUAGGAUUAAAAUAAAGAAACUAACCAAAAGAACAACAUGAAAUACUAAAGGUCAUAAUCUGAAGGUCCAGAACGGCUGUGAAAUGUCAACUAGUAUCUCCAAGGUUCAACAUGAAUCUGUCAUUUCAAAUUCAAAAGACACUCUGUAACUACAAAAAUUAGAAUAGAGCAUACAGGAAAAAGUUUAAAAGAGGGGAAAAAAUACAGACAUAGUCAAACCUUAUUAUUUGUGAGCCAUGCUUCUUUUUCCAUUUAGUUCUGGCCUGUGCAUUUCUCCUCUUGUAAGACCAGUGGUGUUUGUUUUUUGUGCACAGGUGCUAAACUUAGCUUCCUGGUACUUCCAGUGAAGUAGCUGUUUCUUCUUAACCCUUACACUUAUCAUUUCAGUUGCGGUGUGUUUUACUGAAUAUAUUUUAUUACCACUUGUAUUGUCACCAUGUAUCAAUGAGCGAAUCCUGUAUAUCUGACAUCUGUCUCGAUUUAUGCUUUAUGUUUACUGUCAUUGCCAUGGUUGCAUUUGUUGUGCUUCCUGCUUUGGUUAGCUCUCUAACCAGUUGGGUAUUGAGUUGUUCCACAUGACGAUGGACAGCAUGCACGGUCGGCCGUCCUCGGGGAUCCUCUAACACAUAUGGAUUUCAGGUCAUAAAUAUCAAACAUGUUUAAAAUCUAUGAUUCCAAGUUGGGCUUCUCUGAUUUUCCUCUGCAUUAAUCGGAGGAAAGAAAAUCAACUUCCUUACAACAGACUGAUAGUCGGGCCUUUGCUGACUUUAGUCUGAUGGGGGGAACAGCCCCAAAAUUUACAUGAUUAAUCUGUAGUGUGUGCUUCACUUAAGCAUGUUUAAAUUUAACCCCUUGUAUAAGGAAUUGUUUUGUCUUUGUUGACUUUGAAUGAGCCUUUAAUAGUUAUGCUGAAAACAGGUGAGCUUUUACAGAGGCCACUAUCUCGCACAACUGUGACAAUGGAAGCUCAUACUUAUUAUCACAGGAGCUUCUUGUCCUCCAAGGCUACUGUACCUUAAUAACAGAAUGGGUAAGCAAGGGAGUGUUGUAUUCAACCAAGAGAAGUCACUAAAUAUUUCCACAAAUCAAACCUGUGACUGGACCUUAAAAAGUUCUCAUGCGACAAAAAAUGCAGGUACUACAUUUUUACAGUGACAUAGAUGCUACUAUGUCACAUAUGACAAGACCUGCUCACCCUGCUAUUUUACCUACUCACUACACUUUCAAGCAGAUUAUUGUGAAUCACUAUAUUUAAUGUUUCAAACUUCAGCCUGACUAGAAGUAUAAUUUGAAAGACUGAUUAAAACUCUGUGAAGUGGCUGUGAAGUAAUCCAACCAUAAAUCAGGAUGUACUCAUCGUGUAUGAGUUCUGUAUCAAGAGUCCCACCACCGCUCUCCUCAUGUAGCCUCUACCUAGUGGGGAGCCAGGUGUUUGUGACAGACUGACAUCAGGCUACUGGCAGAAACCCCCGCUGAGGAGAAUAAAGAGUGAGGGCAACAUAAAGGAGGCAGGCAAAGGAAAAGUGAAGGAAAGAAAAGUGAUGGUCCUGUCAUUUAUCUCAGUGGUGGCACCAUUACUGUGUAUUUAUUUCUCUUUCUUCUCCUUGUUCUUUCUGUCCGCUCUCCUGGCCUCUAUGUACUUUUUCUGUUCUUUAGGUGAAACCCUCUCACCUCCUCAGAAUUGAUGGUACAGAGUCCUAAAUUAUGGCGAUACUCUGAUGUUCUGUUCUAGCUGUUGCUUCAUGCUCCAGCAAAACAUUCAGAUUUAUUUAAAAAGAAAACUGUAUUUUUCUCUAGAAUAGUCCAAGGGCCUUCUUCCAUUAAAUCUUACGCAUCUCUCCCUCUCACACAAACACCUUGCUUUAGCACAGUGGGGAUGUGCGAUACAGGGGAGAGGGAAGCAGGAAAAGGCAAACAGUGAGUUCACAUAGAGACUUGGUGUGAGACAUGCAGGCUUGACACUCGGUGUGUUACUGCUACUCUCUCCGGGAGAUGAGCACACACCACAUCAUGUUGUUACUUAAAUAUCCCUCAUUCACCCGGCUCACCCACUGUCCUUGCCUCUCACCUCAUCUGUGACUCACAGAAGGAAUCUCACUCUUCUUCCUCUUCACCCUUGCUAUUUCCACCUUUGUUUUUUUUUUUCUUUACAAGUUGCCUUUCUCCCUCGGCAUCUCACCUCUUCUUUGCACUUUUAACCUCCAUCCCUCCUCUCUGCCACCUUCCUUUUCCCUCAUUUCCUUUUUAUCAGCAUGGUUCAAGGGAAGGUUUGAGUAGUGUUGAAGAAACCAUUUUCUUCCUCUUUUUAGACAUUUAAAGGGAGUUUUUACCUGCUGAUGAAAAAACUGACACAAGUACUGAUGUCUUCUUUGUAAUUAUGGAACCAUGGAGCAUGCAAAGAAUGUUUAUGCCAAUUUAGGUCCAACAGAGAUGUAAACAUGAUAGAGUGAUUCGAUCCCAGCGACAUCGUCAGGGUACGGUAGUUUGACUUUGAGAAACUCAACUUAGUGGUAUUUCAGUGGGACUAAUAUGUUUACAUGUAUUUUAAAAGUCCACUUUUAGUCAGAUUAAUGCAAUAAAUCAAAUAACAUAAAUCAUAUAAUUUGCUGACCCUACGAUGACAAGUCUUUAGAGCCAUAUGUGAGGUUGAAAGACACAUUUUCCAAAAUCAGAACACAGCUGACAGUAUCAAUCAGACACUUAUGAGUGAAACACCAUUUUGAAAAUCACAUACACAACGAGAAACAAGAAAUGUUUGUACCAAAGACAAGGAUGUAUCUACUUCCAGGGUUUGUUUUGCAUGUGCUAAGCAUGAAUGGAAUAGCCCUAUGAAUCAGAAAAGCGGAAAACCAUUGGAGUGGAGUAAGGAGUAGAAGGCCUGGCUCACCCAAUCUGACAAAUCUGGAAGAUUCAGCGUUGAUAGGCUGUAUUUGUCUUUUAGUCUUUUGUUAAAGCUACAGCAAGGAGUCUUUAGCUGGUUAUGAGACAGAAUAAAAUCAACACUUCUGUUUUUUUGUUGUUUGUUUUAUGAUGUCGGAGCUGGAAAUGACGUUACACCUGAGUUGAUGGUGUUCCAGUAAACAAGUCGAAAAACCAAGAUGGACACCUACUGUUAGCAGUUGUUAGCUGUUGCUAACAAUUGUCAGCUGUUGUUAGCCGUUGUUAGCUAUACCAGUUGUAAACAACGCAUAACACAGUAUUUUACUCUAACAAACACAGUAGCACCAUGUUCCGAGUUAGAUAUUGGGCAGUACAACAUAUACCACUUAUUUAAUUUCACCAAAACAAAACAGAAGUGUUAAUAAAUAAUACAUUAAGAGAGCUUUCACUGUCACUCUUUACUGUCUACACUGCGCUGCCAUCUUGGAUCAUGACGUUGUCAAGUCUGGGUUGGUGAAGUUCGUCCGAAAAGUCCAAGUCGGAAAUCCGACUUCAGGGGGGCGUUCCAGAUGAAUUUCUGACUCACAGCUUGGAUAUCCCGACUCCCGAGUACAAAUGGAAUGCAGCACAAGACCAUCAGCACAUAGAUUCAUUAUUUCCAUAUUGUUAUUUUUGAACCUGAAGCCACUGGUGGUGGGUAAAUGCCAGUGCACUUGUCAUGUUUAGCUUUACGCCCCAGAAACAACCUCUGAGCAGAGAUUGUCAGUGGGUCAGAUAGGUUAGAAUAAAGAACAGUGACAAUUUUUAAGCAGCACUAACUAUGUGUAAGACAAAAUUAACGCAAGCUGCAAGUUCUUCGCAGGAGCUUUAACCCAAUGCUAAUAACAUUAUUAAGGAAUUUGGCUCUUUAUCCCUUCUCUCUCCCCCACCACACACACACACACACACCUCCUUGAGUCUGCCAGCGCUGUCUGUCCCUCCACUUUAAAGGAGCCAUAUUGUUGUUAUUAUCAUUGUCUGUAACUGGAUCAGUUACCAUUAGACCUGAAUCUUUCUCCUUCUGAGGCCCAUAGACCAGCUCUCUAACCCAAUAGAAAACCCAUGGGUGCCAUUACAGAUGGCUGACCCAUUCACAACACACACACACACACACACUUGUACACGCAGACACAAAAUGAGGCACAAACACAGAUUUCAUUCUGAAGAUUCAUUGGCCUAAUCCCAUCACACACUGAAAACAGGGACCCAUGCACUUACAUACACACAUUAUCCCUGUCCUCCACCAAUCUUUUCAAACACAGACACACACAGCCGCAUUGUGCUCUCAUUGAAAAUCCUGUGUUAUUGGAGCUCACUGAGCAAAUGGUAUUACUAUUGGGAGAUGAUGGGAGUGAGUUGUGUGUCAGAGAGACUGUAACGGCUGCAUAUGACUGUCAUUAUGGGUGGAUGUAUGAGUGGGACUAAGGAAGAGAGGGUAAAUGUCAUUCUAUCAAUGAAGUUAUCUCUAAUAGAUGGACGGUUGAAGUCCUGGUUUCCAUUUACUCUCCUCUCAGCUGAAUCGUUUGCCUUGCAGUGAAUUCAUUGCUGAAGGCUCUAAUAGCUCAUGAUAAAAGGGCUGUGGGUUCUUUUUUUUUUUUUUCAGGAGGAAAACUCGCUACCCAGAGUUAACUAGCCUGGCUUGGUCACAAAUGGCCUUUUGAAUACAGAAAAUGCUGGGGGGGGUCUUAUUUUAUGAUGUUUUAUAAUUACCCUCUCAAGUUUGAUUACCUUUCAUUCCUUUUAUCUGCAUUAUUUCAGCUCUGUUUUGUAAGGUUAUGUUCUUUCAUUCCCCCCUCUGCUCUUGUAAUAUUGUUUACUUGUGAGAUACAUUUCCCAUAAUGCUAUCUGUUACUACCUCCCUGCAUUUUAAAAUUGGAUGACUUUGUGUGUCUAUUAUAGAAUGAUCUGGAGGACAGUUUAGAGAAAGUCCAAAGUUUAUUGCUGCACUUUCUUCCGAUUUCAUCUUCCUUCAACCGUUUUGACUUCUUAUUUUUUGUUCCUCCCUGUGUCUUCUUUUUGGUUUAAACCUUGACCUUUGACCUCAGUUAUGAAGAGCGAGCCCGAUACUUGGAAACUAUCGUGCAGCACCACCAGGAGCCGACCACAUUCGAGGAUUACGCUGCCCGUGUCUACAGUCCUGCUCCCUGCACACACCUGCCCUCUGACACAGGUAAAACACAACCUUUUCAGCAGCUCACAUUCUGAGUUAGUUUAGUAUUUAAAGAGUUAAAUUUCACUGAUCCUUCUUUGCUUUCAGAUUAUCUCUGAGGGAUUAUUCAGCAAUUUAUUAACUAUUUACAUGUCUGGCAUACACAAAGGAGUUACUCUCAAACUUUUUACCCUCACUUAAAUCUGUUUAAUCCUGAUCUUGUAAUUUGUAGUCAAAGAUAGUGUUUGUGUUUUUCAGUCCGUUAUAUACAAUAGUGUAUAUAAUGAUAAAGUAUCUCUGUGUGACAUCUAGGUCUGUGAUAGUAACAUAUCAGUGUAUCAAUGUGGUAAUUUAACCCUCAAGUGUGAUUGGAGAUGUCUGGAUAAGUCAAAUGUUUAACUGUAUCUGUUUUGUUUUCAUGGCAACUGCUCCUUAUCUCACAAGCUACUGUGUCAAAAAUGUCAAUAUUUACUCAAUAAUAAUAAUAAUCAUCUUGCUUUGAGGCUGAAUAACACACAACCUGAGAUGCAGUUAUUUUACCACAACGGUCUUUUACUGUAAGUUAAAUUGUUGAAAGCAGAAGUCACAUAGUGCUUCUUGAUUCAGCGUUUUUAGGUUGUCUGUGUGUUUUCCAGCCUCAAAUGUCAUUUCAGAGCACAAGUUGAGAGUUUGGAAGAUAAAAGGACCAUCAAACCUUUCCGGACCUGUGAUUUUUUAGUACCUUAACAUCCAAAUUUGACUAAUUUAUGAGUCAUUAUAUGCAUAUCAAGUCCAAAAUUCAAAGGAUGUUUUCCGCAGAAAUCUGGACUAAUAACGCUGUGCUCUGAAAUACACUUUGCUUAAUUGUUACUGCAACCCUCCCAACAGGUCCCCCUCCCUUAACAGCCCAAUGAUCAAACAUUCUUCUCUCUUUCUGUUGUUUUUUUCUUCUAAAUUCACCCACUCGUUUUUUUUUUUUAUUGUUUUCUGAUUUUUUUUCUUUUGGUCCUUCUUUUCUUUUUGUCCCCUUCCUCCCCCUCCUUUAGAUCGUAAUGUCUCACUUGCCUAUAGCUAAAAAAAAAGGUAAGCCUGGUCACAUGAUGACACACCCCUUCUGAUUGGCUCUUCCUACUGACAUUUCAGCCUAACCUUGGCUCCCCUCUGACUCCUUUGGUACAGUGCGUUUUCUCCUCUGUGUUCUUUCACAAUUCAAACAGGUCUGCAUGUGUUGAUAAUUACAUGAUGGAGGAAGUGUUAUUUUCUGUUCAUCUCUGAGUGCAUUGGGGUAUGACUCACUUCAGAUGGCUAAUUGAACCUGAAGUAACCGUGGACAGUACAAAAUAUGGACUUCGCACAUUUUUUUUUUAAAUUUUUUUUGUUAGUUUUUUAUUUGUAGUGUUUCUUUAAAAAACACAAGAAAUCCCAGUAAUAGUGGAUGUUGUACUAAUAAUGCUCAGCGCUACCUUUGGGUCGACUUAGACAUGAGCAGUGAGUUUGAGCUACAACAUGCUCACUAGUUGGUCUUUUUGUUGUGGAGCUUCAUGGAGGUUCCUCUGCAUUUGGAGCCAGUUUCAAGAAACUACAGUUUAAAUUUGAACUUGAGUAUUGGCUUUAUUUUUCAAGAUUAGCAGUUGCUGUUUGGCUGCUCUAAUAAUUUUCAUCAUUUUUUCCCAACGGGAAAUCUUGAGGCACUCUCUGUUUUUCUUCAGUCCCCCCUGUCUUUUAUUGACCACCUUUAAGUCGCAGCUCUGAUUGUUUAACUUGUGUGCUCUUGUUUUAAAUCAUGGCAUCUUUCAUGGCAGAAAAGCUGUUAAUAAAAAGCACACACAUUGUAACAUCAUAUAAGAUGAAAAAGGUGAACAGUUGCCUGUUUAUAAAGAAGAGCAACAUGAAUUUUAUACACCUGCUGUAUUGGUACGUUUGUCUCCUUCUAGAUCUGUUCUGGUCUCUACCAGCUCCACUGGUAAUCUAAAGGUCUUUAAGGUCGAUGUUUUCAAGUAACUCUCUGUGUGGUGCUGUACUGCUCUUGUGUUUCCUGUUGUGUUUGGUUCUUGUUAAAGUUUGCCUUCAGCACUCAUGGGAAGAUUUUCUUGCUGAUUUUCAAGAGGUACAGGACAUCACUGUUAGGCAGGCAUGUCUGAAAACCAGUGUUUGUUAUUUGAUCUUUUCUUGAAGAGUUUUGGUGUCUAAACCUACCACACUACAAGUUUAUCAGUGUGACCAGUGGCAGCAUCAAAGUUUUAGCCAAGCAGCAAAGCAGGAUAGAAAAAGGAAUAACUAUUCAGGGAAAGUCAAGUCACCUCUCAAACUGCUAAGUAAACUGUAAAUCAGUGCGUCGAUCUGCUGUUUGCUGAUAAGCAGGAGGUGUGAAGUGUGUUUUCUGUUUCUACUCAAAAUAGCUGCCAGCUGUAUAUGGACUUAAAGUUGACUCUAGCAGUGGAGCUUCGUGUAGCUGAGGGGACCUGCAGAGUGUGUGAGAGUUAUGACAGUGUGAAUCAAUCACCAAUGAAUAUUUAUAGAGCACUAUUUCACAACACGUGUUGUCCCAAGACACUUAACAAAAGCUGAUCCAGACCACACUCAUUUACAAAGACCCAAUAAAGAUGGGAUGGGUCAUAAUGUUACGAAUAUUAAGUCAUGAGAAAUAAAGCUGUGGUAUUACAUGAUAAUGUCAUAAUAUUGUGAGAAUAAUAUUGUUCCAGUUAUUUGUGAAACCUACUCUAAAGUAAAACUUCAGAUGCACCGUCUUGGCUGCUCUUAUGGGGAGCCACUUCACAACAUUAGCAACAUAUAGACUAUUAAGUGACUAAAUGACACCUUUAUCCUUAUAUCAUUUAUUUUUAUAGCAUAGUGACAAAUACUCUCAAAAUACUACAACCUGUUCUCUUAAUGUUAUGAUGUAAUCCUCGUGAUAUUACAACUUAAGGUGACUUGAAGACUCUGUCACACUAGGUGGCUCUAACCCAAAGCCUAUAAGAGUUGCUGGGGCAAAGACUUGUGACCCACUUGUCAGACUGCACCUUGUGAACUGUCAUGAACCACUCGUAAGAUUUAAAUUCUAAUAAUUGUACGUGCAUUUCGAAAUUCUUAGAGGAUUCACCUUAAAGGCUUACUAAUUAAAAGUUGUUCCUUACAAUCUGCUUCUCACCAAACUGCACCCAGUGACUUGCUGAAAAUGACACUUCCUUUUUUUAACAGCGCCGUGUGAUUUCCGCUCUUCCGUCUGUUCAGUCACUCAUUGACUUUCCUGAAUGUUCUGUUAACCUGUGACUUCACACUGACCUGCUAAAAUUUAACCUCUUACCUUCUGUAUGCUCCUCUCUCCUGGUUCUGGUAUUGUGUAGAGCUGUAGCACUGGGCCCACCCACACACACACACACACUGACACACACUGGCACACACUUUAAAAGCGUUUCCAAUCUGUAACUCCACUAACAUUGUAGUCUGUAUAUUGCUUUAUUGAAUAAGAACAUGUCUGCAGCUGAAUGAUGAAGUACUAAAUAGUGCUGUCAUGUUAUCUUUGUCAUGUGUGUAUAUAUGUGUGUUGUUUUUGUAUGUUGUCAUUAUGUUUGUCUAUCACUGUUUUUCAUUCUGUUUAUGUAAUGUCUUUUGUUCUCAUCUUCAGAUGUCUUGAUUUUUUUAUUCAUUCAUCCUUUUUUCUCCUUUCUUUUUGUCUUGCACUGCUUUUCCUUUUUUCCUUUUCCCUCUGUUUCCCUUGUUUUCUUUGCUUUUACUCCCUACCUCCGUUUGGUUCCUCCCUUUCUCCUUACUUUCCCUCGUAUUAUCCAUUUGUUCCCUCACCUCUUCUCCUCUUCCCUCUACUUUCCUUUUGUUUCCCACUCCCCCUCUCCUCUGUUCCCCCCACAUUCUGUGUAUUUCCUUGUUUGAUUCUCCAUUUCCAUACCCGUUCUCCUCACCUGCUCUCCUCCUCUCUAGAAGACAAUAGCUCCAUGUAUUUGAUGAUUCCUAAACCUUUAGACAGCUUUAACCUGCUCAGAGUGAAGGGGAAGGGUCUGAAGCAGAAGGUCCUUCAUGCUAGCUGUGAAUGGUACGCUGUGAAGCUCAGUUUAGGCCCUCGCCCUCCCGAAGUGAAGUUUCAUUUUUAACACCCACGGAUUUCUAUUUCUAGUUGUAGCCAGGACUCAAACUGUUUCUGUAGAUUUUUAUUGUAGACUUUUUUUUUUUUUUUUUUGCAUUUUUUAAAGCUCCUGUGAUUAUCUUUAGGUUGUGUCAAUAUGGUGCCCCCUCUCUGGGAAAAACAUGGCGUCUAACUUCUUUGCUUAUUUUGCCUGAUGCAUUUGACACUUAUGUUUUCAUCUAAAGAUUCUCCUCCAGCUUUCUGAAUCAGUGAUAUCUAUCACUCUAGACUCUUUGCUGUGAAAAACAGGCUUUUUUUGCAGAGUGCACUUUAAAAUAUACCAACAAAGAAGUAGGAGAAAGACAAUACCACUUUUAUACUAGUCCAGCCCUGUAGACCGUUUACAAGGAGCUCCACACUGCUGCACAAUCAUUAAAAAAAUAAAUCAAAAUUAACAGAAUCAGAUGUUUUAGGUGCCCAGAGGUUCUUAUUUUAUUGCAGUGGUAUUAAACAAUGUUGAUUUUGUUUGAUUUGAACUGUAUAUACCAGAAUGAGAUAUAAAUGUUCACACUGCUUAUCAUGAAACAGCUACACCUCUCUUUGAUAACGUGAUAUUUCAGUAUUCUUGCCUGAAGAGUUUAAUUGCAUACCUUUCAAUCCAGGUGACCUUUCAGUAAAUACUACACACUUGAAAACAAGAAUUGCCCCGAAGCAGCUUAAAGAUGAUGCAGCCAUUUUCAUAGAUAUUUGUGAUUUAGCUAUAAUGCAGUUAAAUAAAUUUAAAGUAAUGUAAUGAAAUAUUAUGAAAGGAGAGAAAACUAGUAGCAAAAGUAGCCUCAAAACAUAACUUUUUUAUUUUAUAUUCAGUUGAGCACAUGUUCCAGACAGACACCAGACAAUAUCAGGAGAAGUGUAUUUAUAGCGUUUUAUCAACACACACACGUCACACAGGGACCCAGGAGGAACAUCCUGUCUAUUUUAUCUGCCUGUUCACUUGGGAAGCAUCUUUCCUGUUUAGAAUUAUAUGAAGAAGGAUUUAUAUAAAGUAGUGUGAUUUUUACAUAGGAUGUGUUCUGUGUCAAGUGUAAAGUAAGAGUAGAGCUGCUUUGUCUCUUGUCUCUCUGGCUGUCCCUUUGUCUUUUAUGUCGUCCUGACUGUCAGUGUGUGUGUGUGUGUGUGUGUGUGUGUGUCAUCCUGUCUCUCUGUCUUUGUCUCAGUAGAAGUUUGUACACUCUGGAUCAGGGCAACAUUAUCACAGAAGUGAUUAAAUCUGGUUGGCCCUUCUUCCUUUUCUGCUCUUAUUUACCUCCCCCCUCCUCUCCUGUAUCCCGGCAUCCCUCACAUAUCCGUCCCUGGCCCCCUGUCCUCACCCGUCCUCCCUCCACACCCUGUCCUCCUCUCUCCUCAGGCUCCUGCCUAGAGAUUCUUCGGGGAGAAAGUCCGGCUCUUGGGGAGGCCGGGAGCGACUCGGCGUCCCCCAUGUCUCCUCGGACUAGCAAGAGCCGCAUGUCCAUGAAGCUGCGGCGCUCUUCUGGAUCAGCCAAUAAGACUUAAGAUUCUUCAGAUUACUCAGCCCAGUCAAAACUCCACUCCAUGUCACAUCCAGUAUGAUUAGACAUUUAACAUUUAGCCCUAAAAUGUGUCUUUAGAGGAGAUUUGGUCUUGUUAGAACGGUUGCACAUUUAAAUUAAAUUGGACAGCGUCUUUACCAGUCAGGCGAUGAUUUGACUUUGCCCCGACGCAUCCUGUCAUCUCCAGCAGGCUGCCACCAUGAACAAACAUUGCCCUCUUAUCUGCUCAUUGUGAUAAUAUUCUGUGGACUCUCUCAUACAGUAACUUUAUUCGGAAACUGCUCAUAGCUGCUGAUUAUACCCUAAGCUUUGCUGUUUGUCAACACAGGAGACUGUUCUGUGCUGCAGCAUGCUGGUGUUUGUCACAACAGAAACAUUUGAUCAAGUGCAGCCUCAGCGGUGCAGUAUAAGCUCAAAAUAAUCUGUGCCAUGUUAGAAAUUGUGCAAAAUGAAACUGUCAAGGACUGCAAGAAUUCAAAUGUGCUGGAAAACAAAAGUACAUAAGUGACAGUGUGUGUUUAGUGUAGAAAUUGCUAUGGAGAAUCUGUAUAUUUGUAUUAUAGAUGCUGGGGUGUGUACAAACAAACACAUGAGUUUUGAUAUUAAAAGAAUGGAGCUGAAAGUUGCAUGGAGAAAGCAGAAAGAGAUCUAUUUUUGAUGUUGAUGAAUGCUAGAUGAGGGGUCGCUUCCUUUUCAGUCUUCACAAAUGUAAAUAGAAAGUCUCAUUUCCCAACAAUAAACAGUUAAUAUUUUUAAUGUGGCAACACCGUCAAGCCAAAAAUGUCCCUUUCUGGAGUUCAUGGGACUGAAAUUUGACCCUGUGGAGAAGAGUGAUGUAAGAAAGUGUUACACCCAUAUCGUAGGGAGUAUUGUGCUCUCUAAAAAGUAGCAGGUCAGUCUUUGAUAGGUCAAAAAGGAGGCACUUGUUAUGUAAAGUUUUGGGUUGCUCACGCUGUAAAAUGUGGUCAAGCACUGAUGUUAUUGAGUUUAUUUUUUUUCCUUUGGCUGUAAAGGUUGUUUUGACUUGGACAAGAACCUUGCUGUAUUUUCAAGUUCAGUGUCACUCCGUCACCUACAGUUGAACCACAGCUUUUCUUUUUUAUGUUGACUUUACAUUUCUGUUUUCUGUUUAUCUAUACAUGUAUGAGUAUAAAUAUAUAUAUAGUAGAUAUAUGAAUAUCUUAAGAGUGUGUACAGUGUGAGAAGGCUCUGUGUGUAAAUACUGUUGUAUGACAAUAGCUGCCAAAGCCAAACCGUGGUUUAACCUCAGACAGCAUAUCUGCUUCAAUUGUGUCAACACUACAAGAUUUUGUGCUUCAAUUAUUAUUAUUAUUAUUUUUAUUUUCCAGUUUGCACUCCGGUCUGUUGUAAUUUAAACCGUUAUUUCAUUGUAGAUAAAAAAAAAAAACUCCUGUUUUUGUAUAUGAAACCUAACUACUCUCGGCCAGAUUGAGCAGUUCAAGAAAAGUAAAAGAUUUAGAUUUAAUUUUCUGGUUUUAAACAUAUUCAUCAUAGUAGACAGGGGGUGGAAAAAGUCACUGUAAAAAUGAGAGGACUAUAGAUUCAAGGCCAAAGAGGGAGGAUGGACAGAGAUAUCAUUGUAUCACAUACAUGUAAUGGUUUUGUGUUUCUUUUUUUUUCUUUCACUGCUUGUGUAUUUAGACUCGUCCCCAGUUCCCAAUCUGGAUUUUGGGGAUCCGCAUGUAAUUCAGAAGUGUAACACUACCAAUACAACUCAAAUAAAACUGACAAGGUUUCAAAUCAGCACAUGUUAUACAUACUGCAGGUUUUCUUUAGAAAUAACACAGCUUUGGUUUGACAGAGUGUAUCAGAACAAACUUUUUUCCUUUUUAAUGAGUUUGUUUUUCUUACAGCUCCAUUGAUGUUUUUGCCAUGUAAAAAAAAAAAAGUAUUCAAAGGGUAUAAUUUAAAAAUUCAGAUACAGGUUAAAGAUUUUGUUAUCAUGGUAGGUGAAUUCAAAGCCAUCUCUCCCACUUCUGAUUAUUUUUGCAGAGAGGAAAGGGGUGUAUUCUUCUAUUUAGGACCAUCUUUAAAUUGAAAGGAAAACUAACUCAAACCUGUACUGUAAUAAGGUCGUUGUCAAGUCACGUCAUGGUGUGACUAUUCAAAGUCAGUCGAAAUUUGAGUUUCCACUGUAAUUGAUGCUGUUUAACUAUUUUUGAUAAGGUUGAAGCACAAUUGAUCACUUGAGGCAGGUGGUCGAGCAGCCUCACUGCACUCUCAGACUGAUCCACAUGCUGUAUGAAGACCACAGCCCACAUACCCCUCACAGACUGUGUUGUGGUUUGUUUUGGAUUUCUAUGCCAGUACAUAAACUCUGCAGCAAUGUCCUAGCUACUCUCCCAUAUACUUCACCUCUGACUCAACAUGGUUGAGGGAGGCAUGAUGCUGCUUUUAUGUCCCAUUAACAAAAUGGGAACUUUUAUUCUCGAAUUAGUUUUACAGAUAUAACAUUCACAUGAAGAUUUGUGCAGGUCAAUAGACUGAAUUUCAGGCUUUCAGAACUUCAUAGGCGUCCAAAAAUGCCUUUUGACCCAUGAAAAACAUGAGAUGAUUGUUGUCUCCUGCCCCUUCAUGAUCAAACAUUAGGAUCUUCUGUGCCAGUGUCCACAGAUGCUCUGACAGUGUGGCUGUGAUGGAUACAGGUUCAGCUGCUGUCCAGGUGUCGCUUUGAGAUGAGACUGAUGUUUGUAACUACUGACUGUACAUACUGCAUGACACCCAACCAGUACUAUCUGCAUGUGUUCAUCAUGUAACGGCUGUAUCACAACACACACAUAUGCACACAUGCACACUCCUCCAAAAGUGUUACUGUCAGAUCUGUAGUAUGUAAAGAUUUAGAGACUCUUGAGAACAGAGUGUGGAUGUGCGAUAAUGGAGUCUGACAAUAAAUGAUUCCGACCACUGACUCUUGGACCAGUUUCUAUAGUGUGUGUGCGUGUGUCAGCGUGUUAAAAAGUCAACAGGGCAAGUCUCAGUGAGCAGAGUGUAUUGACAUUUAGAUGAUAAUCAUUUCAAAUGAAGUUCACAUUUAACUUCAGACAUAUCAAAAUAUUACUGUACAGGCUUUGCAGAACCACAGUUACAGUUGAAGCAUCAUGAAGGCAUUUAGUAAAUAUUCUAACAGUGAAGACAAAUAUGUUUCUUAUGAGCAGAACUCACAUUAAAUUCUACCUUUUUGUAUGAAAAUAUUUAUCACAUGACAGGUUUAUCAUCAGAUUCACUAUAAAAAGUUUGUUGUGGUCUACUUUAUUGUUUUCUUUGCUAAUGUACAUGAAAUAGUCUUUGAACAGAGUUAGGACAUUGAUUAUGUCUCCAGUUCCAAAGGUAAGGAAGGUCACUUUCUUAACGUAAUUACAUGUCACUUCAUAUUAAGCCAGAAAGUCAUGUAACACUCUGUUCUUGAGCUGCAUAAUUUAGUUUCCUUGACUCUGAUUUGAUAGGAAUAUUAGAGAAAACAUAGUCACUUGUUAGGGAUUAUACAAAGAAAAACGUCAAACACUCCUCAUUUGUGUUGUGCCAUUGGAAAGCCUAGUGUCAGACUUAGUGGUGUGGGACCGUGUGAGAAAAAUAAGACACAACUAAGUUUUGUGUUGUAAGAGGAAAAUAGACUCAAAAUCACAAGUUAUAAGACAUGGUUGUUGGUUUUGAAUUGUAUGUAUUAACAUAAAAGUACACCGUACAUACACCGUACUUACAUGGUACUAUCUCUUGUACUUUGUCACGAUAAAUAUUGCAGACAGAAAACAUGGGAUGCCAGUUUUUCAACGUUACAGUGCAGCUCUACCAUGAACAGAGUGUAUUAAUGCGUGUUCAGUUGGACGUUUACAUAGUUUCAGCACCACGGAAAGCUCCCGCUGAACCUCAAACUUCAAUUCCGUAAGUAGCAACGUUUGGUUUACAUUUGCCUUUGAGAUUAUUGUGUAAUUAUCCUGCAGUAAGGAUGCGUAAUACUAAUGACCUUUGACAUGAGGCAAGGUCUCCAAAGUUAAGGAAUAACAGUUAAUGGAUAACUGAUUGGUUUCUGCUCAGUAAUACAGUGAAAACCUUUUUCUUUUACAGACUGAAACAGAGUUCAGCCCAAAUUCACAACAGAAGCUACAUAAAUACAUACUUUAAGUAACUAAUCAAAAGGUUCCAACUGUUAACAAGUUCCCAGAUAAUUGAUAUUUUAUCAUUUAUCGAUAUAAACUUCUAUGUUUGACUGUGUCUGUUUUAAGGUCGCACGGUCAUCUGCAGCAGCAUCACUUGACGGUUCUCGGUUGGAUGUGAUUUGUUGAUGUGUCUUGCGAGCCCCGGAGAGCUGAAGAAAGUGGACGGACAGUGCUUGCACGUGAAGAUCUGCUGCUGUUCGCAGUCCCUCGUGCCGCUCUCUUCUCCUUGCGAGUGGAACACAUCCGGUCUGAGUCCUCCUCCCAAAGCUCCCACCAGCAACUCAUCCCUCAUCGCGUGCCACAAACGGUGCUUGUCCCUGAUUUCAACUGACGGGAAGCGCGCGCCGCAGAGGUGACACAGGAAUACCUGGCUCUGUCCGCUACCGGACUCGCGCGCUUGGCGGUAAGAGGCAGGGGGUGGGGUCGCUCGCGCUGUUAUCUCGUGCGCAGCCAGGUGUUUCUUCAGGUAUGCUUGUCGGCGGAAUUUCUUGCCACAGUACUGGCACUCAUAAACUUCCUCCUCCGGUAACGACUGAACAAACGGUAAAGGGGGGUGAGGGAGGGACGGCUGCUGCUGGUGGUGGUCCGCGCGCUCCUCCGGGCUGCCGUUAAGUAGAAGAAGGUUCGAGGGAGGACUGUCCGCUGCUCUCAUCUGUUGCUGGAGGUCCAGACAGUUUUCAGCCGGAUUCCGGUAAUGAAGAGGGUUGUCAUAGUGAGGGGGCGCGAGACUGUCGCUAUCGGGGCUGUCUCGGGUCCGACCGUGGAGCAGCAGCAGGGAUGGCUCGCGCCUGAUGCGGGAGCUGUCCAGCGUGCCGUGGUGCUGGUUAUUGCUCAUACGCAGCAGCUCGUUUUCUUUGCCCUCUGACUCUACCGGCUGCCUCUCGUGCUGAAUGAGUCCUCGCGCCUCUUUUAAAGGUUGACUUUUGUUUGGGGUCUCUACGUGGUUGUUUACCGGACGGGGUUUGUGCCAGCGACGGUGGGAGGCCAAGUUUGCGGGACAGCUGAAAACUUUGUCGCACUCGGGACACCUGUACUCCACGCGCACUAUGCGGGAGCACUUGUGCUGCGCGAGGGAGAACGGGUCCGGGUACUCCUCCUUACAGAGUUGACAGAUGAACUCUCCCAACGGUUGAUUUCCACCGGGGACUGACGACUUUUCCCGCUGUUUCCUCAGCUCGGGACUCUCCUUCUUGAUCCGCAGACCUAAAACCGGCGAGGUCGUGACCUCAUCUUCAAAGUUCAGUUUCCGGUUCACUUUGGGUUUCUUUGGCUGGAUGCACGCGGGCUGUUUGUUGUGCCUGUUGUUGUGCUGUUCAAAUAACGAGCGUUUUCUUGUUGCCUGAUGUUGCUCCGGGUUCAUCAACGUCAGAGGAGGGAACAGGUGCACGUGCCCCAUAUUCGGUUCGUAUUUAUCACCGUGGCUGUAGGAUGGCGCGUGCCGGCUGCUGCUCGCGAGGAGCCUCUCGAUUGAAGCGGACACUGCGGUCGGUGUUGAACUCACAAGGAACGGCAGCUCCGGUAACUGUGACACCGGGGAUGACGUUAAAUGUCUGCCGGGAAACAACUGCUUUUUCUCUCCUUCCUCGCGCUGCUCUAGUAAUCUCGUGCCGACAGGUUUUACAGGGUCACAAGAGUCACUCAACAACAUGUCCCGUGCAGGAGGAGGUGAGUAGAAACAGGGGAAAUCACCAUCAGGAGUCAAAACGUCCACUUCGCUCACCUGCUCCUCUGUCUCCGGUAACUGCGCGCGCCGGUCCGCCUCCGCCUCCAGCGCGGACUCCACGUGCGGGCUCCACGCCUCUCGAACACCGGUGGAGUCCUCGCGGGGCACGGGGAGCAGUUCGUCGGUCCGGUCAAAAAGCAAAGCAUCGUCGCCGUCCCUUUCUGCCUCCUGUUUGUUCGCAUCAGAGUUACCACAGUUGUUUCUGCCACCACUAGAUGUUACCGGUUCAUCACUGCUGGUGUUGUUCCGUGUCCGGUAUGACGCUGAACACCGCCGGUUUCUCUUCACCAAAAAUCCUCGAGGCAUGGUGAUGACGAUGUUGCGCGUGUCAAGACCAGGCGAAAAGAACAAGAACUCUUGUCUCGAGCCCCCUUUCAAGUAUAGCUUUGAAGU